AUGGAUCCAGUCUACAAGCCUCAGGAGACACGUGGCUGGCCUCCUAGCCAUCUUAGAGGGGACCUGCCUUUGCAGCAUGGUGCCACUGGAGGCUUCUGGGAUCUGCGUCCCAUUUGUGUUGGAUUGGAGCUGCCUAGGUGAGUAUUCUGCUGUGUGUGGGGUUACCAAGGGGGCUCCCGUUAUCAAUACGACAUUGGGACAAGUGGCGCAGCCGUUUUGAACCAGAGCCAUACAAAAAGGGCAUCAAUCUGUAGGGGUUGAUGUCCUGCAGCAGUUGGGUUCAGUAAUGCAGGGCAAUGCUAUGUGGUGGGCUUGAUGUUCACCCGAUUAGCCGCAGUGGUUGCAGAGCUCCACCAUAUAUAUAUUAUUUUUAAGCUGUAAAAUAGGAAAGUGAAACUAAAAGUGAAAAUUAAAAAGUGCAGCCCUGUGAAUUUAGUUGAUUAAAGAAGGUAUGUGCAUGCAUUUAUAGAAACUUAACUCUAACAAUAGUAGGAACCUAUGUAAGGACUGACAAACUAUAGGACAAAUCCUUUUCCCCAGUUUCAAUGUAACCUAACCAAAUAGCUAAUAAAUUGUGCAUUCAUCAGAAUUUUGAGCAUUCAGUGAUUCACACAACAUCCCAAAAGCUAUAUUGACGAAUCACAAAACAAAUGAAGCAGACAAUGGUCAAAAGAGUUCUAGCCAUAGAGCCGCAAAAUAGAUGAUCGAUGGUCCCGGCCCCGGGUGCCAUCCUGGUUCUUGGGGGGUUUGAAGCAGGAAUGUAUUAUGCAAAGCAUGUUUUACAUGUGGGGUACACUAACAAAACAUGCACAAGGCACGCAGUACAGUAUAAGAAGGCAAAUGCGGGUGGGGGCGUGUGCGUCGCAUGAUUACGUACAGAUUUAUGAACAUAACCUGGUUGGGGAUAACCCGAGGAUCCCCAUCAUAACUUUUGUGAACCCUAACGAGGUAGAGGGAACACCCAACAGCCACAAUUAAAACACCAAAUAAAACAAAAAUACCUAUUGACAACUGGCUACCGAUGCUCUACUCCACAGAACAUGACACCAUUGAGGUUAAGAGUACAGAGCUAAGGCGGGUGAGGGGCUGCUGAGCUGGGUGCUGCUGUGUCGUCAUCUCCCUCUGAGGGGCUUGGCCCUCCAUUCCCCUCAGCCCGUUCACUGCUUUCAGGCUAUAUCUGGGUCGCUCAUACCAGCUGGAUGACUUUCCCCUCUGACCACCCCCCCUUGUAUCACCAGUGCCUCUACUGCCCCGACCUCUCCUACGCAAUUUAAUUGGUUCUGUUAGGUUUUACAUGGGGCCUUAUUGGAGUUCACAUUCCCCCUAUCACCUGGCAACAGGUUAGAUCAGGGUUUGUUUUUUGUACAUAUUUUGUUUUCUGUUGGUAUUCUCUUUCUCCUUAUUCCUAUCCUUCUCACCCCCUGCCCCUGUAUUUUCCCUUCCCUCCUUGCCGUCAUGCGGGACAGACGGAACCCAUCGCCUAUACAGAUCGGGACCACCUUCGGGUCACGAGGAGUACUUUUUACAGAUUACAUUUAUCUAUAUGCAUUCCUCAUACUACUAUUAAUACUGUUGUCAUUAAAAUCUUUCAUAUAACUUUAAUGUUAGCAUAUGUACAAAAGCCAUAUUUAUUUAUUUUUUUGAAACCAAAAGGGAUAUAUUUCCUUGGUUUUUGUUUUGGUUCUUGUGUGUAUUCUAAUUAAUUAGCUAAAAAAGCGACAAUUUCUGGGGAAAUUGUGUAAAGUGUUCUUGCCUCCACCAGUAGUCUACAACUGGAGUGGGCGGAGUAACUGUUGGUAAGUAACAUUUUUAGUAACAUUUUUAGUGGCAGCAGGGAUAGCUGAACGUUUUGAUAUAACAUUUGUGUAGGUGGGCCUGAAAAUGAGGGAGUGGUGGCAGUUUAGAAAUCAUAUCCUGAUUUUUCAGCUUUUGCUAGCUCCCACGCUAGUUUUGCCAUUCAUUCCUAUGGGACCAAUUUUGCCACAAGAACGACGAUAUUGCGUUAACCAUUCGGCAAAACGUUCCACAAAGUAAUAGCAAUCCAAUUGGGAACAAUCUGCACGUUUUGGUAUAUUUCUGUCUAUGUAGUGUAAAAACUGUGGGAGGAGAUAGGGUGGUACAUUUGGCUAUAAUAAUAAUAAUAAUAACUAGAAAAGUUAAAAUUUCAGGGGAAAUUGUGUGAAGUGUUCUUGCCUCCCCCUGUAGUCUACAACUGGAGUGGGCGGAGUAACUGUUAUCAUUUACAUAGCACAUUUAAUUGCAACGUUGUUGCACAGUUACAUUAAACCAUACAUUUAUAAAAACAUUAGCAGGUGUUCAAAAGGCCCUGUCUAUGACAUCACUUGCUGCUGCAGCUUGACACAGGUCAGAGUAUUUUGGUGGUUGCCAUCUUCAAACGGUCGUAUCUUAAAACUAUAACUCCUACAGUGAAGAGCUUUAUAUUGUGAGAAUCACAAGACCCAGACCUACAUUUGAUGCAUAGUAUGUCUCUGAAGUAUUAAAAUUGAAGGCACAGUCGCAGUUUAGAAAUUGCACUUCAAAUUUGAGCUUUGCAGAGUGAAGUUUCAAUGAAUGUCAAUGGACGGCGUUGGUUGCAAACAAAUGGUCAUAUUGUGAAAACUAUCAGGACUACGGCUUAGCCGUUGACAUGUUUAGUGGCAGCAGGAUUAGCUGAACGUUUUGAUAUAAGAUUUGUGUAGGUGGGCCUGAAAAUAAGGGAGUGGUGGCAGUUUAGAAAUCAUGUCCUGAUUUUUCAGCUUUUGGCAGCUCCCAUUCUAGCUUUGCCAUUCAUUCCUAUGGGACAAAUUGCGCCACAAAAAUGACGAUAUUCCGUGAACCAUUCGGCGAAACGUUCCACAAAGUAAUAGCAAUCCGAUCGGGAACAAUCUGCACGUUUUGGUAAAUUUUGGUCUAUGUAGUGUAAAAACUGUGGGAGGAGUUAGGGUGGCAAAUUUGGCUAUAAUAAGAAUAAUAUAUAUGUGAGAUAACAAUAAGUGUUCUUGCAAGAACACUUAAUAAGAAUAUAUAUGUGAGAUAACAUUAAGUGGUCUUGCUAUGCAAGAACACUUAAUAAUAAUAUAUAUGUGAGAUAACAAUAAGUGGUCUUGCUAUGCAGGUCUUAUGUCCGUCUUAAUGUAGACGAUUCCCACAGAGGAAAUUUAAGCCAGGUGAUACAGCGUGAUUAUAGUCUUGAGAAAGUUCUGUGAGAGGAACAAAAUGCGUGGGCGCCACAGACAUAUCAGCUGUUUACUGUUCUCCAAUAGAUCUCCAGAGACUGAUUCACCAUUUACCUCUGCCUUUUUUGAAGAUUCCGACCACGGCAUCCAUAUAACUGUGAUCCAGCCUGCGAUUACCUGUCAGCUUACCAGCAAUAUACCACGACUGAGUGCUCAGCAACAACUAGAAGCCUUCACCGAAGAAACUAGUUUUUUCUCAGUUUCGAUUUUUCACGUGGCGUCCUUUACCUCAGGUGGGGCCCACACCGAGGUCAAGUACUUUCUAUCUUAUAGUAUAGUAAGAAUUAGGGAGUUUAAGAGAGGGUUAGUGAAACACAAACCACCCACCAUAAAAUCCCUUAAGUGGAGCGCUAAAUGAUACUUACCCCUAGUCUUAGGGGUAUCAAUCAAUUCAAAAUGGAGGUUUGAAUAUGCAAAAAAAAAGGCAAAAAUUUCAAUAGUGGAGUAUGUCAAACCUAAUACAUAGAUAGUACAAUAUAUAUGAUUCAACUCACCAGUGAAGAGCCAAGUGAGGGACUGGCUCAAAUCACAUUCGCCUUGGUGUAUAUUGAGAGACACCUUCCCUCUUUCAAUGCUCAUGAGGAAAUAUUUAAAAGCAAAUAUAUGUCCCUGGUGAAGUAUGUCACAGCAUGCCAUGCUGAAUUUCGGAAGUGACGUCACGUCCAUCCGUCACUUCCGGUGUGGGUAUCGUCAUUUUCCUUACUGGCGUUUCCUUAUGAUAUUCAGGGUGUCCAAUGUUCAUAAGUAGGGGUAUUUAUACCCAUAAGUCUAUUAUCACUCAUAUGCACAUAAAAAAAAUGACAGGGAAGAGAACAUUAAAAUAUUGGUGGAAUAAUGCAAAUUCUCAUGGAAAAUUAACAUAUCUAAAUAAGUGAAAUGUACAGAUUGAUAUAAUGAGAUUCUAUUAUGCCUCAUAAAUUUAAAGUGCUAUACUCAUAUAAAACCCCCAAUCUUGUAAUUGACCUAUAUCCAGAUAUGCUGUAUAUCUGUAAUUUGGAUUAUUACGAGCUGAAGCAUUCAACUGACAAGAGAUUUUAGUAAAUCAAAUGUCAAUUUUUUAGACCUUAACAUUUACGUAGAAGAUACUCAGAUUAAGACUAAAACAUAUUUUAAGUUAGUAGAUGUCAACAGCUAUGUAGAAGAGGGAAGCUGUCGUUUCUCUUCAUGGCUAAGAAAUGUACCAAAGUCACAAUUGUUAAGAAUUAAAUGCAAUUGCACAGAAGAAGAGGAAUUUAACCAACAAUCCAAGAAAAUUCUGAGUGAUUUUAUUAAUAAAGGGUAUGAGGAAGAACUUUUAAAUAAGGCCCUUGAGGAAACUCUCUUAAAAAACAGAGAGGAACUUUUAAUUUCAAAUAAAUAAAAAAAAAUGACAAUUGGGAUAAUCAAAUUUCAUUCAUUUGUGAUUUUAACUGUAAAUAUAAUGAUGUCCAAAAAAUCUUGAACAAAUACUGGCAAAUAUUGACAAAAGAUGAUAUAUUAAAUUCCAUACUCCAAGAGAAACCAAGAAUAAUUUAUAGGGAGUACCGGACUUAAAAAGCAAGUUAGUUCACAGCCAUUUACAGAAAACCAGGCCCCAAAAAAAUCCAUUUAAUGAAGAAGGAGACUUUUAUGGCUGUGGAAAUUGUGGGGCAUGUACUAAUACCAGAAAUAAAAAAGACACAUCAAGGAAUUUAUACAUCCUAAGAACGAGAAAGAAAAAUUCCCCAUAAAACAGCUUAUUACUUGCCAUUCGAAAAGAGUAAUUUAUAUAAUCAUCUGUAUGUGUGGUCUACUCUAUGUAGAAAGGACCACACGGGCACUAUAUGUUAGAAUCCAGGAACAUGUUCGCAACAUUAAAAUAGGAUUCGAUAAAACAUAGUCUUUCUUAUCAUUUUAAAAUGAAACAGAAAAUGAAUACAAAAAGUCGUAACAAAUUGGAGGGGAGAAGAUCUCAUUACUGCAAUGGAUAAACCGGAGAUGAGAUGGGUUUUCAAUUUAAGUCCCUUCUCCCCUACGGGCUAAAUAGUGAUUUUGAGUUAUGUAAUUUUUUACAAUAUAAUUUUUUAUUUGUUUUUUAGUAAUUUUACUCAUCAAGUUGUCACGGUAGUUUACCCCAACUCGCAAGAUUUAGUCCAACAAUUGACAAAAUAGAGCAGAUACGUCUUACCGGACCUUAGAAUGGCCGGACUCGACAUAGAGCAGAGAAAUACAGAGUCAGGAACGAUCCGAGGUCAAGGGUACAAAGAGACAGCGAAAACAAGAACUAGCUAAGGUCUGGUACACAGUAAUCAGUAAGCCGGCAAACAAGACAAAACAGGGAUAAAGAGAUAAACGGAGUCAAAUACAAAGCCAAGGUCAAGUACGAAAAAUCACAAAUGAACAAAACAAGCGCUAAAGGGAACUGAAACAGAAACCACGAUAGGGCAGGGAGUUAAGGGAGAGGCAAGUAUAAAUACCCUAGCAUUUAAUUUGAUUGGCCCCUAUCAUAUCCAUGCCCCCAAAAUGUGAGUGUAUGGGGAAUGUGGAAUGACAGGUGCCAAUGGGAGACCGUUUUAGUUUUCGGCUCCCACUUUCCCUUUAAGAGUGUGCCCGAGACACACGGCGCACUCUUGGUGCUAGGCGGGACACGCGACCGCAUUCCGCGGUCAGUGCCCGCCAUCAUCCGAGCUCUGAGUGAGCCGCGCGCGGCGGGAACUGAGGACCUCGGCUGGCCCCCGGAUAAGGUAAGUACCGCUACACAAGUAUUCUAGUGAUGUUUAUUUUUCAUUUUUUAAUAUUUAUCUAUUUUUUUGUAUAUUUUAGUAUUCUUUCCAACAGCCUAUAAUAAUCCAAAUUAUAGAUAUACAGUAUAUCUGGAUAAAGGUCUAUACAAGAUUGGGGGUUUUAUAUGAGUAUAGUGUCAGAAUUACAAGUUGAUCCAGCACGCAGUACUGUGUCACACAUAGGACUAAGGAUAACGUAUAACCGGACCUUAGAAUGGCCGGGCUUAACGUAUCCAAGAAUAGUCAAAAUACUAGCCGAGGUCAGGGAUACAGAAUCAGACACAAAGUUGAGGGAAAGCCAAAAGUCAAGGAUACCAGAUAUCAGGGAAGUCAAAACAGAAAUACAGAGUCAGGAACGAUCCGAGGUCAAGGGUACAAAGAGACAGCGAAAACAAGAACUAGCCAAGGUCUGGUACACAGUAAUCAGUAAGCCGGCAAACAAGACAAAACAGGGAUAAAGAGAUAAACGGAGUCAAAUACAAAGCCAAGGUCAAGUACGAAAAAUCACAAAUGAACAAAACAAGCGCUAAAGGGAACUGAAACAGAAACCACGAUAGGGCAGGGAGUUAAGGGAGAGGCAAGUAUAAAUACCCUAGCAUUUAAUUUGAUUGGCCCCUAUCAUAUCCAUGCCCCCAAAAUGUGAGUGUAUGGGGAAUGUGGAAUGGCAGGUGCCAAUGGGAGACCGUUUUAGUUUUCGGCUCCCACUUUCCCUUUAAGAGUGUGCCCGAGACACACGGCGCACUCUUGGUGCUAGGCGGGACACGCGACCGCAUUCCGCGGUCAGUGCCCGCCAUCAUCCGAGCUCUGAGUGAGCCGCGCGCGGCGGGAACUGAGGACCUCGGCUGUCCCCCGGAUAAGGUAAGUACCGCUACACAAGUAUUCUAGUGAUGUUUAUUUUUCAUUUUUUAAUAUUUAUCUAUUUUUUUGUAUAUUUUAGUAUUCUUUCCAACAGCCUAUAAUAAUUCAAAUUAUAGAUAUACAGUAUAUCUGGAUAAAGGUCUAUACAAGAUUGGGGGUUUUAUAUGAGUAUAGUGUCAGAAUUACAAGUUGAUCCAGCACGCAGUACUGUGUCACACAUAGGACUAAGGAUAACGUAUAACCGGACCUUAGAAUGGCCGGGCUUAACGUAUCCAAGAAUAGUCAAAAUACUAGCCGAGGUCAGGGAUACAGAAUCAGACACAAAGUUGAGGGAAAGCCAAAAGUCAAGGAUACCAGAUAUCAGGGAAGUCAAAACAAAGCCAAAGUCAAAUACCAGAAAAUCAAGAUCAGGAACGCACUCUCGGAUAACCAAAUGCAUGAAACCACGACAGCACUGAGCAAGAGGAGAACUGGGCCUAAAUACCCCUCCUCUGGAUCCGAUUGGUUGUAACCGGCCUUUGACCCCAAAGGCAAUUAGCAGGUGUGCCUGAUUGCUGCUCAGCUAAACCCUCCUGUGGAUUUGAUUGGCCAUGACCUGUCUUUGACCACAAAAGUAAUUAUCAGGUUUGCAUUUGCAUGAUUGUUACUUGGCACAACUUUUCCUGGCAGGAAGGUAAUGUUGCUCGGCACAACUUUUCCUGUCAGGACAGUAAAUGCUAUUAACCACAUUUUUAUGUGCGAAUGAAUACGUGACAUAUAGCACUUUAAAUUUAUGAGAAAUAAUAGAGCCUCAUUAUAUCAAUCUGUACAUUUCACUUAUUUAGGUUUGUUAAUUUUCCGUAAGAAUUUGCAUUAUUCCCCCGAUAUUUUAAUGUUCUCUUCUCUGUCAUUGUUUUUAUGUGCAUAUGAGUGAUAAUAGACUUAUGGGUAUAAAUACCCUUACGUACGAACAUUGGACACCCUGAAUAUCAUAAGGAAAUGCCAGUAAGGAAAAUGGUGAUACCCACACCGGAAGUGACGGAUGGACGUGACGUCACUUCCGUAAAUCGGCAUGGCAAACAUGAUCAGAUGUGAAGGAAACGCUUACAAACCCGACGGACCUGAUUGGACAAUUAAGAAGCAGAGAGGACAACUCAGGAGCAAGACUGGGGAUUUAAAAGGAAGGAGGUAAUGAGAAAGAGAUCAACUUCAAUUGAAAAAGCCAGAGGAAAGGGCGAAACGCAUCUCAAGAAGAUUUCCAGCAUACAGGACAGUGUUUUUAUUGUUUUGUAAGAUAUAUGUGUUACUUUUUAAUACUUUAAAUAAAUUAAUCAAUUGGAUCAUUUUUUAGUCCCUAUUUUGCUGCUAUCUCCAUCUACCUCCAAAGAAGGUGUUUAUACAUUGUACUCAUAGUAUUGAUUUUUUACCAUUGUUUUUUUUUACCGAUAUAAAUGAACACAAGUUUUAUGUGUUUUACAUUUGAUACAUGCUGACACACCAUAAACCCACACGCUAGGUUGUAACACGCUGCUUCAUUUUUUGAAACUGUUGCAAUUUUCCUGGCCUGAUGUGUUCUGGUGGCAGUUCUUAUUUUUAUUAUCAAAGCAUUAUCGGCAGCCACAGUAUGCUGUGAUUGUGGUAUUUUACAUCUGCCUAUCUAUAAUUAUCAGGAUUCUCUUGUAUAUGUGAAUUGCUUCUUGAAUAUAAAUUGAGUGUUAUUUAAGAGAGGAGUAAGGAUUUCAGCAAUAUUUUUUAAUUUUUUUUAUUUUAUUUUGUAUUAAAGAAUUAUCUGUUCUCUCUGUACAAACAGUUUCUUUUUGCUAUGUAUAUUGUUUAGGAGCGCACAUACUAUUUUGUAUAUUUACAGCAAGAAUAAAAGCACACAGGGAGGGGGCAUGGCCUGACCGAGGACCGAGCUUGACGCACGAGGCUAGAACUCCGUCCGAAACCGCCGCCUAAAGCAAAAAUUAGCAGAGUAACCUGGGAGGCAAUACCAUACACAGCCUACAUGGAUAAACGAAACCCCAAGAAACAGCCCAAGAAGGGCCAGGACCUGGGAGCUUCAGUUGCCGACAUGUUCGCGGCUGCAAAACCCAACAGGCCCAAGAUGGCGCCGGCGCAGGCCACGCCCCCUCGUCCUCGCCACAGUGGUGUGCCUCCCCAGCGACCCAACUGACAGGGGAUGCACCACAGAUCCUGGCACAAUUGGCAAAAGUAAAGCACUUCCUCUCCAGGGAUAUCAAAAAAUCCACUGCGGUCUUGCAGGGUGAGAUACAGGCGCUGGGGGCCAGGACCACAAGACUGGAGCACAGGCAGGAGGCCGCAGUAGACUCUCACAACUCAGCUGUCCUGCAAAUAAAUCGCCUUACUGCACGCCUGAGGACUGCUGAAGUGGCGAUAGAAGAUAUGGCAAACAGAUCCAGGAGGAACAAUUUACGUCUCAGGGGGCUCAAUGAAGUCACGGGAGAAGGCCCUCUACCUGACCUCGUCCUCACGAUCCUGCGGCCUCUUCUCCCUGACUUACCCGAUCACCUGUGGCAUAUUGAGCGUACACAUUGAGCGCUAGGACCACGACGUACAGACCAAAACCACCCUAGGGAUAUAAUAAUGCGCUUCUUCUACUUCCAAACAAAAGAAGCCCUCCUAAAGAAAAGCAGAGAGGUACCCAUUCUACAUAAUAGUAUCACUUUAUCUCUAUAACAGGAUUUGGCCCCCACCACGCUGCAGAGACGCAGAGAAUGGAGGCCCAUCACCGAUGCCCUACGGGCCGCUAACAUCAGGUACACCUGGGGCUAUCCAUUCCGGCUCAUGGUGUUUGGAGGGGAUCGCACGCAUGUACUUCAGCCAGGAGACUGUGUCAUCAGGUUGUUACAGGCCGACAGAACAAGAGGACUUUUGGCCUGUUGGCCUGAGACUGGCAUCUUGUAGAUCAUCAACAAGACUGAGGACCUAGCAGAUCAACACCUCUAAUGGACAUUCCGAGGGACUGCCCUGAAAGGGGAAUUGGGUGAGCUUUCUUGGAACCUACCAUGGGGCGAUAGCGAGGACCUAACAACGGUACUAUGACUCUUAAGCUGACCUUCCUUAAUGUUAAGGGGCUCAAUUCCCCCAAAAAGCGAUGUCUCAUGUUCCGUGAGCUGAAGCGCUUGCGCCCCGACAUCGCCCUGAUUCAGGAGUCUCACUUACCUAGACAAGCCACCCUUGCCCUCAGAGACGACACGUACAGCACCAUAGUAGAAGCUAGAGCACUUAAUAAACAUAACAGGAUGGCAGUUCUGCUGCGCCGCGACUGCCCCAUCAGAGUCACAGCCACCGAUAUCGACCAAAACGGACGUACCUAAUUCUUUCAGGCACAAUACACUCACAAGUAAUAUCCAUAAUCAACACAUACGCACCAAAUUCACCCGACACGGCAUUCUGGAGUAGCCUGGAGAGUAAGAUCCGCUCCCUCCCACAUGGCAUACAGAUCCUGGGGGCGACUUUAAUGCGGUCCCAUGUCCAGCUGUAGACAGGAGCCCCAAGAGGGGUCAACCAUGAUCACAUGGCAGGGGCGCCCAGGACAAGGCCUUCUAUGGCUUUCUGAAAUCAACGGGUCUCAUAGACAUUUGGAGGACACAACAUCCGGGUGAUCAUGAUUAUACCUUCUUCUCUGUCCCGCACCACACAUACUCACGCAUAGACCUGUUCUUAGUCAAUAGUGCCACUGUACCGAAAGUGAUCGACACCCGCAUUGGUUCCACCACCUGGUCGGACCACUCAGACAUACACCUGACGCUGGGCAAUAUAGGUGGGAAGGCCCCGUGGACAUGGAGACUUAACACGCCCCUUCUUAAAGACCACCAGACAGUCAUUACCAUCACCGAGGAAUUGUCCUCCUAUUUUGCCACAAAUGAUUCUCCCGACCUGACAAGGGGAACUAUUUGGGCAGCACACAAAGCUGUAAUUAGAGGCCAACUCAUAAAACUAGCUACACACAAAAAAGAGUCAAGAUGCCCUACGGAUUGCUGAACAAAAACACAAAACAGCCCCCACUGAGACCUUAGAAACAGUGAGACUGGCAGUGAAAGAACUCCUCCUAGAGGAUGCAGCUCGUAGCCUCCUCUGGUCCAAACGGACCUUUUACGAGAAGGCGAAUAGAAUGGACACAUACCUGGCCCUCACGCUGAAGCCGAGACAGGCGCGACUCCACAUCACCUCACUGAGGCAUCCAGACGGCUCCAUAAAGACGAUCCCCGUAGACAUAGCUGCGGUUUUUACCGUUUAUUGCAAAGAUAUGGCAAACAUAUUGUUUUACAAUCACUCACCCACAACAACCCCCCAACGAAACGACGAAGCCAACUGGACCACUACCUUCUUGCGACAACUGAACCUACCAGGCCUGUCCCCCGGAGCGAUAGCUGCACUCGACCAAUACAUAACGAUUGAUGAAGUUGACAGGGCUAUAUCCAAGCUGCACGGUAACAAAGCCCUGGGUCCCGACGGGUUCGGAGGUGACUAUUACAAAACUUUUCGCGAAGUUCUACCUCCCCAGCUGGUGACCUUAUUUAAUGACUUCUGCGCUGGCGGACUACCCAACAAAGACAUGACCUUGGCCAAUAUAGUCCUGAUCCCUAAGCCUGGGAAGGACCCACAACAACCAGGGAGUUACAGACCCAUCUCAUUCUUUAACCAUGACGCAAAACUACUGGCUAAGAUCCUAGCAGAGAGACUUAACCCUUACUUACACGCAUUGAUAGACCCCGAUCAGGUGUGAUUUAUCCCAGACAGACAAUUAUUCGAAAACACAAGACGAAACUGCUACAUUAUAUCCAGUCCAGUCACUAUACCAUGGAGUCAGUCCAGGUGAGGCUACCCGGGGCCCUUGUGCGCCCCUUCUCACUCUCAAAUGGCACUAGGCACUAGGCAAAUGGCACUGUCUCCCCUCCUCUUCGCCCUGGCCUUGGAGCCUCUGUUACAGGCCUUUCGAGAACACCCUGAAAUUAGGGGGGUGAGCGUGAGGGGCCAGGAGUCCCUAGUGUCAGUAUAUGCUGAUGACAUGCUCCUGACCCUCACAUCCCCUGUCGCCUCAAUGGGUGGGAUCCGGGAGACCAUAUUAAGAUUCAGCCCACUCUCGGGAUACAAGAUUAAUAUGUCCAAGUCCAGUGCCCUGCCCAUAGUUAUGCCCUCGGAAGACAUAACUCACAUACUCGACCAUCACAACAUCCAAUGUGCAACACACAUUUCCUACCUAGGCAUCCAGUUGACAGCCGAUCCGGCCGAUAUGUACAAUUACAACUACCCUCCCAUGUUCAGAGCCCUUAUGGACAAUUGGAUGGAUAAGCCCAUUUCUUGGAUUGGAUGGAUCCAUUCAGUUAAAAUGAAUGUCCUCCCUAGGAUUUUGUUUCUCUUCCAGGCCCUUCCCUUACCGAUCACAAAGGCAGACCUGGCACACCUACAAAAUCCCAUUGGUAACUUUAUUUGGCAAAACAAAAGGCACCGGGUAGUGAGACACAUCCUAUACCGUCCAAGGCAGAUGGGUGGAUUGGGCCUACCUAACUUAUAUUAUUAUUAGCCCAAAUAACACAAAUCGCAAUAUGGCAUUCCCCAGUAGGGACAAGAAAGUGGGUAGAAUUGGAGUCCCUCCUUAUGGGAGCAGACCUAUCACAAUACACCAUAUGGGUCCCAAAGGACCGAGGACCCCUGCCGAGGACCAACUGCUCUGCCAUUACCAACUCCAUACAUAUAUGGGACAGGACGGCCCAGAAAUUUCACCGCUCCUCUGCACCAUCCCCGCUCAUGCCAUUCCUGAGAAACAGGGCAUUCAUCCCAGGACUGAUGGCACGUAACUUUAAACAUAUAGAACAAGCAGGUCUACAGAGAAUAUGCCACCUCUACACAGGGGGCGCCCUUAUACCUUUUGACACAGUCAGUCAAGGACACCAUCUUACCCCGGCAGACUUCUUCAGGUGUCUCCAGAUAGCUGAUUAUGCUAAACAACCACACAUAAAAAAGGCCGCCCUAACUACCCGCACCUUUUUUGAAAACAUAUGUCUAAGGGAGCGAUCCCCUAAAGGCCUCAUCACACAGCUGUACUCACACCUUUGCUCUGAAACCACAGAAUGGGGCAGCCUGACGUACACCUCUCAUUGGGAGGUACUGGAGGGGGUAUAGAAUGCAUAAGUCACCAACUGAUCUGUGUUGGAGGAACUGUGGCCUCAGGGGCAAAUAUAUUCAGAUGUGGUGGGAGUGCCCUAAGAUUAGGCCAUUCUGGGAAGACAUUAGGGACAUAUUAGAGCAAGUGUUCCAAAGGGCUCCCGCCCUAGACCCAUGGAUAUACCUUUUAAACAGGUCAAUAGACGAAUGGCCGAGACAGGACCAACGACUACUCCAAAAAAAUCACAUUAGCCGCUCGCAGAGCUAUAGCACAAUAUUGGCUCAAAACUCAGCCCCCUCACAGGUCAAUAGUGAUCGGGAAGAUAAAGGACAGCUGCCUCAUGGAUGACCUCACGCCUAGGGUGCGAGGUAAACAGAGGAAGUUCGUGAGGACUUGGGGACUGUGGAGAGGGAGCCACCUGGCUGAUUAGGGAGAUUACUGAGGUGCGUCUGGUGUGUUUCCCCCCCCCCCACCUUCCGCUUGCCCCCGUCCUAUCCCCACCUCCUUGCCCUCCGUCCCCCUCGGCCCUCCCUGGGCUGGUUUUGUCCCUUCCCCCCUCACUAUUCCCCUAUCUCUUACUGUUCUCUCUCUCUAUCUCUCUUACUUUCCCAUAGGUCCUCUCUCUCGUAGAGGGCUUGAUAUAGUGGGGCAGGAGAAGGCGGCUAGAAGGAAUUGGACAACAGAAGUAGUGGGACGAUAAAGGAAAUAGCACUAACAUUACAAAUGCCCUAGUGCCCACUGACCCCGGUAGCAACCCUGCAACCUAUAACGAUCCCACCAUUUGCGACCAUGUUAAUGCGUAACGUAAAAAUCCAAUGACACAAUUAAUCCAAUGACACAAUUAAUCCAAUGACACAAUUAGGAGGUUGACCAGAAUUAUUAGACAUCCUUAAGAGACAAGUCCAUUAGGUAAACUCAACUACCGCACAGACCUGCAUGUAAUCUCGCCUUGUAUCAUCGCUAUCUUAUGUUUUCAAAUAUAUAGGCUUGUGCACAAGCCCAGUUGCAAACCUUUGUUAAUAAACAAUGUCAUUCAAAAAUAAAGAAUUAAAAAAAAAAAAAAAAAGCACACAGGAUCACUGAUGGUCAGUCUAUGGUGGGGGGGGGGGGGAUACUUCACUUGAUCUGUAAAUAAAAUCAUCAAUUAUUUGCUUUUUCUUGUGAUAGCUUUUGAUUGGACAGGAGAUCCAGCCAACUUGGUUGGGCAGUUCUCUUGUACAUUAUGGAAAACUAAGUUGCUUAUUUGCCCCCAUUAUUCCAUUAUUUUUGCCUAAAUCAGAUUUAAAACAAAAAGAUUACAUUUUGAGAGCUUUGAAGUUGAUAUUUAGUGAAUAAGAGAGUGUGCUAGAUCUUGCAUGCUGUAAUAAUUGGCCCCAGCAGCACCCUUAUACACCCUUGAAGAACCGUAUGAAUGUUUAGGUGAGUGUGGCCUUCUUGCUCAAAUGUAAAUAUAUUUGGGAGUCCAGGCCAACUCCUGUGGUUUUCCACACACUGAAUUAUGCACACAUAUACACACUAUGAUACAUGCGCAAACAUUCACUGAUACAUACACACAUUAAAAGGCACUUAUAUAUAUAGUCGCAGGGCUGGUGCAAGGAUUUUUGGCUACACAGGCGAAUAUGAAUUUUGCUGCCCCUUCCCCCCAAAAAUAAAAAUGUAUCUUCACCUGUGUGUCUCGUAACCCCUCUUUUGAAUUUCUUAUCCCCUUUAGUGUUACAUAUCCCCUCUUGAAUGUGUUAUCCCUGUGUGUUACACCCCCUUUAGUGUAUUAUAUCGCCCUUUAGUGUCUUACACCCCCUUGUGUCUCUUACUUGCCCACCAGCCCCUUUCUGUGUCACUGUGAUUUAGUGUGGGGGAUAGGGGCAGAAUUGUGUGGGAUAGGGACUUUAUUAUUAUUACAAUACAUAGCGCCAAUAAAUUCUGUAGCGCUGUACAAUAGGGCUUUAGUACUGUGUGUGUGGGACUGGGCUUUAGUCAAGGGGAGAUAGGAGUAGUAUUGGGGAAUACAGGCAGUAUUGUAGGGGGGAUAGGGACUUUAGCGAGUGGGGAAUAUGGGCAGUAUUGUGAGGGAUUAGGGCCUUAUUGUGAUAGGGGGAUUAGGGCCUUAUUGUGAUAGGGGCAGGGGCUGAUUGAUUCUUUAGUAUGGGGACAGGGCCCAUAUUGUGGGGGAUUGAUUCUUUAGUGUGGGGGGAAAGGGAGAGUAUUAUUGGGGAUUGGGGCGGUAGUGGUAGGGUUAGGAACAGUAUUGUGGGGUUUAGAGUUUUAGAGGCGGGUCUGGGGCAGUAUUGUGGGGGACUGGGGCUAUGUUGGGGUUAAGAACAGUAUGGGGGCAGGAGCGGUAUUGUGGGAGAUAGAGCAGCAUUGUGGGUGACUGGGGCUAUGGUGGGGGGGGAUUGGAACAGUUUUGAGGGACAGGACAUGGUGUGGGGGGGGGAUUGGAACAGUAUUUAGGACCUCUAAAGGGCGUGCGAGGGAGCUAUACAGGAAAUGCGGAACUGGAUCAGAGCUCACUCGCGCGCCCUCUCCUCCUGUGCCGGGCUGCGGAGGUACUGGCGUUCGGCCACGCUACAGUAAAUGACCGUCAGGAGAGGAGUGCUGUGCACUUCUCUCCUGCCGCUCAACUGGAUAUUUGCGCUCCCCGGGCCGGAGAGCCCUAAGGUAGCCGCCUGUGCCGCCUUAUGUUAGCGCCGACCAUGGAUAUUCACAGUGUGUUUCUGACAGUGUAUGUCUAGCUGUGUGUAUAUCUUAUUGCAUGUUCUUUGCAUUGUGAACCUGAGUAUGUGCUUGAGAGUGUGUGUCUGGCAGUGAAUAUCCUUGUAUGUGUGUAUGUGAGUGUGUGUGGAAUGUAUAUCUGUGUGCGUGUGUGUCUAUGAAUGUGUAUCUGUAAGUGUAUGCGUGUGGGGGAUCUGCUUUCAGUGUGUUAUGGGUAUAGCAUGGCUGGCAUGGAUGACAUGAAUGACAGGGGUGUGUUUUGGACAACAUGGCUUCUAACUUCUAGAGCAUAAAUAUACAAUAAAAUGGGGUGGUGGUGGUGGUGGGGGGUGUUCCUAUAGUGCAGCAAAAAAAUCAUGAUAGGCGUUAUAGCCACACAUCUAUCAAUAGUACAAGAAUAAAAUCACCAAUUGGAAAAUCAGUCUUAAAAAAACUAUACAUACCAUAUAUACCUAGUGUAUACUGUUUAUAUACAGGUUAAUAAAAAAAAAAAAAAAUAAACCUAUAGAAAUCUUAGAUGGGUAUAUACUAUAGUAAUAGAUUAUUUUUAUUUUAUUUUACAAUGGAUAGACAUCAGUCUUAUAUUUCCAUAGAUAACCUGUAUAAUGUCCAAAUCUACCUUUCAGUCUUUUACAAGCAGUGCUGUCCAAUACUUCUUUUGAAAGGAAAGGAAGGAGCGAACAGUGCACAAACGUACAUAAAGCGUUGUUCAAUAUAUCAUCAGAUACUUUACUGCAAUAUAGCAUGUACGUCAACAUAGUAACUGUCAGGAUAGGCUGUCAACUAACAUGUAAAACUAAGUCACACCUUAGAAGGCAGGAAAAUAAACUUAUAGUUAUGUAUUGCUGGUCUUCAGAGGUGGCCUGGCCAUGCUCAACAUACUAAUAAUCAUAGAAGUAGCUAAGUCAAGAAAAAUGAUGAGGUUCGGCAUAACGUAGGUAGACAGAAUGAAAAAAACUAGCUGAGGUCAGGGAUACAGAAAGCAAAAUAGUCAAGACAAGCCAAGAUCAAUAAACCAGUAAUCAAAUAUGCAAAUGAACACACUCUCAGAUCACCACAAGGGAAACCAUGACAGGGCAAAGGUCAGGUAGCUGUCAGGAUAGACUUAUACCCAACAUGCAGAACUUAAGUUAACUAGAUAACAUAUAACCAGAACUCCUAAAAUGUGUUACUGAACCUUAGAAAUGGAUUUAACGUUAAUAAAUAGAAUAGUACAGAACAAGUCACAGUCAGGGAAACAGAGGGUACAUAAGUGGUUAGACAGGCCAAAGAUCAAGGAAUACAGAAGUAAAAAUAAUCAAAGUACAAGACAAGGUCAAAGUAUGCUACAAUCAAUAAAUUUUGAAAAGGAAUGAAGACAAUAUUCAAGGCGUUCACUUCAAAUGGAAGUGAAUGUCUAGGAAUAGGUACAACUUAAAUAAGUAGCUUACGUGCCAAUAAAUAUAGUAAAAACCUUUAUUAGUCCACAAGGCAUAGAGCUACUAUUCACAGUGAAAGGGUCCCAAAUGGGAACAGAGUAUAUAUGUUAGGUAUAGGGAAACACCAUAGGAUGCACCUGAACCAAGGACUCUAUAUAUAUAGGUAACUCCAACACAAAAUUAAAAAAGGUGCUACCUAACAAGUGCAAAAGUGCAUAUGAAAAAAAGUAAUCGAACCCGACGCGCGUUUCAAUGUAUUAUAACGCCGUUGUCAGGUAGGCACUAGCUUUGUGCGGUGCUGAGAUAUAAGAGACAGAUGCUAGUUUACUGGCUGUGGGGUAUGGUGGUUAUGGUGGGAAUGGAAUAGUGGUCGCUACAAUAGACUGGAGAUACCUCCCUUCUGCUUUGAUCCUGAUUAAUCUUCAAUUAGUAGACAUCUAGGGUUUUUUUUUCUCCUCCUCUCUGUGUAGGAAUUUAGACCACUUUCCCCUUUCCUUAUCACCAUUUAUUGAUUCUAAUAUACAGAAAGAUCAAGACCACCCAGGUGCAAUGUGUAUAAAAUGAAUAAAAAAGAAUUACUUCCUUUUUGUUAUAGUGUAACAAAGGAUUCCUCUCAAUCCUCGGGAAAAUAAGAAGAUAAGAUACACCUAAACAUAUAUAAACAGAGAAAAAAACCUCAUAGGGCAUUAGCAUGUAUCAACAGAUGGCCCCUUUUUCUAUAUAUUGCACUCACAGACUAGAUGCAUUUUUCAAGCUCAUCAAAUUAGAUUUUCACACCUCCAUCAUCACUCUAAUAUCCAUGGACACAUGUAAGAAAUAUAGAUUGACAUAGUAUAGCACUAUUAAAAGUAAAAAACACAUGCUUUAUUGGUACAAUUACAGUAUACAAGAGGUUAAAAUGCUCAUCAAGAUAUCUCUGCUUCCCCUCAGUCCAAAGGUAUAGGGCAGAAUGUUGUUGGCAGGAAUAUCAGGCAAAAACAAAGUAAAAUAAUAAAAUACACUCUACGCGUUUCAUCUACUUCUGUAGACUUCCUUAGGAGUAAAUUAAAAUGUAAGUGCUGUGCAAAUAAAGUGCUGCGUGUAAUCUAAUGAUCUGAGCAAUAUUUAAAAGUCCCUCCCAUUUACAUAUGAGCCUCCUCAGCCAAUCCGUGGUCUUCCAAUCAUCUGUUGCAACUUCAUUACUUCAUGUCCUCUUUGUUCGCCCUAUAUGGGAUUCUGGCAGAUGUCCGUGAACGCACAUGCGUUCCACUGAUAAGGAAGUUGGUCUGUCUUCGCGUAGAUGUGGUUGACAUCAUCAGUAGGCGGCUGGAACGUGUAUGCGCUCCACUUUGUGUUCUAGUCCCCUUUCGGCAGUUUAUCAAUCAGUCCCAAUGAGAAUGUUAUCAUCAAGUAGAAGCAUGAAAAUGAAGAUGUAUUUAACAAAAUUAAUGUGCUGCAUCCAGAUUUCUUAUCACUCAUUGUCACAUAUGUCAAAAAAUUAUUGAGUAUACAUAUGAUGAUUUCAUAGACACAAUUUUCAUACUCUAACAUAUAGAGCUUAUAAUUAACUGAUAUCUUUAGAUCGAAAGUACAUUGUAGCGGAACGCCAAUAUUAAAUCCACGAAUUCCGCUGGUUCAGGAAGUAAUCCACAGUUAAGCGCUGGAAAAAGCAAGGCAAUAUCCCAAAUCUCCCAGUAACCGGACGAAACACAGUUCUGAGAGUCAACUGAGGUCUUUAUUUCCAGCUCCACAAUUUAUACAAGUCCCCAUGCAAGGGGUUUCCUGAGUCCCCUCCCAGGGGCAUUCCCAGAGGGGACUACAUGGGGGACUUACUGUACAGGGCAUUUCUCCCAUCAGGCACUGCUGCACGAGAGGGAUCCUCCCACAGGAAUGUACCGUUAAGUGGAUUAUCCCUCCGUGCAGCAGAACCGACAAUUUACAUUAAAAUCCAUAACUCUUUGAAUAUGCAGUUCAUUUAAACGAAUGGACGUUCGGUAGAUAGCUGGGGUUUGAGCGCAUCAUUCGUGAGAUUACCGCUCAGAUCACAGCUAAACCAACCGAACGCCGCACGAAAAACACAUUCAUUAAAAUACAGGUUCAAAACACCGAUUGCCUUCCAGGGAACAAAAUACCGAAGGGCCCGGGAUUCCCGAACGGCCUGGAAGCUCAGCGGUGUUCGUGCCGUCGAGUAGCUGUUUUUAGUACCAUGCGCUCGACGACCAAACACCGCUGAGGGAACAAAGGAUCCAAGAUGGCCGACCGCCGCAUGUUCGGUAGUCGAACGGCGGCCACCUAGGAGAGCCUCUAAUUACCGAUUGCAACAUUGUUGCAAUCGGUUAACAAGCGCCACACGUCUCUAAGUGUGUGGGCUACUACAUGGGGGUAUUUUCGGUUCACGAACGGCCCGCAAAAGUGCCGUUCGUGAAACGAAAGAAAAUACAAUACAUACAGCUAUCUGCAUUCGGCAGAUAGCCAAUACAGCAAAUACAUGUUAAUUACAACCAGCAUACAUUCUACAUAGUUAAGCACAUAUCCCACAACCAUACAGGCAACCCUUAAAGGCACAGUCUCUUUAUAGUGUCCAAGUGGCUAUGUUUGCCACAUACAUGAUUUACACCAUAGCCCAAAUAUACAGAGAAGUGUGGGAUAAACAGUGCAAAAAUGGAGGGGGAGGGAAGAAUUCUUAGACACACUAAACUUAUAAGAAAAAAUAUAUCUGUACUAAUAAAAUAUAAUAAUAAGAAAUAAAAAAAAUAACAAACAAUAUACAAAGAAAAUAAGACUAGAGAAUAAAAUAAAAUGAAAUAAAUAUAAAAUAAAAAAUAAAUAAUAAAUGAAAGUAAAAAUAAAAAUAAAAGUGAAAAUUAAAGUAAAAAUUAAAAUUAAAAUAAAAUCUAUUCAAAAUUAUUAUAAAAAACAAAUGAGGUCAAAAUCGACGUUGUGUAUCCAGAAUCCCUCCCUCUGCCUCAGCUUCAUUACAAUAUCUCCUCCUCUCACAUCUAGGGAAACCUUCUCAAUGACAGUCCAUGAGAGGUUCUGUGUUUUAAAAAAUGGACAUCCAUUGCAAUGUACAGGGACAGAAUGACCUUGCAUCCCCUUCCUAAUGUUAUUUAGAUGCUCUAAAAAACGGGUCUGCGCUUUCCUCCCUGUUCUUCCAACAUAUUGUGCACCGCAUCCACAUGUAAGCAAGUACACUAUACAUGUGGAGAUGCAGGUAACACCGUCUUGGAUUUUAAAAGUUUCUCCAGUAUUAGUACUUGAAAAGGCAUAUGUAUGAGAUGGUAGACCCCUACAAGCUUUACAUUGCCCGCAGGUAUGGAACCCCUUCUUCAUCUUAGUAUUAUACAUCACAUUUUUAUGUUGUUGAAAUAAACUCGGUGUAAGAUAAGAAGAAAGGUUCCUUCCCUUCCUGUAUAUGGCUUUAGGGAUAUCUGAUAGUUGGCGUUCUAAAUACUCAUCGUGUUGAAGAAUAGCCCAAUGCUUUUUAAGAAUUCUAUUGAUAGAAAAGGCCUUCGAAUUGUAUUGGUAUUAAAAUGAAAAUUUUAAUGGGGUAUUAUGAUUAGUUGUGUUUUUAUUUUUUUGAUUUGUCUAUCAGGAGAUCCCCUCUGUUCAUCUCUCCUAUUCUCUUCACCUCUGUCAGUAGAUGUUCCUCAUUAUACCCCUUUUCUAUGAAUUUUUGGGUCAGAAGAUCUGCCUGUUCAAUGUAAGUGGUUAAAUCUGAACAGUUCCGCCUAAGUCGGGUGUACUGACUUUUCGGAACGCCUGCAAGCCAUCUGGGAUGAUGUCCACUUGUGGAUUCGAUAAAGCUAUUUUUUUUGGUAGGUUUAAAGUAUGUUUUGGUUUUGAUGUCACCAUCCUUGACAAAAAUAGUCAAAUCCAAAAAGUCUAUAGAGACCGGACUAUAAGCUGGGUUAAAUACCAAAGAUAACGUGUUGUUAUUUAGGUAUACAAAAAAACUUGCAGUUGUUCAUCAGACCCCUUCCAGAUAACAAGGAUGUCAUCAAUGUAAUAUUGCUCAGAUUAUUAGAUUACAUGCAGCACUUUAUUUGCACAGCACUUAAAUUUUAAUUUACUCCUGAGGAAGUCUACAGAAGUAGAUGAAACGCGUAGAGUGUAUUUUAUUAUUUUACUUUGUUUUUGCCUGAUAUUCCUGCCAACAACAUUCUGCCCUAUACCUUUGGACUGAGGGGAAGCAGCGAUAUCUUGAUGGGCUUUUUAACCUCUUGUAUACUGUAAUUGUACCAAUAAAGCGUGUGUUUUUUACUUUUAAUAGUGCUAUACUAUGUCAAUCUAUAUUUCUUACAUGUAUCCAUGGAUAUUGGAGUGAUGAUGGAGGUGUGAAAAUCUAAUUUGAUGAGCUUGAAACAUUCAUCUAGUCUGUGAGUGCAAUAUAUACAAAAAAAGGGUCCGUCUGUUGAUACAUACUAUUGCCCUAUGAGUUUUUUUUUCUCUGUUUAUAUAUGUUUAGGUGUAUCUUAUCUUCUUAUUCUCACUUAUUGAUUCUGCCUAAUGGCAAGAUAUCCCUCUAUAGUGGAAUGCCUGUCUGCACUCUACAGUGUUUCCCUAUACCUAACAUAUAUACUCUGUUCCUAUUUGGGACCCUUUCACUGUGAAUAAUAGCUCUAUGCCUUAUGGACUAAUAAAGGUUUUUACUAUAUUUCUUGGGAUGUAAGCUACUUAUUUAACCUAAGUUGUGCCUAUUCCUAGACAUUUACUUCCAUUUGGAGUGAACGCCUUGGAUAUUGUCUUCAUUCCUUUUCUAAUUUUAGUAAUUAGGGUUAUCUCCUGUUUAUCUAGUACAACUAGGUGACCUCUUUUUUGACUAGGAGAUAUAGUCAUAGGACUUCCCCAACUUAUGGUUUUAGUUGGUAGGAGACACCCUGACCUGCGCCUUGGUCAAUAUCCUUACUAAAUACAAUUAAUACAAGUAACGCACCAUCUGAUAACCAUAUGGGAAACCACGACAGGGCACUGAAAAUUAGCUAUUUUGAGUUUAAAUUGCCGAAGAAGGGCUCUGAUUGAUGCAUAGUGGUCACAUGACGCCAGAACGUGCGACCGGAAAUAGGGGCAGAGUAGAUGGAUCAAUAAAAGGCUGCAGUGCGCAGCAGCCGGUUUCGAUAGAACUAUCCGCAGCACCUGCGGCACAGCCGCUUGGGAACACAUCUCAUUGGAGUUGCCCAGCGGGAGCCGUUACAGUAGCAUGUGAACGUUUAUGUAGCCCUAUGUGUAUUGUGAUUGAUUUGCGUCAUCUCUGCAACACCUAAGACGCGUGAACGAUGUCACAGAAAUGACACAGGAGUAUCAGUGUCUGAAAUGAAAGGCACACUGUUCACUGUUCAAGUGAGCAGGAUCUGACGAAACACGUAAAUGGAGUGAGGUUAAAAUGAGUGGUUUGCCUGCAUAUAUCUCCAGAAUUACACAAGUAUGAGGGAGCAGCGUCAAUAAUGAUGUAGGAAGGAUGUAUCAAACUACACUAAUAUGUCUCUAUAAAUAUACAGUGUUCAGAAAAUGAAGAUGUAUGGCCUGUUAUUUAUAAGAACAGACCGGUAGAUGGAGGAAAGAGUUAAAGGCAUUUCCAUCCCCCUACCAAAAAAUAUGUGUAAUCCUUCACCAAAACCAAGCACAGUGUUUAACCACUUCCACAUCUUGCUUUAUUUCUGCUACCCAUGAAGGGAUACAGUAGAGUUAUUUACAGCUUUCCUAUAGCUGUGGGUAUUAGGAAGCUCUCUAUUUUAUAGUGCAGGUCUUGCAAACUAAAUAUUGCCUGAUAAAGUCCAAUGCUUUGAUGAACAAUUACGAAACUUGCAUUCUAUUGAGCAUGUCUUGAAAUUUCUGCUUAGCAAUAGGUGAGAUUCAUGUUCUACUAAAAUGAAAGCAGUUUAUUUAUCAAGGGGAAUUCUUUAAGAUGCUUGACAUAACUGGUUAAUUUAUUUCACAAAAGCAGCAUGUAGCAUUCUGGCAACAAUAAGCUAAUGUUUAACAAUGUGUUUUUGUUUCUUUAGUUCUAUUCUUUUUACAUGGAAGUUUGAGUUCACAUUCAAAUGCACACCAUUAUUUUCAUUUUACAAAUUAGGGGUUAUUCACUAAACACCAAAAUAAAGUAAACUGAAAGCUAAGUUACAAAAUUUAUGCUAAAAUAGUCAAGAUAUGAUUAUAGCUGUGUUGGAGAAUGUUCACAUAUUAGCACUUUUUAUUUAAAUUCUGCAUUUAGGUUUUCAUUUUUCCAUAAUUCAUUAGAUAUAGAAUAUAUCAUAUGUAUACUUUAAUUAACAGACAGGUAAUAUUUCCUCUAAUUUGUUCCUCCCGAUUAGGAUGUUGACAAUAUUGUAAAUAGUGAUGAAUUGGCAAGUAAACUGCAAAUUUGGGGGAAAUUAGCCAAAGUGAAAUAGUUCUUAAAUUCAUCUGAGCCAUUUUGGCCAAAAAUGUCCAAUUCUUUGCUCAAUUCACGUUGAUUUAUGGUUUAUUGGAUAAUCCUAUAAAGUGAAAGGAACCCUUUCUAUUGGCUGUAUUUUUUAUUUAAAAAAAACAGUGAAGUGAAAACAAACAAAACCGAUUUUGUUUGGUAUUUUUUAUUUAGCAUAACUUUAAGAUAUAUGUAGGCACUCUCAGUUUUUUUUUAUCAGAACCUGCAGUUUUUAGAUCUGGUUCAGUAUUAUACCGUAUAUAUAUAUCAGGUGUAUUACUGUAUUGUAUACAUUUGGUGCAGGUUUGCCUUAUUUUUCAUAUGUAUUAUUGUAUUGUAUAGAUCAGGGGUACAAUUGUGCAAUGUAUUAUAUGUAUGGACCAUGUCCAGUAUUGUACUGUAUUGUAUUGUAUGUAUGGAUCAGGUACAGUAUAGUAUUGUAUUACAUGGAUCAUGACAAGUAUUAUGUUAUAUGAAAAGGUGCAAUAAUGUUUUGCAUUGUAUGAAUAAGGUACAGUAUUGAUUUAUAUGGUGCAAUAUUCUAUUGUAUUAUAUAUAUCAUGUGCAGUAUUGUAUGUAUGGAUAAAGUGCCAUAUUACAUUGUAUAGUUCAGAUGCAGUAAUGUAUUGUAUAAAUUAGGUGCAGUAUUGCAUUACAUGUAUGGAUCAGGUUCCAGUAAUAUAUAAUAUUGUAUGAAUAAGGUGCAGUAUUGUAUUGUAUUGAUCAGGCGCAGAAUUGUAUUGUAUUGCAUGGAUCGAGUGCAGUACUGCAUUGUAUGUAGGAAUCAAGUUCCAGCAUUGUAUGGAUCAAGUACCUUAAAUUGUAUUGAUCAUGUGCACCUCUGUAUUGUAUUGAAUGUGUGCAUAGGGUGCAGUAUUGAAUUGAUCAGGUGCAGUAUUGCAUUACAUGUAUAAAUCAGUUUUUUUUUAGUAUUAUAUAAUAUUGUAUGAAUAAGGUGCAGUAUUGUAUUGUAUUGAUCAGGCGCAGAAUUGUAUUGUAUUGCAUGGAUCGAGUGCAGUACUGCAUUGUAUGUAGGAAUCAUGUUCCAGCAUUGUAUGGAUCAAGUACCUUAAAUUGUAUUGAUCAUGUGCACCUCUGUAUUGUAUUGAAUGUGUGCAUAGGGUGCAGUAUUGAAUUGAUCAGGUGCAGUAUUGCAUUACAUGUAUAAAUCAGUUUUUUUUUAGUAUUAUAUAAUAUUGUAUGAAUAAGGUGCAGUAUUGUAUUGUAUUGAAGUUAUGGAUCAGGUGCACUAUUAUAUUGUAUUGUAGUUAUGGGUCAGGUGCAGUAUUAUAAUGUAUUGUAGUUAUGGAUCAGGUGCACUAUUAUAUUAUAUUGUAGUUAUGGGUCAGGUGCACUGUUAUAUUGUAUAGUAGUUAUGGGUCAGGUGCAGUAUUAUAAUGUAUUGUAGUUAUGGAUCAGGUGCACUAUUAUAUUGUAUUGUAGUUAUGGGUCAGGUGCACCGCCCACUACUGCCUCAGUACUCCACUACUGCCCCUAACCCCCUACUACAGCCUCUAAUGGAGAGGUGUGGUUGUUGCCAUAGAAACAUGCAUGUCUGAACUAUACAUUGGUAAAGGGGAGGGAUUAGUAAGAUGACCACGCCCACACGGGGUCACCAAAACAAAAUUCUGCACCCAGACAUCUGUUACCCUAGGAUCGGCACUGUACAAUAUAGUCUAUUGUAUUUUAGUAAUGGAUCAAGUGCUGUAUUAUAUUGUAUUGUAUUUUAUUGUAGUUGUAGAUCAGGUGCAGUAUUAUAUUGCAUUCUAGUAAAGGAUCAUGUUCAGUUUUAUAAUGUAUUGUAUUGUAGUUAUGUAUCAGGUAGGUGCAGUAUUAUAUUGCAUUGUAUUAUAAAGUAGUUAUAGAUCAGGUGUAGUAUUAUAUUGUAUUGUAUUUUAUUGUAGUUGUAGAUCAGGUGCAGUAUUAUAUUGCAUUGUAGUAAAGGAUCAUGUUCAGUUUUAUAAUGUAUUGUAUUGUAGUUAUGUAUCAAGUAGGUGCAGUAUUAUAUUGCAAUGUAUUAUAAUGCAAAUAUAGAUUAGGUGUAGUAUUAUAUGGCAGUGUAUUAUAAUGUAAUUAUGGAUCCGGUACAGUAUUAUAUCACAUUGUAUUGCAAUGUAGUUAUAGAUCAGAUGCAGUAUUAUAAUGCAUUGUAUUAUAUUGUAUAAUAUAGUUAUAGAAAUUAUAUACCUAGAUUAAUCUAUAUUAUAUUAAUUAGAUUAUAGUGUAUUGUAGUUAUAGGUCAGGUGCAGGAUUGCUUUUUAUCAUAUUGUAUUACAGUUAUAAAUCAUUUGCAGUAUUAUAAUAUAUUGUAUUAUAUUGCAGUUAUAGAUCAGGUGGGGUUUUAUAAUGUAAAUGUAUUAUAUUAUAUAUUUAGAUCAGGUGUAGUUUUAUAAUGUAUUUUUUUGUAAUGUAUUAUAUUGUAGUUAUAGAUCAGGUACAGUAUUAUGUUGCAUUGUAUAAUAAUGUUUUAUAUUGUAGUUAUAGAUCAUUUCCAGUAUUAUAAUGUAUUGUAUUACAUUGUAGUUAUAGAUCAGGUGGGGUUUUAUAAUGUAUUAUAUUAUAGUUAUAGAUCAGGUGCAGUUUUAUAAUGUAUUGUACUGUAAUGUAUAAUAUUGUAGUUAUAGAUAUAAUAAUGUAUUGUAUUAUUAUGUAUGGUAUUGUAUAAUUUAUUGUAAAAUAAUGUAUGGUAUUGUAUAAUGUAUUGUAUAAUAAUGUAUUGUGUUAUAAUGUAUGGUAUUGUAUAAUGUAUUGUAUUAUAAUGUAUUUUACUGUAGUUAUAGAUCAGGUGCAGUAUUAUAAUGUAUUGUAUUAUAAUGUGUGGUAUUGUAUAUUAAUGUAUUGUAUUAUUAUGUGUGGUAUUGUUUUAUAAUGUAUGGUAUUGUAUAAUGUAAUAAUGUAUUGUAGUAAUGGAUCAGGUGCAGUAUUAUAACAUAUUGUAUAAUAAUGUAUUGUAUUAUAAUGUAUGGUAUUGUAUAAUAAUGUAUUGUAGUAAUUGAUCAGGUGCAAUUUUAUAACAUAUUGUAUAAUAAUGUAUUGUAUUAUAAUGUAUUGUAUAAUAAUGUAUUAUAAUAAUGGAUCAGGUGCAGUAUUAUAAUAUAUUUUGUAUAAUACUGUAUUGUAUUGUAUAAUAGUGUAUUGUGGCAAUGGAUUAGAUGCAGUAUUAUAAUGUAUUGUAUAAUAAUGUAUUGUAUUAUACUGUAAAGCGCUACGGAAUCUGUUGGCGCUAUAUAAAUGGCAAUAAUAAUAAUACUGUAUGGUAUUGUAUAAUAAUGUAUUGUAGUAAUGGAUCAGGUGCUGUAUUAUAAUAUAUUGUAUAAUAAUGUAUUGUUUUAUAAUGUAUGGUAUUGUAUAAUAAUGUAUUGUAGUAAUGGAUUGGGUGCUGUAUUAUAUUGUAUAAUAAUGUAUUGUAUUAUAAUGGAUGGUAUUGUAUAAUAAUGUAUUGUAGUAAUGGAUUAGGUGCAGUAUUAUAAUAUAUUAUAUAAUACUGUAUUGUAAUAAUGGAUCAGGUACAGUAUAAUACUAUAUUGUAUUAUAAUGUAUUGUGGUAAGGGAUCAGGUGCAGUAUUAUAAUAUAUUGUAUAAUAAUGUAUUGUAUUAUAACAUAUUGUAUAAUACUGUAUUGUAAUAAUAGAUCAGGUGCACGGUUCCUGCACGUAGCCCUCCGCGCGCUCCACUCAGGUGCAGGUCCCUCUCUAUCGCGCGCCUCACGCGCGCUACCCUCAGGUGCAGGAGAAAGGGGCAGGAACUCCCCGUACUGCCAGGACCAAUGGGUGCUUUGCCCGCAGUCACGUGGCUCCGAGUGCCUGAGCUCGCGCCCCUGUCGGUGUGUGUGAGGAUAAGGAGGACGGCAAAGGGGAGCGGAGCAUCCCGGAACACCGGCACCAACUACUGGAGGUAUGGACUGGGCGAAACACAUCCCGGUGUGCGGGGAGGAGUAUACUCUGUGUGCAGCUACUGAGUGGUGAAUUAUCACCGGUCCGGUUGGUGGCGUGCGAGAGGAGGAAGCGAUGGGGUAUCACCCCCCGGCGGUCAUUCUCCGUGCCCUGCUCUGCUGUGAGGGAGGCAGGGAGAGAGAGGGGGGUGUAGCUGUGCACGGGGAACGCACGGCAUACACGGCAUCCUCUGACGGAGAGCUAUGCACAGAGCUGCGAUGUGCGGUUCUCGCUCGGCGAUGCGCCCUUGGCUGUGUGUCCCAUGUGGCUGUUGCCCUGGCACCGUGUGUCACUGUGUCCCCGAGCAGGGCUCCCCCGGCACUGGGUGGCAGUGUGUGGGCACGGAGGGAUGCUGGCCGCCUGCCCCGGGCUGGGAUGUUGCUGGGCAGCGAUUUGAUGGCAUCUGGGCUGAACAAUGCGUUUAUCUAACCACAGGGAUAAACUGGGCAACCUGAUCCCAGGGCUAUGAUUUAUUGCCUUCUCGGUCUCUGUAAAUGUAUACAUAACGUGUGUCCUCACAGUGGGAGCUCUUCAUCGGGGUCUCUAUUUACUUGAAAUGUGGGGGUGUGUAGAAGAAAUUGGCUAGUCUACUCUACACUAUCUCUACCACCCUGCCUGCACCUCCUCCUCCUCCAUCUGGGGUACCAAGGAGAGAUGUAGGAAUUCAUCAUUUACUGCCUUGUUUCCUCUCUCUUCAUUCCUCGUCCUGUGGUCCUAGGUGAAAGCUACACACGAACAAAAAACAUUUAACAGUCAAAGAUUUAUUGGGACACAUGCAAAACUAAGUAUAUGUUAGUAUAGUAAAAUUGUGUAUUUUUAGCCCAACUCUAGAAAGAACUAAAAUAUAUAUAUAUAUAUAUAUAUAUAUAUAUAUAUAUAAUUUAUUUUAAAUCUGAGCAACAUCUUCACAGUAAAUAAUUACACUAACAUAUAAAAUGAAUGUGACAUUUUAUGUACUUUAUAAUGUUACACUCCAAAUAGCGUCUUUAUAUUUUAUUUGCCCAUGUUUAGUUAGGUACUUUACAGCACAAACAAAACUUGUCUAUUGUCCAUGCAUAUGUAUGUGUUUUAUGUGGGUUGACUGCGUCAUCCAAGCAUACCUAGAUGUUAAAUGGGUGUUUCUCAUAUAUAUAUUCAGUGGUGUCCUUUUGAAUCAAAGUGCAAUGUGUGUCUACCUUAAGGGCAUAGGUGGGGUUUGUAUAACUGUAUAUACAUAAUGUGCUUGGUGUCUUAAGUCAAAGGCACUUAGGACAGUGGGGGUAGGUGUUCUGUAUACAUGUGAUUUGGAUGCCUGAAUGUUGUGUAUUGCUGUAAGACACAAAUUUUGAGAAAGUAUAGUGAAGACAGUGUAUAUAUAAUAUACACAUAUAUAUUAUAUAUACACCUAAGGUUCCUUAAUUUUCUUUGGUCCAGAGACGUGUUUGUAUGGACUCCUUGUGCCUUCUUGUAAGCACCAUGAAUAGAGAUUUGUUUUCCAUGCACAUGCGCUCUGCAUCCCCCAGCAGGUCUGCCAGAUGGUGUCCCUCAGACUCCAGUCAGCUUCUCACGUUGCUGCGGGACAGACUGUGCUGAGAUGAGCAUGUAGAAUGAAUGGAGCUGGAAACCAGGUAUUUAUUGUGAGGAUGUUUGUAUGAAAGCAGUAGUUUGAGCUCUAGAAUAAACAAUUUAGUAAUAUUUUUGAAAUAUGUACACAAGAGGUUUCUGUUGGAAAUUGAGACAGUACAGCAAAAGCGAAGAGGUAUUCUCUAUUCUCUAAUUUAUGAUUGUCCACUAUUUCUUGUGUUUAUUUUCGUGUUGUAAAAUAUCUAGAUCUCAAGCUGUACAUACUUGUUAUCUAAACCUUUUGGUUAGAAAUGUCACCUGGUGUGUGUGCGUUUAUUUUUUUCCAUAGAAUAUAUUAGUUUUUUGUAAAUAUACAAUGUAUAAUUACGGAAUUCUGCCUUGAAUGCAUUAAGUAGUGCUGGAGUUUUUGUUUAGAUAUAUUUUAAUGUGAAAUUUGUAUUUGCGAUGUAAGAAAUGUUACUUACAGUUGCUUUGCUCAUGGAGAUAUUUAAAUCCUAGUUUGUGAUUUUGUAACAUGCAGUUUUAAGUUCAAUAAUAAGGGAGCUUUUAUACCCCUUUCUGUAUAUACUGGUAUGUAAAUGGGACUUUUUACUUAUGGAAAUGUACAGUGGAUGUGAAUGUUGUGGUACUGCUUAUCAAGACAAGUAUUCAUUAAAUAUAUUUUUGUAAUUGCAUACAAUUAUCUCUAUUAAUCCCCACUUGGUGGCAGGGAACCAACACAUUUUGACAAGAAUUCCAAAUAUUAUUUAAUAUAAUGUACAACUUUUUUUUUUUUUUUUUUUAUGUUUUGAUUGUAGGUGUCAGCUAGAGACUAAAUAAGAUUGAUAGAGGUUCUCCAUAAUUCUGUUCAAACUAUCAACACAGCAAGUACCUGGAAAUAUAGCAUUUAAAGGACAACUCUCCUCAAAAAUAUUUUCAUCAGUUAUUAAAAGGCAGUUAAAAAGAGGAAAAACGUACACCUAUAUUUUAGUAUAAGGAUUCUUCAGCCAUAUAUAUAUGCACCUUUGGUUGAACAAUGUUUGAAUACCAACAGUUAGUGUCUGUUUUUCUUUCUGCUUCGGCGCAGGGAGUGAAGCAGAAAAGACCAUAGAAAUUGUAAUUUUUCAACAACUGUCUGACCAAAUGUGCAUGUAUAUGGCUGAAGGAUCCUGUCCUAUACUAAAGCUAGGGAUGUGUUAUUCUAUACUUCAUUUAAAAAAGGAAAAAAAAAAAAAGGGUUAUUAACUUUUUUUUUUCUUUUUUCUUCUUUGAGGUGACAGUUUUGUUUUUUAACUAGAAGUGUUGCCACAUAUUUAGAAAAAACAUGUUAGGUGGUGGGGGCAUAUUCACACUGUAAUUGUGGAGACUUUCAAAGCAUAAAUUAUUUUAUAAUAUUUUUGGAAUGUGUAGAAAAACAGUAGCACCAAGACUGCAGACAAGUACUUAGGUGUAAAUUUUUUUUUUUUUUUAAAUACAUAACAGGAGUCUGGAUUGUGUUUUGUAUAUACUUCGUGUAUACAAUGGUGGUUUAAAGGAUUUAAGAGACAAUCUUACAAGAUGAGCCAUCAAUGUGAUUAAAUUUGACACUGCUGAGGUGCUAGCUAUUUUUCUUGCAUCAGCUUCAAAAUUGUGCUUUUGUGAUCACUUUUUUGCAAAGUUCUAUAAUUUUGUAUGUUUUCAGUUUGAACAAUCGCUGGUACACCAAGGAAAGCUCCACUUGCAGUGUGUAAAUUGUGUUCUCAUAUUCCAUUAAACACUUAGGACUGUUUUCUAAAAUGACAUGAUCUCUCUAGAGAUGCAUAAUUAUAAGGAGCACUGCAGACCUCUUGCAUUGCAUUUCUCUUUGUAGGUAGAAGAGACUGAUAUAGGCCAUUACAUUCUAAUACUCUCAGGUCAAAAUACAGACCACAAUUUUAAAGCUCUUCAGUCCUGGUUUUUGUUUCCUUAUUAAUCUUUAAAAUGAAAGCUGCCAGUGUUCACAUAGCAAUGAAAUUCUGUAAUCAUAUGGUACAGCUAAAAAAAAAUACUGCAACCAGAAUGGAGUAUAACUGAAUUAUACCUUUUAGAAGCAUUAAAAUUUCGAGCUAUUCAUCAUAAUCCAAUUACAGUUGAACGUAUGUGAGAAAAGCCGACCUGCUGGAAUGCUGAGUAGCUACUGCCUCCUUGAUGAGGUGAUUCUGUGUCAAAACAGAAAAGAUUGAAACGUUGGGUGACAACAAAUGCUGUAAAAGGCAGGCAUUAAGGGUUCUUUUUAAAUGUUGACUGUAUGUUGCCAUGUCUUGUAUACUUUUUCUCAACUUUACUGUUUUGAAGGUGCUGCUGUGGACUUGUUCAUAAAUCUGCAUAAACCACCCAGGUGCUGACAGUAGAGAAUCUACUUUGGAAUUCUUUACCCUUUGUAAAUAGACUUGGUAUAAAUUAAUCUGCAGUCCAUUUUUAUGUUGUAAGUUUUCCUUCCUGUGUAGUAGCUAGAACCUUUGCAAUGUGAUAGUUUGUGGAGUGGCAGGGGCAUUAUUGCUUCCAACCAGAUUUAAUGGUGACCUCCUUUUACAAAUGUUGAUGUGUGGGCUAUGACCUAUGACCAAAGAUUAUUUUAUAUAUAUAUAUAUAUAUAUAUAUAUAUAUAUAUAUAUAUAUAUAUAUAUAUAUAUAUAUAUAUAUAUAUAUAUAUAUAUAUAUAUAUAUUAUUUUUUUUAAUUUUAUUUUUUUGUGUGCAUUUUUCUUUACUUAAAUAUUGCACUCACUUGGAAUAGUUGCCUUUCUAUUCAGCUAUUGACAGCAAGGAUAUAUUAAUAUGAGCUGCACUAUUUUUCCCCCCCUUAUUUCUCGCUUCUUCAAUUGGCAUUUUAUAAUUUAAUAUUGUAUUAUUUUGGUCAGGUGUUUAAGUAUUGGAAUUAAAUAUUUUGUUUGCUACAUGUGUAAUUGCACAGCUUUUUGCCUUUUUCAGAACACCUCAUACACAUUUUAAUGUUUGAAUCUUCUUUAUAAGACUUCAUGAAAAAAGAAACUGUUCAUCAGCAUUAGUCAUGCUUUGUACAGUCUGUCUGUGUAAAGUGUGUGUGCAUGUGUUCAUUUACAUCCUGUGGUACAAAUAAUGUAUAUUAUAUUUGGUACUCAUUCAAUUGACCUUCAUUGGAUAAAAAGCUAAGUUGACCUUGCUGGGAAUCGAACCUUUGACUCUGAGAUAUUGCAGCUGGAGCACUAUCCAGCUUCAUAUUAAUAUGUUUAAGUUCGUUUAGGAGUGAUUUAUUAUGUUUAGUGGGUUCCAGUGGAAUGCAUGCUUUCAGAAUAUGAUGAAACUAACAAAUUAAGAGGACAAAAAAAAUGUUAUGGUACAAAAGCACAAUUUCAUAUAUGGUUGCAAAAUUGGAACAAUAAAAAUGAAAAUAAGUGAUUUUUACAUUUUAUUGUCAAUUCUUAGCACAAGACUGGACACUAAUACCCGUGCUGCCUAUAAAAUGUGUGUGUAUAUUUAUAAUUAUAUAUCUUACAUAUAAUUUUUUUUUUUUUCUAAUGAAAAAUCAUAGUGAAAAUGUAAAACAGGAGUAUAAAUAAAAGUACUCUUAUGGAGCAAGUUAGAGGGAAAUAGUGGAAUUCUGCUUUUAGAUUUAUGGUGUGUUUUUAUUUUUAAAUGUUAUUUAUUUUUUGUUUUUGUGACCAUGCCUUGUUGAAUUUAGUUUUAGAAUUUAAGCUUACGUUGAGACUCCGUACUUUAAUAUUUUUUUUUAGACCCAAAGUUGUAUGUGCUGCUAUUAAUCCACCUUGCACGAGGGCUUCCCAGAUCUAGGGACCUAGGACCAAAUGAGAACUUUAACCCUUUUUUUUUUUUUUUGUAGCCUCAAAAUGUUGAAGAAGCGCAGUCAUAUUUGUUAGGCUUAAUGUGACAUAAAUUAAUGCGUAAACACAAGCUGGAAUGUGGGCUGGCAGCUAGGGCAGUUUAAUUGAAGAGUGUAUAUAUGUAAUAUUAUAUAAUGUUAUUUUUUAAUAAUACUCCUUAGAGAUGCAGCUUCCUAAUCUUUUCUUUGCUAACGUUUGCUCUGGUUGGCAAAAUAUCAUAACCUGGAUGUCAAUGUAUGUGUUUGCUUUAAGAGGACAUUACAUGACUAGGUCUUCCAUAGAGAGUGGUGGCUUUCCAGGCUUUACUUUCAGUAAAUGUGUGAGAAAGGCAUAUAAAUAAGUAUAUACUCUGUUGUCUAACACUUAUUUACUGUGUGUAUUUCAAAACACAAUCUUUCCAAAACAAAAACUCUUUCUUCUUCAAAUACUCCACCUAUAUUGUCUCCCUCCUUGCUGGCCAAAAGUACACCCAGUAUCCGAAUACCCUAAUUGAGUACUUCCUUGGUGUUAAUUUCAGUUCUGUUCUCUCCCCCACUUCUUAACAUACACACUUCCAGUCUAUCUCUAUAUAGUCCAAAUCAUGUAAUUUCUACCACAAAGGGACAAGCUAAGCACCAAAACAAUUACUCCUGAUGUAGGGUUUUGGUGCAUAGAUGCUGCCACUUUUCUCCAAGAAUGUAACACAUGGGUAUUUUUUUUAGAACAUUGUUUACAUUUGGUCAAAACUUUUUUGAUCUCAACAAUUAACAAUCUUAACGUUGGGUGUCAUCACAUACAGCAUUAUGCUUUUAAUAGACAAGCUUUGAAUUCUCUGCGAGAAGCGUUGCACCGACAAAUGGUGACAAAUUGCCAUGUAUGGUCUCUUUGUUCUCAGUGCGACUGUAAGAAGCAACUGAUUGCACAAAACUCAUCAAGAUUUAUGACUUUAGUGAGGGAGGUUUGGGCUCUGUUCACUGCGGAAGUAAAGGUAAGUUUUAAUCAUGCUUUUGAUUAAAACCAAAAAAUGGGAGUGCCAAUCUAAGAAUGAAAGGAAUGUGUGUAAUAAUAAGCAAAACAUGUUACUUUGCAAGAUGCUACUAGGGCUCUUUGUUGGUUAUGGAAACUAACUCCACAUUGUGCCACCUUUAUUCUCGCAUUUUUCCAACUGCAUUCUAUAAUGAAUAUUAAUGCCAGGCUUAUUUUACCUACAUCAGCCCGUUGCCAGUGCUAAUAUUGUCUUCCCAUACCUUUCAGGAUACAAUUUGCAUACAAAAUACUUCACAAUUUUACUCCCUUCUUACAUUUCAUUUUUAAUUAACAGAUACCCCUUCUUACUUGCUAUACUCUGCCAGUAUACCUCAACCUCACAUUGCUAAUUAUCCCCUGUCUCCAUUUCUGUUAAGUGCCUUAUCUUGUUCUGUCAGAAUUUCCCCUUGCCUCAAGUGUCCAGUGGUCCCUUAUAACUCAUCUCUUUUGGAAAGUUUAUCUUCCAGGAUGACUUUUUACUCUUUGGUCCAACUAUCUUUCAACACAUAACCUGUGCGUCCACAGUUCGCUUCACUUCACCUCAACACAACACUUUUACAAGGUUAAGUAGACACAGACAUCCUAUCUGUCAGCCUCUCCACCUCUUUGAGUUGUGGUUUGUGUGUCACAAUUCCUCCUAAAUUGUAAGUACAUUCAAACCGGAAUCUGAAACUAUAAAAUGUGAACUUUUUCUUUUUGUGUGUGUUUUUGUGCUGUUUGUUAACCUUUAUUUUCUAAACAUUGUAGUCUUUACAAAAGAGAUGACGUGGUCUGGGUGCAUUUAGUGGUCCUUUUCAUGGUUACAGUUAGUGUAUUGUAGGUGGCUAAUGUUUAUUGGUAAUGUAGGGGAUAAGGAGAGUACUUGUAUAGCAUGCAUGUUCUGGUUUACCUAAUAUUAAAGGGUUGCCAUAACACUUUUCUUGACUCAUUUAAAUGUAUCUAUUAUGCCAUAUAUGCACUAUUUAUCUUGUUCACCCCCCCUUUAAUUAAAUAAACCUAUUAAAUAGAUUAAAAUGUACCUUUAAUCCCCAGACAAGGUCCUCAUCUUUCUUUCCCCCGAACCGUCUGUCGUCAUGCUGUCGUCCAUGAUCAUUUAACUAGCUUGAAUCACAUGCUUGUGCUCUGGGCUGGUGAGGGAGAGCUUUAAUUAUUUUAAACAAAUACAUUUUUGAAAAUGGAGGAAGUGCAUGCGAUAAAUGUAAUUUUUGCACAGAAUUGGUAUUGGGCAGCCUAGAACAUAGUUCCAGGCUGCUUUAGUCACAUGUGCUUGGGGUGCAUCUAGCCCUUGGCACAAAAGUGCAGAUUUCUCGUACUGCAUUUCAAGCAGAAAUGCUGAAACAGACUUCUACCACCAUAACCAUUUCGGAAAGCAGAAGUGAUCAUGGUGGUUUGAGUAACCCUUUAAUGAGUUACAUUGCCAAGAGGUAGAUGCUGCUUUGGAGUUUAGCUCCCACUAAUCACAAGUUCUUUCCUUCACCCCUUCACUAAACUAUCAAUAAACUUGAGCCCCUACACAAACCUAAAGCUAAAAUGAUCAUGUAAUAUAAAAUACACAAAUAGUGUUAUUGUUGUGUAGUAUCUUCAGGUAAGAUUUAAUCCCUUGCACCCCUUAGAGCCCGGCGGGAGGGGGGGAGAACCUAUUGUGCAUGUACGGCAAGUGCAACAUGUGCAUUAGGCCUUACCUAUAGUAAAGCAUUUAAUCAAUGCUUUCCUAUGAGGGAUUUAAAUGACCUAUAGUGCCAGGAAAAUGAGUAUGUUUUCCUGGCACUAUAGUGUCUCUAGGUCCCCCCCACCUCCCGCCGGGCUCUAAGGGGUGCAAGGGAUUAAAUCUUACCUGUUUUCCCUCGGCGUGGGGAACUCUCCUCCUCCUUUUUGCCGUCAUCGGCUGAAUGCCCAUGCGCGGCAAGAGCCGUGCGCGCAUUCAGCCAGUCCUUAGGAAAGCAUUCUCAAUACUUUUCCUAUGGACGCUGGCGUCUUCUCACUGUGAAAAUCAGUGACAAGCGCCUCUAGCGGCUGUCAAUGAGACAGCCACUAGAGGCUGGAUUAACCCUAAUGUAAACAUAGCAGUUUCUUUAAAACUGCUAUGUUUACAGUAGAAAGUGUUAAACCUAGAUGGACCUGGCACCCAGACCACUUCAUUAAGCUGAAGUGGUCUGGGUGCCUAUAGUGGUCCUUUUUAAAGACGCUUGACGUUACCAUGCAAAGCACGAGGACAUCCAGUGUUGUUUCAUGGACUUAAACUCUGACCGCCACUCGAGGCAGUCUUUCCGUUUUAGGCUUUUUUUAUUUUUUUUAUUUAUCAUUCUGGUUUAGGAAAUAUUUGUGCUAUUUUUAGUAAAUGCAUAUACUGCAUUGAUAUUUAUUGGCAUUUAUAUAGCUUGUUUGAGUAAUCGAGCAAAGUCCUCAUUAACAUAGUGUUGCUUUCAAAAUUUGUAAUAAUUUGUCUCAUUAGUUGUUAAAUGUUAUAAAGGAGAGAGUUUAACAACAAAUGAGGCAAACUAUUACACAUUUUGACAGGAACAUCAUGUUCAUGAGUGCGUACAAGUUUAUAUUUUUUUGUUAUGCAUUUUUUUUCUUUCUUUUUUUUUCUUUUUUUUUUUUGGUGGAGUGCAGAAAUUAAAUGUGACAGCGGCCACUCAGAAUAGUUAUUCCUUAUCUUGGAUGUUGACAUCUAAAACUUGAUCAGCGUAUUAAAAUAACACACAAAGAACAACCAUUCAUUAGGAUACAGUAUCAAGAUUGGGAAAACUCUUUGGAUUUUACCCAUAAACACAUACACGGUCUUGAGAGAAGUACAAAACAGUUAUGCACUGGUAUCCUGACGAAAGCUCCAUGUGUGAGCUGAAACGUUGAUCACUUCUGGCAGUUGCUGAAUACAGCUAAGUUGUUUUUUUUCCACCUUAUAUGAAGUCCCUGGAGUGCUUUUCACUAUUUUCUACCUAUUACUUAUGCCGACAAGCACCGGGCCAUAUAGACUAUUUUACAGGAGUGCAAGCAUUGGACAAUAAUAUAUAUAUAUAUAUAUAUAUAUAUAUAUAUAUAUAUAUAUAUAAUCUCUCUCUCUCUCUCCUUCUAAUUAUACGAAUACCUAUCAUAAAUUAGGGCAUACCUAAUACCCCUAAGAGACUAAAUAUAUAAAAUGUAUAUGUGUGUGUGUGUGUGUGUGUAUGUAUGUAUGUAUGUAUGUAUGUAUGUAUAUAUAUAUAUAUUCUCUAUAUCUGUCUGUCUCCUUUAGGUGCUGUAUUUUAAAGAAAAAAGAACUUUCUCUUGGCUUGUUCACUAUUAUUACUUUUAUAAAUUAACCUGGUUACACCCCCAUGACUUUCAAACAGACAAGUAAUAUUGCUUUCUGGUUUCGUUAACUCAAUGCAGCAAUUGCCGAGAGCACUUCUUAUUGAGCUGUAUUGAGAAGGGAUGUCCCUCAGCGUUUGGUCAGUGCUUCACCUCCUCCGACGGGGGACCUAAUGCACACGCGCAGCCAGCAAUGCAAGCACAUUUGGUCCUCCCCAUAGGAAAGCAUUGCCUCAAUGCUUUCCUAUGUGGUUUUCACUGAUGCUGGAGUGUGAGGAUGUCCAACAUCAUUUAAGGGACUUAGAAUCCCAGAAUCUCCUCUGGUCGCUGACUAAUAGUCUAAGCCCAGCAAGGCAAUUAUUGCAGUUUCUCUAAUGAAGUAGGUUUAGUGGAUAGAACAUGCCCCUGCAGUUUCACAGCUCAAUUCUGUCAUUUAGAAAUUAAUUCACUUUUGUUCCUGUUUAUGACUGACACAGCCAGCAUGACAAAAUAGUUUAAUUUUCAAAUAGAGUUUAACUUGAUUUAGAAGCUAUCUCCUGUUCUGUAAAUUGAACUUUGUUCAGACAGGAGGCUGCAGCAUGGUCUAAUAGGCUAUCAACAGAGCAGGAGGUGAGAAAUUCUAGAUUAAACAGAAUGUGCAAUACAGGAACCUAAAAUAUUUAGGUUCCUUUUCAGGAUGUGUUCAGGAAGGCUGUGAUUAGGACUGCAUAAACAAAGUGAUUUAACUCCCUAAUGACAGAGAACUGCACAGUGAAAUUGCAGGGGCGCACUCUAUAUACCAAAACUGCUUCAUUAAGCCAAAGUUGUUUUUAGUGUCUAUAGUAUCCAUUUUUUUUUUUUCAAUUUGAAAUUUUAUUUUCAUAAAGACAAGGAAAUGGGGUACAGAAAAGAAGGGGAAACUUCAAAUGUACAUAGUGGGGUCGUACAAUUGCUAUACAUUUUUCGAUAUACAUUUGUAAUUAAGGGGGGAAACAAAUAGGAGGAAGGGGGUAGCUCCCUGACACAUUGGCCUUCCUUACUUAGUAUUACCCUGAUGUCAUGGUGUUACAGUAGAUGGUGCUCAUGGGGGGGGUCUCUGUCGGAUGGGGAGUUCGCUCAUUUAGUGCGUGGAUUGUCGUUAUACUAAGUUUUGCGAGUAUGGUUUAUUUCGUUGUUGUUCGAGGUCCCUUGUCUCCAGGGGGGAAGGGUGUCAUUGUGGGCAGGGUGCCUGCGGUAUGUCGAGGGUGUAAGGUGAGAGUGGGGGGUCCCCGUGAAUUGGGGGCGAGUAACAGGUGGAGGGGAGUAGCAGCGUGGUACCGGUUUGUGGCUGUUGGUGGGUCCUAGGAUCGUGACCUCUAUGUCACAGGGUGGGUUGGUAAGUGUGUAGGGUGGUCGGUGUUGGUUUUGAGGGUGGUGUCGUUUCGGUAGCCAGUGCUGUGGCCUCUUUGCGGGCUCGUUAAUGACUGUGUUGGUGUUGUGUGAACUGUUGUGUGUAGUUUCGCCAUAUUGCGGCGGUGUAGGGGCUCAGUUUCCCGAUUUUUGCCUGCUUCCACAUGAUGAGUUCGUACUCCAUUGCUUGUGUUACUUCUGUUACAACUUCUCGGAUGGAGGGCAAGUCCGUUGUUUUCCAUUUCCUGGCUAUUAGUAUGGACACCGUGCCCAGUAUGAUGUAUAUCAAUUUCUUGAUCGGUUUUGGAAAGUCGUCUGGGAGCAAUCGAGGCAGGAUUGUUUUAGGGUCGAGAGCUAAGUGGAGAUUCGUGACACUUCUUACAAGUCGGACUGUAGCUUUCCAAAGAUCUUGCACACUAUCGCAUGUCCACCACAUAUGCAUCAUAGUUCCUUUAGUUGCAUGGCAACGCCAGCAUAGGUCUGAAGUGUUGGGAAAUAUGGUGUGCAGACGGGUCGGUACCAUGUACCAUCGGUAUAGGAUUUUCCUGGAUGCUUCCAGGUGUGCUGUACUUGUUGUGAGCCCUAUAUGAGAAGUGAAAAUCUUUUCCCAUUCGUUUGGGGAUAUUGUCACCUGGAGGUCUGUCUGCCAAUCCUGCAUAAACUUCCAUGUGUCGCUGUUUUUAGGGUUGGCAAGGUGGUCGUAACAGAUGGAAACUGUUUUCUUUGGAGGGUCUAGGGAGAGGCAUUGUGCUUCAAAUUUCGUUAUGGACGAUCUCAGGGAGUGUUCCAUGUCUUUGAUUACGUUGUGGGUUAUUAGCGCUUUGAUUUGUAGAUAAGCAAAUGUGUAGCUUGGAGGGAGGGCAAAUUCUUUCUGCAGGUCUGGGAACGGUUUAAGACCUGCCUUGGUGCACAGUUGGUAGACAUGUGUAAUUCCUUUUUCUGCCCAUUUAUGAUGUGGAAACAGGCCAUUGCAUUGGUACAGGGUCCGAAUUGGAGUUGCCAGGGCCCACGGGUGUGCGGAGCACAGUUGGUCCCUGUAGGUGUCCCAUAUUGUGAGGAGGUGUUUGGUGGUGUUCAGCAUGGUUGUAGGUUGCUGUCGCAGGUGCCGGGGUAUCCAGAGCAUUGUAGGCAGGUCCUGGUUCUUACUGUGCAUAUUCUCUACCUCUACCCAUUGGGGGAUGUACUUGGCCGAGUGAACACUAACUACAUUCGCAAGGAUGGCUGAGUGAUAAUACGCUUUGAGAUUAGGGAGGCCCAUGCCUCCAUGUUUCGUAUUUCUCAACAGAAGUGAUUUGGGGACUCGAGGGUGUUUGCCGUCCCAGCUGAAUCUGAGGAGGGUAGCCUGUAAUUUUGUGAGGUAGCUUUGUGGGAUCUUGAUUUGUAGUGUCCGGAAGAGGUAGAGAAUUUUAGGUAGAAUUGUCAUUUUCAGUGCUGCUAUUCUUCCGACCCACGAUAGGUACAGGCCCCUCCACGUUUGCAGCUGGGUGUCUAUAUCUUUGUGCAGCUUUACGUAGUUGGUAGGGAAUAGUUCUUUUUCUCUGUGAGUUAUCUUGAUCCCUAGGUACACCAAGUAGUCUUCUCUCCAAUCAAAGCAAUGGCCGGAUCUCAGGAUUGUUUCUAUGUGUUUUGGUGUGUUGAGGCACAUUGCCUGUGUCUUAGCCACGUUGAGCUUGUAAUAAGAUUGUUGACUGUAUGCAUGUAUUUCUUUGUGUAGGGAGGGGAGUGUUAUAAGUGGUUGUGUGAGUGUGAGAAGAAUGUCAUCGGCAAAUAGGCUUAGUUUAUAUUCUGUUUGGCCCACUAGUACCCCUCGGAUGGAAUCGUUGGAUCGAAUUGCUAUUGCCAGGGGUUCUAAGGCUAACACAUAAAGGAGAGGGGACAGUGGGCAACCUUGUCUGGUUCCGUUGGUAAUGGGGAAGGCCUGUGAACUAAAUCCUGAGGUGAGUACCGUCGCCCUGGGAUCACUGUAUAGGGCACUGACUGCAGAGAGGAAGGGUGCUGGGAAUCCAUAGGCUUGUAGGGUUUCCUGGAGGAAUUGCCAGUUCAGGCGAUCGAACGCCUUCUCGGCAUCUAGGGAUAGCAUGACGCUCGUUUGUUUGGUGUUUUUCAAUAUGUUGUAUAUGUCUAGUACUUUCCUGGUGUUAUCCGACCCUUGCCUUCCUGCUACAAAUCCCACCUGGUCUGUAUGAAUUAGUGUUGGUAGUAUGGACUUGAGUCGUUCUGCGUAGAUUUUGGCAUAUAGCUUUGCGUCUGCAUUCAGGAGAGAGAUUGGCCUGAAGUUUUGGCAUGUGGUCGCGGGUUUCCCCGGUUUGGGGAUAGUGAUAACAUGUGCCGCUAAGAACUCGGUGGGGAAGGUACCCAGUCGGGUGGCUUCAUUGAAGAAGCGUGUGAGGUCUGGGGCAAUUUCUGCCUUGAAGGCCAUGUAAUAAGCGUUAGUGUAGCCGUCCGGUCCUGGGGCUUUAUUUUUCGGCAUUUUGUCUAUUAGGGUGAGCACUUCGUCUGUGGUGAUUGGUGCUGAUAGUUGUGCUGCGUGCUGUUCAAGGAGUUUGGGGAGGGCAAUCUGUGCCAGGUAGUUGCGAAUUGAUGUGGAUGUAGGUUGGGCCAGGGAGUGCUGAUCUUUCAGGUUGUAUAAGGUGGUGUAAUAAUGUGCGAACUCAUUGCAGAUUUGUGCGGGUUGUAUUAUCUUAGUCCCGGUGUGUGAGUUUAUGAAUGGGAUGCGGGCUUGUGCCUGCUUCAUCCGGAGUCGCUGUGCCAAUACUUUCGUUGCUUUGUUUCCCAUUGAGUAGGAAAUUGCUUUGAGUUUUUUUAAUGCUAUGUUGGCUUUCUUGAGAAGAAUUGCUUUAACUUCGUCUUGCGCUGUUUGCAAUUUCUGUUGGAGGGUCUUGGAGGGGUGCAGUUGGUUUUCUCUAUGGAGGUCUUGGAUCCGUUUGAGAAGGUUCAGCAAUGCAGUAUGUGUUGUUUUCUUGAGGUAGGACGCUCGGCUGAGUAAUAGCCCUCUGAUGACCGGCUUGUGCGCGAGCCACAGUGUGGCGGGGUUGAUCUCGCCGUUGCCAUUGGUUUGAAAGUAUUGUUGUAUUUCUUCUCGUAUUUUGUUGGUAAAGUCUGCGUCACUUAGCAAGUGUUCGUUCAGCCUCCAGGGGCUGCGAUGCUGGUAUUGGUAGGAAUCGGCUAGGGUGAGAGACACUGGGUUGUGGUCUGAGAUUGUAGAGGCGUCUAUCUCACAGGAUUUGAUCUGUUGUAGUUGUGAGCUGUGCAUUAGGUAGCCGUCUAUGCGGGAAUAAGUGUUGUGCACCUGUGAGUGAUGGGUGUAUUCCCUAUCCAUUGGGUGGAGGGUUCUCCAAGCGUCGUAAAGCCCAUAUGAUGCUAGUGUUUUGUGCAGGGAGAUGCAGUGUUUGCGUAGGGCCUUUUUCCUCUUGUGUGUGUGUGUGGCUGUGGAGUCUGCAACAGGGUCGAGGAUAUGGUUAAAGUCCCCACAGAGGACUAGGGUGCCCAUCUGUAUUUUCUCGAUCUUAUCUAGUAGCGUGGCCAUAUAUUGGGGUUGGUUCUCGUUUGGGAAGUAGGAGUUAACUAUUGUGUAUGUGUUGUUGUUUAGCGUGCAGAUGAGAAUGAUAUACCUUCCUUGCGGAUCUAUCUGGAUUGUUACUAGGUCAAAGGCCAAGGUGUGGCUCACCAUGAUCGACACUCCCCUGCUUUUAGAUGGGGACGUGGCAUGGUAUUGGUAGGGAAAAUGUUUAAGCCCAAGGAUGGGUUUAGAGCCAUGUUUGAAGUGGGUUUCUUGCAGGCAUAUGACGUCUGCUUGUGAAGUUCGGAUCUCUUUGAGGAGAUUGUAUCUCUUAUGGGGCGCGUUUAGGCCUCUCACAUUAUGGGUGUAUAUUUUCAUUGUCGCGAUCAGUGGUAGGUCACUUGGGUUGGUGCAGAGAUGUAGGUUCUGAGUUGGGGGUCGGUGCUUUGUUUGUAUCUCAGGAAGACCCUUCCGUAUAAUUUGUGAGGUCUAGGUUGGGUUGGGUGUCGGUACCAGGGGUGGGGGCUAACAGUAGGGGUAGGGUAUUAAUACCUGGGGGUGUAUAGUUAAACAGUAAACUUUACAAAAAAUUGAAUGUACAAAGGGUACUUUCGGGGGUAUGUGCCGGUAUGGCACUUCUCAAACGGGGGUAGUGUAGUCGGGUCGAAUCCAGCUGACAGCUAACUAGGGCCUAUCUUGUGCAGGCCCCACCCGUAAAUAUGUUAGUUUAGCAAGUGUAUGGGUGCGCUUGGUUCUCGCCCUGUCUUAGGUGGGUUGUUGGGUGAACGCCCCGGUACAGACAUAUAGGGUGGCGCAUAUGGCUUGAGUCGUAGUGGGCAACCCGGGGGGGUUUUGCUCAUAGGGCCCUCUAAUCUACAUGUCGUAUCGGCAUGGUGGUCUAUCUGUCGGGGUGGGGGGCGGUACUUUGCUAACAUUUUGGUGGUUUUGUCCCCGCCAUUAGGGUUGCUGUGGGAGUAGUUGCGGCCUUUUUGAGUGUGUCUAGGCGCGUUCUGGGUGCGUCGGACCGGUGCAUGGAAACAGUAAAACAUAAUCAAACAUAUAUACAGGUUGCAGUUGUUACAUCGCUUCCUCCAUUCUGGCAAAGGUGGGCUAUGAGAGAUUGACACCACUUAAUCUUACAUGGUGAUCCAGCAAGCUGAAUCGCAUGUAGUCUAAUACAAUCAUAUACUCGGGAGGGCUCUCUAAGGAAAUAGAGAGGGAGUAGGCGUUAGGGAGAUUAACAUUGGGGCGUCAGCAGGCCUCUAAAGCCUUUAAUCGGUGCACGAAAGCCCAUACAUUAUGGACUACAUACGUGGUCUCUAGGGGUCGUCUUAAGUCAAAUGCCACGGGGAGGUUAAGUGUGGCUGAUCCUGUGGAUCAUUAGUCUUGUCGCUUAGUUUGUAUCUUACUCUGUUCCUGCAAUAUAUAAGGAAAAACUUUUUUUUUUUUUUGUAUAUGUUUUACAGUAAUUAGAGGUCGCCUGCAAUUUGUCAACCCUUUUGGGAUGUGGUUAUUCUAGUCAGCAAUUAUUUUUAACAUCAAUCUAUAGCUAAACAUGUUUUAGGUUUUGAAGAAAGUAGAAAACACUUGCUAUUCCAGGUAUGGCUAGUGGUCAUCGUCCCUGAAGGUAGUUCGCCGUUGUCGCUGAGGGCGGCCGUCGAUAUUCUGUGUCUUGCGCGGGCCUGGUGUUUGUAGAUUUGGGGCUAUGUCCCAUUUGUGCAGCAGCUCCAGGCCUUCUUUCGGUGAGGCGGCUAUGAGUUGCUUCCCUCCUUUGGUGAUGAGGAGUUUCGCUGGGUAGCCCCAUCUGUAGGGAAUGCGGUGGUGUCUUAGAGCCUCUGCUACUGGUUUGAAGGAUCUUCUCCGCCGGAGUGUCUCCGCCGACAGGUCCGUAAAGAGGAGGAUAGGUUUAAAUUUAUCAGGCAGGUCUUUCCUAGUUCUAUGUGCACGGAGGAUUUGGUCUUUUGUGUGGUAAUAGUGGAGCCGCAUGAGCACGUCUCGUGGCACGGUUGGUGGUAAGUGUUGCGGUCUCGGGAUUCUGUGGAUGCGAUCUAGUAAGAGCAUGUCUGCGGGUAUGUCUGGCAGGACCGCGCGGAACAGCUCCAUGGUGAAGGCCGUUAGGUCCUGGGCUUCCACAUCUUCUGGGACCCCUCUGAUUGUUGCGGCGAGACCUGUCUUCUGCAUCUGUGAUUUUGGUUUCAUGCAGAGACAGUUUCCUUUCGAUAUCCUCUAGCCUGUCUUCGAUAGCUGCAUGGGCUGUGGCGUUUACUUCCAUUUUUUCCUCUAGUUGGGAGGUUCGUGCGUCCAGGUCGGUGAUCUCGUUAUUAAUUUUAGCCAGGGCCGAUGUGAAUGAUGCCUGCAUUUUCAGGACCGCUGCGUCUAACAUCUUUUGUAGUAAAUUCGGGGUCAGCGGGGUGUCCGCGCUUGCCUCGUGUGUGUCGGCAAAGUCCGCGUGGAGUUCAGCCUCGGCGCCAUCUUGGGCCUAUAUUUCAGCCUGCUUGAGGUGUGGAGUUCGGGCUGCAAAGAAGGCUGCCUUGUCCUUCGUGUCCACACAUUUCUUUGCGCGGUGUUGGGACAUCGUGACCCGGGUCUGGGAGUCGGGUGCGAGCCAGUAAUAGUGGGUUUUAGCCGCGUUUAGGAGCCCUUAGCUACGGAGCUCUUUCAGUGUGCUGCCAGCUUCAUUCGGCGUCCGGCCACGCCCCCUAUAGUAUCCAUUUUAAAGCCCUGUACUGCAUUAUCUGCAUAGACUAUAAUGCAGUCCUUAGGGGGUUUAAAAUAUAAGGCUCAUUAAACUGUCCCAUAUGAGACUGAGACUCUGUAUGGAAAAAUUUGAAGUUUGACGUGUAACAUCACCUUUCUCCAGCAAAACACCUCUGGAAAAUAGCACUGAUUGCCAUUUUCUUAAAGUGAACCUGUCAUGACUGGUUCACCUUGAUGGGUCACAACUCCUAACACAAUGAAAUAUAUCAUACAUAUACAUUCUAGAAUUAGUUGGCCAAAUUCUCUCUUGCUCUCAAGCGUGUCAGCACCAUCUAGUUGGAAGUUCCGUAGGUAUUACACUAUUGUAAACCAAUUCCUCUCCUCUGUCUCCUGGUGAAAUGACAUGCUGAGUGAUUUGGAGUGGGUGGAAAUGGCUUGGGAUGUGAGAAAGACAUGUUGUGAGGGCAGACUAGGCAUGUGGAAGAGGUUGGCUAUUAAACCCAGACUUUUCAAUAAUGCAUCACUUAAGAGGUGAAUAUUAAUUUUGAAGGGGGGUGGGUGGGUCCAUGUCCCAUAGACCUCCAUAUAACUGUAUCUAAAUUGGCAUACCAAUGGACGUACAGUAUCCUCUACUUCAGUUAACCUUUCAUAAUUCGUUAUGAGUCCCAGAAAAAAAAUAGCGAUCUUCCAUUUACUGUAUUGCUGACAUGAACAGUGAAAUAUAAGCAUAAUCCAUAGCUAUAUUCUGAAAGAACAGAUUAAUGUGUUCAUAACUGGAUUCCCUUUCAACAAAUAUUUAAGGGUUACUUGAGGAAUUUAGCAUUACAAUUGUAAUUGUGUCCAGUUCGAUAAUUUGAAGUGGUUAUGGUGCCUAGAGUCUGCAUUCACAGUGUUUAGCUUCAUCUGCUGCUAGAGGCAGGGCCGGAUUAACAUAGGGGCUGAUGGAGCUGCAGCUCCAGGCCCAGGCCCAUGCCCAUGGAAUAGGCCCAUUGAUUUAAAAAAUAAAAUAAAAAUUCACUUUUUAAAGAUAUUAUUUUUUUUUUAUUAUUAUUUUCUUACACACAACUCUUCACAUACUCUUGCUUAAGUAUGGAAACCUAAGAGGGAUAUAUGGCAACAAAAUCUGUUUGGACUGGCUGAAAAUGAAAUUAGUUAAGGUAAUGCUGACUUUGGUCUCUCUAACACUGUGGCAUACCUCCUUUCUUCUACACUCACUACAUACACAUUUUAUCUGUCCCAGACCAUAUCCCAGGAGCUUCUACCUGCUAAUAAGAAGGUAAAGAGACAAGUGGACAUGUGAGUGCUAGGGGACAGUCCUUUGAAAGCAUGGAGCAAGUGCAUCAGUAGACGCAUUUAUGCCAAGCUCAGGAUGCUGUCUGCAUAGUAUACCCUUAGUUGGCCAGGCUGGCUCCAAUUGCUUCGGCAAACAUGCCCCCUUUUUGGGCAUGUUCGCCCCUUUCCGCAGUUAUGGUUAUAUGAAUCGUGUCAGUGGCCCACCCUUAUACACCACCCAUUGACUUGCUGAUUCACUGGACACUGCUGUUAGGGGGUAUGGAUUUACUUGAAAGAUUAAAGAAUAAAUUAGGGAGAAAUUAGCAUAGGGUAUGUGUUUUCUUACAGCUGCAUCCUAUGCGUUUCCUCCCAGCUCCAUAUCCAUCAGAUACAUAAUGCUUGGAAGGUAUGACUAUUUUAGUGUUUUUUGGUUAAGAUUCUAGAAAUAGGCCCCUCAUAAUUGUCAGCACCAUGCUCACUGGGCUUUUAAUCUGCCCUGGGCUAGAGGUGUAACUCCACAUCUGGCAGUGUCAAUGGACUGUCAUCAGCCAGUCUGGAAUAAGAAAUCAGAGGUCUAGGCUAAUUAUGCACAUUAACAGAUUAACACUAUAAUGUUAGGAUUACAUGUUUGUAUUCCUGAUACUAUAGUUUUAAUUUAAAAUUAUACUCUGGGCACCAAUACAACUUUAAUGCAUUUAAUUUUGUCACAUGAAUAUACUGUAUUUGUUUUGAUGCUCAAAGGGACACUAUAGUCACCAAAAAAGCUUAAUGAAGCAGAUUUUGUGUGUAGAUCAUACCUCUGAAGUUUCACUGCUCAAUUCACUGCCAUUUGAGAGUUCAAUCACUUUUGUUUGUUUUAUGCACAGCCACAUCUCCACUUUCUGUGACUGACACAAGCUUGCAUGAAAACAAAAUGGUUUCAUUUUCAAUCAGAUGUAAACUUACUAUAGACUCUUUAAUUUCUUGCUUUCUAAAUUAACCUUUAAUUACAUGGGCUCCUGCAGGGCCUCAAAUGCUAUUAACAGAGCAAGAGAUAAGAAAUUCCAAAUUAAACAGAAUCUGCAACAAAGGAAGGUUAAACAUUAGCUGACUCUUUACAGUACAUGUUUAGGAAUGCUGUGUAAGUCACAUGCAGGGAGGUGUGACUAGGGUUGCAUAAACAAAGUGAUUUAACUCCUGAGAGAAUUGCGCAUAGAGACUGCAGGGGCAUGAUCUAUACACAAAAACUGCUUCAUUAAAGGAUCACUAUAGGGUCAGGAACAUGUAUUCCUGACCCAAUAGUGUUAAAACCACCAUCUAGCCCCCCUGGACCUCUCAUGCCUCCAUAAAUAUAGCAAAAUUGUACUGUAUUCAAGCCAGAAGCUGUAACUCUGCAUGCUGUUUGCCUUAAAAAAAAAAAAAAAAAGUAGUCUGCUGACAUCAUCAGAAGUGGUUGCCUGGUCCAAUCACAAUGCUUCCCCAUAGGAUUGGCUGAGACUGACAAAGAGGCAGAUCAGGGCAGAACCAGCAUGAUUCAAACACAGCCCUGGCCAAUCAGCAUUUUCUCAUAGAGAUGAAAUUAAUCUCUAUGAGGAAAGUUCAGUGUCUGAGGGAGGAGAUACUGAAUGUUUGGAUGCAUUUUAGGCAGCCAUGACCCAGGAAGGAUCUCUAACAGCCAUCUGAGGAGUGGCCAGUGAAGUUAUCACUAGGCUGUAAUGUAAACACUGCAUUUAUUCUGAAAAGACCGUGUUUACAGCAAAAAGCCUACACACCAGAACAAAUUCAAUAAGCUGUUGUUGUUCUGGUGACUAUAGUGUCCCUUUUAAGCUAAAGUUGCUUUAAUGACACUAUCUCUUUUAUAUCUUUAUAGUUUUUGCAUAACAUGAACGUUUUGCAGAAUACUGCACCAUCCACAUAGACUCACUCCAGAAAAAGACUUUCUUAUCAAAUGCUUUAAAGUUUUAUUGAUGUCCAGAGGGUUCAUUAAUAAUUAUUUUAGUCAUUUCGUUAGUACUGCAUUCACAUUGUAUGCUAGUUUUUGGAAGAGUAGUAAGACUUUGUUUACCUAAUGAGAAUCCAAAUUUAUACUUUUUUUUGACAUUAGCAAUCAGUUCGGUUUGGGUUGGGGUGGUGGAAGACAACCAUUUGCGUGCUAGUAACGUGAGUGCGGCAAUUAUAAUAUGGAAUAUUAAAUAUUAGGUGGGUUGAGAAUCUCUUUAUCUGGGAGGAUUAAAAGAAGGCCGCACUCCUGAGAAUUUGGCUACAGCAGAUACAUUUUCCAAUCAACAAUAGGGGGAAUACCACUUUUUUUAAGGUUAACUGAAAUGCGAGUCUCUUCCUGGCUUUCAGCUCCAGGAAAUAAAGUGUGUUUUUUUUUUUGUUUUUUUUUUUCUCAUUUCUUCUGUAUUUUCCAUUUUUUUAAAUUAUUUUUUAGAAUUAAGUUUAAUGUAUAAAUAAAUUGGGGAACUGUCCCUGUCUAAUCUGUCACUUUAUAAUAUGUUGUGCUCCCAAGAUUAAAGCAUAAUUGCAUAGUUGAGACAUACUGGAUUAUUUGCUAAAGUGAGAAUUCUAGGCAAAUUAAAAGUGAAUUUCAAAUGUGAGGUGAAAAUAGCCAACUGGAAAAUUCUCAGUCAGAUAUGCGUCCAGUUCAGCUACUCAAGCCUUAAAGUUGAAAUUCACUUUGAAUUCUCACUUUAGUAAAUAACCCUGCAAGUCAAUAGCCUGUAUCUCCCCAAUUUGAAGAUAAAAGGAUCACAAUCAAUCCUUCUCAAUGUUCACAGUUGAGCAGCUCAAAGGAUUAACUCAUGUUAUGCACUUCAGAGCUUGAAUAUGAUCAAUGCUUUAAAGUAUGAAAGGUACUUGCCUCCCGAAUCUCCCUUGUUUCCAGCAACCCCCCAGAGUUCUGUUUCUUCAGUGACAUCUUCCUUAAUUAGAAAAUGGUUAAGGUCUCUGUCUAACCUAGUUCUCCUGUAGCUUUCGAAGGGAGAGGUCUGCAGAUGAUUGAAAAUGUGCUCUGAUACUGAAGCAAAAACAAUGGAAAAAAAAAACUGUUAAACCAGUGAAUGAAAGUUAAUGGAGGACUAUACUCCAUGUUUGUUUGUUUGUUUGUUUUUCCUUCUAUUUAUUUGUAUAUUUUUAAUAUAGGAAACCCCUCAAGAAUAUAUUGUGGGGUGUGGUUGCUGGGCCAUAUCGCUGCAACUCUUUCUCCUCCUCAGACUCGCCAUUGACAGCGCAGCAAUGGGUGCAGUGCUGAAUUCAGCUAAAGCCCCAGAGUCAGAGCUUAUCAUUGCAUGGCCUCGCAAUUCAGUGUCGUCCGAUAACACGCAAGGAUUUUAUGGCUUCUGGGGAUUUAAAAAAAUUUGUUUUUAUAUAUAUUAUAUUGUAGCGGACCGGCAAUAUUAAAUCCCACGAAUUCCGCUGGUACAUACAGUAAUCCACAGUCAGCACUGAAAAGUAAGGCAAUCUCCCAAAUCUCCCAGUAACCGGACGAAACACAGUUCUGAGAGUCAACUGAGGUCUUUAUUUUCAGCUCCACAAUUUAUACAAGUCCCCUUGCAAGGGGUUUCCUGAGUCCCCUCCCAGGGGCAUUCCCAGAGGGGACUACAUGGGGGACUUACAAUACAGAGCAUUUCUCCCAUCAGGCACUGCUGCACGAGAGGGAUCCUCCCACAGGAAUGUACCGUUAAGUGGAUUAUCCCUUUGUGCAGCAGAACUGACAAUUUAUAUUAAAAUCCAUAACUGUUUGAAUAUACGGUUCAUUUAAACGAAUGGACGUUCGGUAGAUGGCUGGGGUCUGAGCGCAUCAUUCGUGAGAUUACCGCUCAGAUCACAGCUAAACCAACCGAACGCCGCACGAAAAACACAUUCAUGAAAAUACAGGUUCAAAAUAAGCUCAGCGGUGUUCGCGCCGUCGAGUAGCCGUUCUUAGUACCAUGCGCUCGACGACCAAAUACCGCUGAGGGAACAAAGGAUCCAAGAUGGCCGACCGCCGCAUGGUCGGUAGUCGAACGGCGGCCACCUAGGAGAGCCUCUAAUUACCGAUUGCAACAUUGUUGCAAUUGGUUAACAAGCGCCACACGCCUCUAAGUGUGUGGGCUUCUAAAUGGGGGUAUUUUCGUUUCACGAACAGCCCGCAAAAGUGCCGUUCAUGAAACGAAAGAAAAUACAAUACAUACAGCUAUCUACAACCAGCAUACAUUCUACAUAGUUAAGCACAUAUUCCACAACCAUACAGGCAACCCUUAAAGGCACAGUCUCUGUAUAGUGUCCAAGUGGCUAGGUUUGCCACAUAUAUAUAUAGUGUGGAUUGUAUUUAGAGGUUUGCCUUUAAAGUUAUCUACACUAUGAUGUCCGAAUGUCAGUGCAGGAACUUUUAAGUAUUGCAAUAUUUUUCAUGUUUAUACAUUUAUUAUAUUUAUUACAAUGGAUACUUUGAGCUGGGUAAUUAUCAUCCAUUGAUCAAUGCAGCACUGGCUGUGUAGUGUAAGAGAGCAUGUAAGUUAAAAGAACAUGUAUCUAUCAAGAGAUUUGAUAUAUAGCCCAUAGUGUUAUAUAUCAUAUGAUCUACACUUGACAUAAUCUUUCAGAUUUUACAACAUAUUUAUGGCUUUCCCAGUUUCUCAUUAAAUAUCUUGAUUAAGAAAGAGAUAUUUACCAUUUUUUAAUGUUGUGAUGAAUGUCAUCUAUCUGUCUGUCUAUCUCUUAAAACCAACUCCCUCGGUUUUGCACCCUUCCCAGUCACAGGUGCCUCAUUCCAGGGCUGUAUUUAACCUUGCACGGCAGGGAGCCCAAGUAAGUGGGUUAAAUUCAUAGGAGCAGGCAUUAGGUUGCUUGAAUAAAUCUUCAAAAACAGGGUGCAUUGGCAUUGUGGCAGGUUUAUGCAAUGUAUAAUCACAUACUGUAGUUAAAUCCCCACCCCCCCCCCAAGGUAUCUUUAAAAAAAAACUAUUACAUUUUGUGAGCUUUGAAGUGGUUUUUUUUUUGUUUUGUUUUUUUUUUACAUAUACAGUUAGGCCUAAAAAUGUUUUGAUAUUUACACAAUUUUCAUAAUUUUGUCUCUGUACGCCACUACUAGGAAUUUGAAAUAAAACAGUGAUGUCAUUGAAGUGCACACGUUCAGCUUUAAUUCAAGGGAUUGAACACAAUAUCAUAUGAAACAUUUAGGCAACACAACUAUUUUCUUAUACAGUCCACUUAUUUCAGGGGCUGAAAUGUAAUUGGACAAAUUAACACAAUUAUAAGUAAAAUGUUAAUUUGUAAUACUUUGUAUAGAAUCUAUUGCAGGCAAUGACUGCUUGAAAUCUGGAAAGUAUGGACAUAACCAAACUCUGGGUUUCCUCCUUUGUCAUGCUUUGCAAGGCGUUAACUGCAGCUGUCUUCAGUUGUUGUUGAUUGUUCGUCGGUUAUUCUGCCUUAAGUUUUCUCUUCAGCAAGUGUAAUGCAUGCUCGGUCGGUUUGAGAUCAUGAAAUGACUCGUCCAUUGCAGAAUAUUCCACCUAUUUGUCUUAAAUAAACUCAUGAGUUGGUUUUUGCAGUAUGUUUUGGGUCAUUGACCAUAUGUAAAUGAAGCGCCAUUCAAUAAACCAAGCUGAAUUUGUCUGAAUCUAAGCAGACAAUGUAUCUCUAUACACUUUAAUCCGGAUGCUUCUGUCACAUUAUCAAAAAACACUAGUGACCACUGUGUUUUACAUAUGGUGUGGUAUGCUUUGGAUCAUGAGCCAAUCCAAGCCUUUUCCAUACUUUUUAAAAUUGUCCUUCCCAUCUUUCUGAUUCAGGAUCAUCCUCCGUUUAAUUUGUCCAAAGAAUGCUGUUCCGUAACUGGCCGGGCGUUUUUAGAUGGUUUUUUGUGGCAAAGUCUAAUCUAGGCUUUCUAUUCUUGAGGCUUAUGAAUGGUUUGCACCUUGUUGUGAACACUCUGUAUUUGCUCUCUUGAAGUCUUCUCUUUAUGGUAGACUUGGAUAAUGAUGUGCCUAGCUCUUGGAGAAUGUAAUUCCUUGGAUAGCCACGACAGCCAAAACAAGCCCAAUGGCAACAUAACAUAACAUCAAUAUGGCAUAAAUAAUAACUGCACAAAUUUAAAUGGUAAGUCGAGUGUGAAAUAAAAAAGAUUAUUAGGAGAGUAGUUUCCAUACGGACUGGACAGUAGGGUCAUCAGUGGCAUAGGUACAGUUGAGUUGGACUAAACAUUCAAAAGGAGGUCUGAUGUGCGUUAGUAUGUUGUGGUGGUUAGUGGUAUCUAGUGAGCGCCAAGCCCCCUAAGUGAUAAGGCCGGUGUGCCUGUGCUGUAGAUACAGAGAAACAGCAGUGAUUGGCCAUGUGGAGCCCUGCGAGGCAGUAUAGGUAGUAGGGACCAAUACAUAGCCUAGUCUACCGUAGGCAACAAAAAUGAAAAGAGGGUCCUGACGUGGUACUUAGUGUAUUGCCGAGGAGCUGUUUGUAAGUAUGAUAAGGGCUGAUUGAAGCAGGUGGGGGGGUAGUUUGUAAAGUGGAGCUGCAUUUCUGGGUUAUUCCCGGUGUCUGUGGUGGGUGUCCGCGGGGGUGAAACGCCGUGUGUGUGCAGGAGACUGGGGAUGGCGUAGCAUUCGAGGUCUGUGUGGGUUAGAGGUUAUCUGGGGGGGUAAAACCCAACAUAUAAAUUUAGUGAUAAAGAAAAAACAUGCAAAAACUAAAGUCAGUGGGUCAGGUAGUCUUCGUCCCAGUUGCGCCCCUGGUAGCUGGGACAAACGGGGCGACAUUGGCUGGGUCCCAGGCUGUAGUGGUCGUGAGGCCCAUUGUCGCCAGGACAGUGUCCAUCUCCGCUAUAUGCGUAAUAAGGUUGGUGCCUUAAUGCGGUAUGAGCACGUGUGAUGGUCCCCAACGGUAUGCCACUCCUCUGGCCGCCAGUGUCGCCGUCAACGGUCGGAGAGACCUUCGCCAUUUCAGGGUAAUGCGUGAUAGGUCUGAGAAGAACGUGAAGUCCACGUCUUCAAUACUAUAGAGAUUCUUCCCGUUGAUGGCAUUCAUGAAUGCUGUUUUAUCUUGCUCAUUUUGAAAUUUGACCAGGAGGUCCCCUGUUGCAGAGCCUGUGAGUUGUGGUGGCUUGGGUAGGCGGAACAUGCCGUCUAGCUGCAUCCCUUUAGCUUAGGGGGCAGCAGGGCUGUGCAAAGCCUGCAGAGGAAAUAGGGCAGCUCAGCAGGGGUCACCGUGUCAGAGAGGCCUCUAAUUUUAACAUGCUUCCACCUCCGAUGUCCUCCAUGGCUGCUGGUUGGUGGGUGAGUGUAGUGUGAGCUGAGGGAAGUUCUCUAACCUGUGUCUGGAGCUCUGUCACCUGCACUGCUUGCGUUUGUGUGAUCUGCUCCACAGUCGUGAGACGAGCUGUGAACCUCUUAACAUCCUCCCGUACUUGGGAGAUCUCUGCUGAUGGCUUCUGGCGCAGGUCUGAGAGGAGAGAGGUGAGUAUAUCCGUGGUGACUGGGAGACCCGUUCUUGGCUGAUAUCCCAGAGUCUCAGGGCUGUGCAGGAGGAUGUAGUCCUCAAUGUCGGCCGCCAUGCGGUCUCCUCAAUAGAUCGCCAAUAUCCACGGAUUGCUGAGGCCGAUCCAGGAGCGUUUUUUUUUUUUUCUCCCCAUCAGUGUUGGGAUGUUUCUGGGCUUCCUGCGGUUUGUUCAGUUGCUAUUUUGGUCAGAAUUUAGGCUGUUUGGGGCUUUGAUCGUUGGAGAGCCGCGAGCGUGCAACUAAUCCGAGAGCUGGCUCUGCCCCCUGAUAUGUAUAUGUAUGUGUUUGUUAAUAUGUGCCCAUGCUGUUAAUUUUUAUAAUUAAAGGGACUCUAUAGUCAUCAAAACAACUUAAGUUUAAUAAAGCGUUUUUGGUGUAUAGAUCAGGCCCCUGAAGUCUCACUGCUCAAUUCUCCACCAUUUAGGAGUUAAAUUACUUUUGUUUCUGUUUCUGCAGGCAUAACCACGCCUCCACUGACUGUGACUCACAUAGCCUGCAUGAAAAUAAAUGGUUUCAUUUUCAAUCAGAUGUAACUUCCUUUAAAAGUUUUUAUUUCCUGCUCUGUAAAUUUAACUUUAAUUACAUACAAGAGGCUCUUGCAGGGUCUAGAAAUCUAUUAACAGAGCAGGAGAUAAGAAAUACUAAAUUAAACAGUAUUUUCAAUACAGGAAGUGUAAACAUUAGAUGACUCUUUGCAGGAAAUGUUGGAAGUCUGUAUAAGCAGUGAGGUGUGACUAGGGCUGCAUAAACAAAGUGAUUUAACUCCCAAAUGGCAGAGAAUUGAGCAGUGAGACUGCAGCAACAUGAUCUACACACCAAAACUGCUUCAUUAAGCUAAAGUUUUUGUUGGUGAUUAAUAUAAUUGUGUAUAGCCUAAAAAUAUUUAACUGUCUUAUGGAUAAACCAGACCUUAAAAGUAAUAUUGAUAAAGGCACUACUCAAAAAAACAAACUUGGUUUCAAGUAAGCAGGUAUGAUUACACAAAAGGUACAAUUACAGUGUACGCAGACAAGGAAACAGGUUGCUAAGGAGUAUAGAUUGCUUCAUGUGCUAACAAUAUAAAGUAUUUAUACAAAUGCAAUGCAUAGUAGCAGUAAAGAAGACAUACCUCAUUUCAUUAUCUAGCUGGGCAGUGGGGUAAAAACUACAAAUAAACGUUGUAGGGUUCCUUCACUAAAUGGCAUAUUGUAGUGAAAUAAACAUUUAACUUGCAAAUUGUAGGCAACAAUAGCUGACUGUAAAAUUCUCCAGCUUUGCUUUCAUUACAGUUGUCUAUUUUGCAGAUCAUGUUUCAAUUCAGUGCAUAAUAAGUUAACCCUUUUCCCACCUAAUUAGAUAACGUUACUGGGAUAAAAUUCACGGAAGCUCAAAAAACAAAAUACACAAACCUUGGGGGGGAGGGGAAAUUUUAGUUAAAGAAACACUCUAAACACCAUAACUAUAGAGUGUGGUGCUAUUUAUCGUCCCAGGAGUUGCUUGGCCCCUCCUUUCAUUGUGGUAACUAGUCCAACCAUUUUUUGUGACAAAAAAAUCUGCCUGAAGUAAGAUGUUACUGUUUAUAAAGUCUGUCUUAAUGCGUGGAAGGUGAAUUACUUCUUGUGUAGAGAACAUGAAGUUGAAAUACACAGAGCAUUGUUUAGAUGAGGAAGAGGUUGCUCUGAGCUCCUGAUGACCACAUGUAGAUGAACUUAUUGAGAUUGUUAAAUUAAAGGACCACCAAAGGCACCCAGACUACUUUAUUGCAAAGAAGUGGUCUGUGCUCUUUGUGCAGCGGUCCUGUCAGUUUAACCCUGCAAUGUAAGCUUUGCAGUUUUUUUAGAAUCUGCAAUGUUUACAUUGUAGGGUUAAAUGUACAUCUUGCCUCUGUCGUCCUGACAGCCACUAGAGAUGCUUCCAAUGCACUGACCAAGUAAAACGUGGAUGUUCAUAGGAAAGCAUUGAAUUUAAUGCAUGCCUAUGAAAAUCUUAAAAGAGGACCUGAUAAGCAUGUGCAACUUUGGCAGAAGAGGAAAUACCUCGAUGGCAAGUUUUGUUCUGCUGUCUCUCCCCAUUUUGUUUGCUCUGUUUUGUUUUUGUUUUUUCUUUGUCACAGCUUGCGGGUGUUCCUGACCACGACUACUCUGGUGGACUUUGGGGAGACAUGCAAUGCAGAAUGCAUAUGUGUAACACAGUUAGUGCUCAGGGAUUUUAGUUGCUUGUCUACUUGGUGGUAGGAUCGACUUGAGAAUUUACAAACAUGUUAAUGUAAAAUGGUUAUAAAACUUAUUAAAGCUGGGGCCUUCAUAAAUAAGUGAAGAGUUGGUAUUUUAUUUGUGUAUGGGUAAGGUGAGGGUUCCUGGUUCAGCAGUCAAGAUACCAGAGGUUUUUUUUUUUUUUUUUUGUGUUUCAUAGAAAUCAGGCAGCUUCUGUUGCCAUUUCUCACUUGUGUGAGAUCACCUAUAUUAUCUAUAGCAAAAACCCCUCGAGAUCAUUCAUGGCUUCCCAUGGUAUACUUCAGAGUGCAUUAAUGACUCCCUAUUGCAGAUGUGGCCCCAGAAGCUAAACAAAGUGCUAAACAGGAACAUUUAUGCCAAGGAGAGGAUCAGGUGAGCAUAUGUACUGUCCCGGUGUCCACUCAAGGCCCAACUAUUACAGCAGACUUGUCACCAUAAAAAUGCAAAUACCCCUCAAGUGAAUAUCCCUCUCUAGCGAAGAGUAAUUGCAUGAAGACUUGAACAGUAAGCCUGAAUAAACUCAGUGACCUAGAUCUAAAUAAACAUAUUGAAUAUGCUAUAAUUUUCAUAGUAUUGGGACUUAAUUUGCUAUAAGUGACUUUGACUGCAUAGAAACCAUUUGUUUUAAAUCGUUUUUUAUUGUUUAGUUCGUCAAUGCAUAUUAUGGCACUACAUAGCAUAGUCAUCUUAGAAUGACAGGAAAACUACAAAAUAUUGGUUCCAAUAAACAGAAAAUUACAUGCAGUUUCAUAUAGCAAGUAGUUAACCUGGAAUAAGAGAAUGCCGUACAUGCCUCUAUUGACUAGCCUCAAGUACAGGCAAGCCUAGUACGGUCGGUAAUGCAAACGUGAUAUGAGUUGCCUUCGCCUUGAAGUACAGCGUCAUGGGCCUACUUGGGACACUGUACCUAUGUGGUCAGUGUAUACAAAGCAGUUAAGCCCGGGACGGGGUUGUGGUCUGACCAGGACAUGGGUAGAAUUUCCGAUUCGACGAGUAGGGUGUUGUGGUACAAGGGAGUAAUCAAGUCUCUAGUAGCAGGCAUGCGUUAGGGAGUAAAAAGUAUAAUAUCGUGCCGUUGGGUGCAGCGCUCUCCAGCAGUCCGUGAGUUGGUGGUGAUGGAGUAGUUGGAAUGUCUUUGCGUGCCUGUUAUCUGGGGCUGACGUUGGUUGCUAUGUGGUAUCCUGUUGGUGUAGAGUCAAGUUGAGGUUUCCUCCUAUGAUAAGGAUGCCCUCAGCAAACCUCAUUAGUCUGUUCAGGGUUGUGCGGAGGAAUUGGUUGCAGCGCAGGGUAUCUAGUUCAGUGCAGGGGGCCCAUCUGGAGAACAGUAUCCUCCACCCCUAGCGUGCGUCGUAACGGGUUGUUGCUAAAGAAUCCAAGUUGGAAGUUGUGAUCUCUUAGGGAUGGUGCCUGGUUCCCUUGAAAGUGUGUUUCCUGGAGAAAUGGCACGUAAGUUCCAUACCACUUGAGAUCACGGAGCAUUUUUUUUUAACGUUAUAGGAGAGGAGGUCCUGGCCCUCCCGGGCGUAACAGUUCCUUCCCGGGGCCGGCAUCCCCAGGGUGGCAAGCAAGGGUGAAGUAGAAGCCAUUUGGAUAUCUGUGGGCACAGGGACAUAAUGUCAUAUAUUUAGUCCACAAAUUUAACUGGCAUAAUUAUCAGCAAAUAUACACAAUGCGUAUACUCCUGCUACUUGGCUCUGGGAAAUGCAUGGACAGCUGAAUAUGCAUCACUCAACUCUUUGUGUAAAAGGCAUCUUGAGAAUCUUAUUAAAUGCUACUUGGGGGACAGACUUCUGCCUACACAGUGUGUAGCGCGUGUUAUCUAUUGAAAUAUUUCAUUUUCCUCCCCCCCUAAACGACAGCCAUUUCUCUAUCCAGUCCUCCCUAAUUCCACCUUCAUACGUGUAUUAUAUGUGUUAUUUCCACUUUGCUUUCCUCCUCCUUGUACUUCCUUUCAGUUAUGGGCUAUGCAAGUCUUUUCCUAAGUUGUUAACAUAUUCCUCUGGAAUUCCUACAUUUUCCAGGGUAUUUUUCAUAAAUUCAUCCAUCCAGGUUUCAUCUUCAUUGAGAGUGGCUUUGGGUAUUGGGUAUAGUGGCAUUGGGUAUUGAACCCCACGUAUAUAUUCAGUGUCUUAAUUUGUAUUUACAUUGUUUACUGGUAUGCUGAUGCUAAAGAUUAAAACAGAAAAAAUAGAAAAUAAUAACAUUAAACACUAUAACCAGUGCAGCUUGCUAUAAUGAAGAUGGUGCCUGGAGUUCCUUGGCUUCAUCCCCCAGUAAGUAGUCAAAAUGGUUUGACACUUAACAAGUUACCUUCAGCUGCCUGCAAUGCUUCUAGUUUCCUCCUUAUAGCUAAAACAGACGUUUGGAUUUAACUUUAGUUGUGUCAAAUUUGUGUAAGUUUUCAGUUCAUUCAUUGGCUGAGGGUGUCAGCUGAGAUUCUAAACUCACUUGAGCAGGUCUUUCUUCUGUCUAUAUUUGUUGAAUAAUCCCACUGUAUACUUUUAAAGUAGUGCUGAAAAUAUUGGCACUGUAUAAAAGCUAGGAAUAAUAAAACUGACCAUAUUUAAGGCACCCAGGCUUAGUGUCUGUUAAUAAAACGUUGACCCUUAACAGUGGUACUCGUAGGACCAUAACCACUACAGCAGGAUGUACUGGUUAUAGUGCUUAGAAUGCCUUUUAAAUAGGCAAAUACAUUAAAAUGUAAGUCUCCACUGCCUGUUGUAGGCUCCCUCUUACGAUUUUGAGGGAGCUUAUGCUGUGCUACCACGAAUAAUGGAAAAAUAUCGGAAAUAACCUUUUUAGCAAAGUAAUGGAAGCUUUACUGUGUCUUUGACAGUUCCACUGCUCAACUGCAUAUCUUAUACCCCAGGUCAAGGAUAUAUGGGGUAUUCUGUGACAGUUACAUGUCUUGUUGUGCUGCUACAUUGCUAUUUCUAACAUGUCAAUGUUAAUCAUUUGUCCACUAGCCACCAACAAAGCCAUAGCAGCUGUAAUAACUCAAAAGCUUACAAAGGAGCAACAGUGUCUGUUCAACUAUAGUCUCAACCUUCAGAUGAUUGGGUGUUAGUUUGUAACAUACUUAUGCUACUGCAAUCAUAUCACAUAUAGGACAGGAAACACUGUGUGGGUUAUUCACUAAAGUGAGAAUUUAAACUGAAUUUCAAAUGGUAGGCCAAAGCAGCUAAACUGGAAACACUUUUCCAAUUCUUUUAAUUUGGCCUUACAUUUCACCAAGCACCAGUACAGUAGUCAUCUAACGACACUGUGCAAGGAAGAAGCCAUGUUGAAAGCACUCUGAUAUUAAAGGUGCCAACUCUCAUAGAUUGUUAAAGGGACCCUAUAGGCACCCAGACCACUUCAGCUCAUUGAAGUGGUCUAGGUGCAUAUUCCCAGGUCCCAUAUUCCUGCAAAGGUAAUUACUGCAGUUUUCAAUUAACUGCAAUAAUUACCUAUGUUGGUUAACUCCACCUCUAGUGGCUUUCUAGUUUGUUAGGCAGCUUUUGGUCACCUAACUGACGGUGGACAUCUUUAUGCUAUAAAUGAGGACAUCCAGUGUCACCCGAAACCUCAUAGGCAAGAAUUGUGUAAUGCUUUCCUAUGGAGGAAAUACUAAUGCGAACGCAGCCAUAGCCGCGCAUGCACGUUAGGUCUCCGACGUCGGCGUGGAAGUAGCAGAGACUAAGCCUGAGUCACUGCUAAGGGACAUCGCCGCUGGAUGCAGGUUAGUGACAGAGGGUGUGGGUGGGCUUGACCAAGGGGGGGCACUAUAGGUAGCCAUAGGGCCAGGAAAACAAUGUUGUUUUUAAACUAUAGUUUCCCUUUAAAGAAAAUGAAUAAUUCCAUUUUGGGCAUUUAUUCUUUAUAUGCCCCCCUUCUGAAUGCUUCUUAAAUUGGUUUAAAAGAAGUUGAACUUACCCAGAAACCAGCACUGGGCGAAGCGCACGGUGCAGAUUUCCACACCCUCUCCUGAUAUCACGACAACCAACGUGCAUCCAAUCAAAGGCUUCUCAUAGAGAAACAUUUGAUUGGACCAUUUAGCUGCCUCAGAGCUCAUUGAAGUGUUCUGGGUGCAGUGUCCCUAUUGCAUUUAGUGCUGCAAUGUAAAACAGUAGGGCAUAUGAGCAUAGGCGAAGUUACACAGCUUUGCAUUCCUAGCACUAGAGUAUCUCUUUAAAUAAAUGGGAGUGGGCUGCCGGGAAGGAGGGGAGACAUCAGACUCCCCUUGCAGGCUCCGCAGUGCACACGGAUGAUAGACGUAAAAUAUGCACAGAACUUUCAUUAGGCAAUUUAAGAUUUGUUCGUUUUUGAUUAUAGAGAAUUGUGACUUGCAUUAUGGCAUCCAUUUUUCUCAGUUUUACUUGUAUGGGUUUUCUUCUGUAAGUGUGCUUCUCUACUACUGUGUGCAUAUGUAUAGUGAUGUACCGAACGGUUCGCCGGCGAACGGUUCCUGGCGAACAUAGCAUGUUCGCGUUCGCCACGGCGUGCGAACAUAUGCGCGGUUCGACCCGCCCCCUAUUGCGUCAUCAUUGGUAAACUUUGACCCUGUACCUCACAGUCAGCAGACACAUUCCAGCCAAUUAGCAGCACAGCCUCCCUAGCAGACCCUCCCACCUACUUCAUAUUUCACAUUAGAAGGUUAAUGUAUUUUUUUCUUUUUUUUUUUCUCCUGAAUGUAAAUGCACUUAAUGAAGCAUAUGCACUGUAGAAUUAUAGUGGAUUUAUCACACCCAACUCCCUUUUGACCACUUGGUUAGGACCGCUCCAAUAAAUGUAAAAAAAUAAAAAAAAAAAUUAACUUUGUCAAUAAUAUGAUCAUAUGAUUAAUUUUGCAUAUGCUGUUGCAAUCAGUUAAUCUUUUUUUGAACGUUUAUGAAAAUUCUAAGAAUUUGAUCGUGUAACUGUGCUGCUGGAUAUAAUAUAGGUUGCUCAUCUGAGGGUUUAUUGUUUUACAUUUGAUUAUGAUGCACGUAGGAGAGUUUCAAGUAAACUUCUGAGAUUUCUUUAUAUUGCAAUUUGUACUAAAACCUGUCUGCAAAUAAAUAUAAAGGUUUACUUGAAAACUAUUGUGCAGUAAAUACCUUCUAAAAAUAGGUUUAAUGCAUAUAAAGUAAUUUGUGUCAGUUAUAAUCUGUCACGAGCACAGCUGUUAUUGUUUUUAGAGAUUGGCUCUUGUUUAGCACAGAAUUACCAGUAUUUUGUUAUAACUAGCCGUGCCCAGUGUACUUUGGACACUGUUUUGGUAAUCUAGCAGUGUUACAUAAUUUCCUUGUCUGAAACAUAUCUCAACGCAAUAUAGGUCUAUAGGUCUAUGUUUAUAUGUGCCAUCUAGACAGACACAUGUAUGCAGUGUAAACACCAUGUGAAAAUUGUUUUUAACUUUUAGAAGUAACUAAACCACUGUUACAAUUUAAAUGGACAAUAUAGUCACCCAAACCACUUCAUCUCAUUGACUGGUCUAGGUGCAGUGUUGCUGUACUCAUGGACUCUUAGGAGCAUUUUUGCUCUGUGUGUUCAACCGCAAUUUCCAUCUUUCUCAUUUAGUGGACCAACACAUAUUAUAUAUCAUUUUUUUAAGAGACCAAAAGGGCAUUAAUCUAAUGUAACAUAUAUACAUCUACUAAUUCUAAUUUGUUAUACAGUUUGUUGCAUUUUUUUUUUUUUUUUUUUGUCAAAAACUUAAAAAGUUUGCAUGGUAAUUAGACGUCACAAUAUACAAUGAGUAAAAUAAAACUUCAAUCUGUCACGAUUGUAGAAUUUGGUAUGUUUGUCUUAUAAGUUUAUUAGCCAUCACAGAAAAAAAAUUGCCAAUGAAAAGUAUAUAUUGUAUAAAGUAGACAUGAUAAGCUAUUUAAAGGUAUUUUGACACUUAUUAUGUAGCCAUUUAAUAGGCCAUCUCUAAGAAUUGUGCUAAAAAAAUGUUUUUCUGAUUUGUUAAUACACAUAUAGAAAGGUUUUUGUAAACCUGAUCUGUGCUACUAUUGUACAAAACCCCAUAUUAUGUUCAGCUACAUCUUCUGUGUACAACAAUACCCCAAUGCAUGUCUUUGCCACUAUCAUGUGAAGCUGGGUGUGUGUUUUUAGUAGUUCAGUCAUGUCCGACUCUCCGUGACCAUGUGGACCAUAGCAUGCCGAGUACAUCUGUCAGUCACUGCCCCUCUGAGCUCCAACAACUUCAUGUUCGUAGCUUCAGUGACCUCAUCUAUCCAUCUCUGUGUCUGUCGUCCCCUUCUUCGUGUGCCUUCAAUCUUUCCCUGCAUCAGUCUUCUCUAGAGAAUCAUGCCUUCUUAUUAUAUGGCCAAAAUAUUUGAGGUUCAGCCACAUGAUCAUUGCUUUCAGUGAACAGUUUGUCUUGAUUUUCUGUAGUACAGAUUUAUUUGAUCUUCUUGCAAUCCAAGGGAUUCUAAACAGUUUUUGCCAACACCACAGUUCAAAGGCAUCAAUUCUACGACGCUCAGCCUUUUUUAUAGUCCAGCUCUCACAUCCGUAUGUUGUUACUGGGAAUACCAUAGUUCUGACUAUGCGGACCUUUGUUGAUCGUGUAAUAUCUGUACACAUAUUUUACAGAAUCAUCUUGCAGAAUUUUGACUAGUUCAACUGGGAUUGCAUCAACUCCUGCAGCCUUGUUAUCUGUAAGGCAUCCUAGGGCCCAUCUCCCUUCCCUCUCCAAGAUUUCUGGUUCAGUCUCAUUGGACCAGCUAUUGAGGUCAUCACUGCUGCUAAGAUCCUUCCUGUAUAGAUAGUCAGUGUAUUCCUGCUAUCUCUUGUUUAUCUGUUAAGUCAAUGCCAUUUUUGUCUUUUAUCACCCCCACUUUGGCAUGAAAGGUACUUUUUAGAUCUCCAAUUUUCUUGAAUAGAUCUCUUGACUUUCCCAUUCUGUUAUCUUCUAUCUCUUUACAUUGCUCAUUGUAGAAUGUCACAUUUUCUCUUCUUGCUAUCCUUUGGAAUUCUGCAUUCAGUUGGACACAUUUUUUCCGAUCUGCACUACCUUUCACUUUCCUUUUUUCCUGGGCUAUUUUUAAAGCCUCAUCGGCCAGUUUGCCUUCUUAGAUUUCUUUCUUUUGGGGAUUUUUUUUUUCUUGCGGUUUCCUGGAUAACAUUGCAAACUUCGCUUCAAAGUUCUUCAGGCAUUCUAUCGUCCAUGUCUAGUCCCUCAAAUGUAUUCUUUACUUCCACUGCAUAUUCACAAGGGAUAUUAUUUGGAUUGUUACCUUGCCGUGGUGGAGGUGCUUAUGUACUUACAAUGAAGCGAUGAGCUAUACCAUGUAGGGGCACCCAAUAUGGGCAGGUCAUAGCAAAGAAGUUCGACAAAUCGCGGUCCACUGGAGAAGGAACUAGAAACCCACUCCAGUAAUUUUGCGAAGAUAUCUAUAUUGACAUGCACAACCAGAGACAUGUGAAGCUACAGCGCCAUACAAGAGACAUUGCCAUUUACAUUUCUACAGUUAGAAUUUUUAUUGAUGGAUUUGAUUGACCUAUGCAUCAUUUUUGGGAAUUAUAGCAGUUUGACUGUGGCAAUUACCUCACAAAGGACAUUUAUAAAAUCUAAUAUGUGUGAUCAAACCCUCACAAUUAUGCUCGACAAACUCUUCUGAACAAAUCAAUACCCCCAAUGUAUGCAAUAUAAGAUCUAUUUUAAUUUUUUACAUUGGGCAUUGCAGCAGAUUCACAUUUCAAACCACCACAUAAAUGCAUACCAUUUGUGAAAGUAGACACUACGGGAAAUGUCUCUCAUGGUAUAUUUUGACUCUAAUCAUUUAUCAAUUUUAGCACCAAUUUCUUUCAAAGUUUAGUGUUUUUAUUUUCACAUUUGUUUACACGCAUAUUGCAAUUUUGCGGUUAAUUUGUGCUGUUUCAAUAAUAAUCAUUAAACUGUGCUCAACUAUAUCUCCGGAGUACAGAAUUACCCCCUACAUAUAACCUUGUCAAGUUUUUUGUGAAAAUACAGAGGUGAAAUUAGAUAUGAUGCAUUUGGGGCAUUUUAGUAGCUCACAUAUUUAAAUUACCCCCCAAUGCAUCUAAUUACCAAAAGUGGACGCCUUUGUAUGCUUAAAAAAUGUAAUAAAAUCUUAACUCAUCAACAUAUCCUGAGUACAAUACGAUAUAUAAUAUCUUUCUUUGCAAAGUAACAAUCUAAAUCCCAUUCUAAAUACUUAAUCCUAAACAAACCCCAAUUUUAAACCUAAUCCCAUAUUUUACAGUAAAUACUAACCAUACCCUAAUUUUAUGACUAACCCUAAUGUUUCUGCCAUCUUUUGGGUAUUUUCAGUUUGACCACUUUAUAUCUUUAACAUUGAAUUGAUCAAAAUUCCAUUGGGGCCUGGAGGAAGACCCUCCAGGAUCUGUUCAGACCUAUCUAUUGAUUCUGCAUGCAGCUCGCCUGUCAGUCUGGGACCACUAAAAAUGCCCUAGCUGACAGAGGAGAGCAACAGGUAUAUUUUGAUGCCUGGGUUUCCUGGUGUGGGCAUGGCUUUAACCCUGUUCACACUGCAUUGCUAUCUGUGGGGAUCUGAAUCCCCAUCGAAAGAACUGAAUGCUGAUCUCAUUUUGAGCUCUGCAUGCAGCUCACCAGUCAGUUUAGGGCCACUAAUUAUGCCCCUAGCUGACAGAAGGGAUCCUUGUUACCAGCAAGGAUUUAACACAUGCUGGUACUUUUACUGAAUGAUGGUCUAUGCUAUCACUGGCCAAGUCCCGCACUGCAAGAUGGCUUAGACAGUCAUGUGGUUCUUAAGUUGUUAAACAGGAUGUAAUUCUUACUCUGUAUGAUAUUUUGAGGAAUAGCUGCUUAUUUUUAGAUAGGUGUAGUUCUUUCCAGUUCUUGUGUUAUAAUAAUCAGUAAAACACUAGCAUAUUAUGAACCAUUGUACAUUCAGGGCAAGACAGAAGUAAAGACAACAAGAACAUUUUCACUUGCUUGAACAAGAGGCAAGAGGGUCUUCCUCACUCUCUUGCCUCUUGUUCAAGUAAGUGAAAAUGUUCUUGCGAGCUUGCUAUUUAAGGGAAAACAAAUAAGACUACAUAAAAAGUAAUGAUAUAUACUAUUUGUAGUAAUCAUUGUUAGGUGUAUUAUUGAAUUAGUUGAUUUAUGUUUGUUUUGUUAUUGUUUUGCAGUGAAUCUUAUUUUACCAGAAAAUACCUAAAUGGAUGGCCCUAUACUUCUGUAACUGAAAACAAACUGCCUUUUACUUUACACCAUCAAAAUCGGAUGUGAAGUUUCUCAUUGCAGUGUCGAGCCAAAAACUAGUUCUUAUGGUAAGUGUUAGCUGUUUUAUUGGCAAAUAUUUAAAAUUAUAACAUUUAAGCUGUGAAAUGUUUAUGAAACACUCCCACACAGCGACUUUAAGAUAUACAAGGAGGAGUGACCGUAUGCAUCAUUCUUUCAGGGGUAAAGCUAUUGCAAAAUGCUUUAACCCAUAAAGGUUAGAUGGCACCUGGCACUUCUCCAUAACCAUUUCAGUGAGCUGGUUUUGUCAUGUGGUAGGUAUGUUCCUUUAAGAGCAACUUCUUGUGUCAAUUCUGCAGAAGUGUGUCUGGAGUUGUACUGCACCUAAGUCAUAUCAACUUAUACCAGUGAUGGGUGGCAGAGGUAGGAUAAAAGGAUACUAUAGGCACCCAGACCACUUCAGCUCAUUGAAGUGGUCUGGGAGCAUAUCCCCAGGUCCUUUAACCCUGGAAAGGUAAUUAUGGCAGUUUUCAAUUAACUGCAAUAAUUACCUUUUGAGUUAACUCCACCUCUUGUGGCUGUCUACUGUCUUGUGGCUGACUUACAGGUUGUUAGGUGACUUUUGGUUGCCUACUGACGCUGGACGUCCUCACACUAUACAUGAAGACAUCCAGUGUCACCCGAAAACCCCAUAGGAAAGCAUUGUAUAAUGCAUUCCUAUAUUCCUAUGGGACUUUUCUAAUGAAAGAGUGGCAGUGCCUGAGCCAGCACCAAGGGACAUCGGCGCUGGACUCAGGUAAGUGACAGAAGGGUUUUUUUAACUGCUCCACCAUAGGGGGCAUUAUAGGAAGCUAUAGUGCUGAAAAAACAACUUUAUUCCUGGCACUAUAGUGUUCUUUUAAGAGGAAUUUAUGCUGCAGGGUCUCUCGUUCAAUGUUAAAAAAUAAUAAUUAAAGGGGCAUUCUAGACCCUUAAAACACAUUAGCUUGAUGGAAAAGCUUUGUGUAAACAGUGUCCUAGUUUUUUUUUUCAAUUUGCAAAAAGUGCAGAUUUCAAUAUAAAUUAACACUUUCUUAUUAAACCUGGUUACGCCCUCUUUGCUUUCAGUAAGAGUACAGGUCCUGUUACUUCCUGGUUUGGUUAGCUCUGUGGAGCUAAACACCGUAGGCAGUCUUCUCAUGAGCUGCAUUGGGAAGUCUGUGAUUGGACAGCCAUAGAAAAUCUGGACGGGGUUAGGAGAAGGCUUUCACAGGCAGCAGAAAAGAUAACUGCAGGUUUUGCAAGCUGGUUUUAGAUCUAAUACAAUGAGAAAAUAUAUAAUUAAAUGAAUACAUGUUUUAAUGGUGGUAUAUCUGUUAAACAGUGAUUUUUAUUUAUUUGCAUUUGUGCAGUGGAGUGUCCCUUUACUUAGAGGCCCUUAGAAACAUGGAACGUGACGGCAGAUAAGAACCAUUUCAGAAUUGCCCUGAUCUCUAUAUAUUUAUAGUAUUUUAUUGGUGUUCUCUGUUUGCUUUCAUUCGUGAAUGGCUUGAGUUUAUUUCUUUCUUUGACUCCUCUGUAGUGGUUUAUUGUUCAUUUUGAUUGAUUUGCUGAUCUGUUGGCCUGACGGAUAAACUUAUAUGAUGUGCUAUACCUCCUUUUUUUUUUUCUAAUAAGUUACCUUGCGCCCCCUAAAUUGUUAUCUAUUUAUCUACUGAUAAUGUUAGACACCCCAUUUAUUACAGAGAUGGCUGCAUUUAUUAUUAUUCCAAUGGGACACCAAAUUAGCCUUGUUAGAGUGUAAUAGUCCAGCAAUGUAGACUACAAAAUACACAUAUUGUUCCUGGAGAAUCUCUUUGACAUUGCCUUUUUCUUUCUUACCUGAACUUUUACUUUAAUGCAAUGCAUUAAGAUUAUAAAUACAUGUGCAAAGCAGAUCUGAGUAAAUCACAAAUAAGAACCACAACCCGUAGUUAAAAUCCCUUUGUGUCAAUAUACCCCACUCCCUCUAGAAUGUAAGCUCAUUGAGCAGGGCCCUCCACUUCUCUGUUCCUGUACGUCCAAUUGUCUGGUUAAAAUGACAUGUCUGUUAGUCCACCCACUGUACAGCGCUACGGAAUGUGAUGGCGCUAUAUAAAUAAUAAAAUAAUAAUGUAUUUAAAUGUUUCUAUUCUAUCUCCCCGUCUCGUCUCUCCCAAGCAAAACAUGUUAAGAUCUUUUAACCUUUCCUGCAAUCCAUGAACCAGUUAUCCAUGAUUGCAUUAUCCUGCAAUCCAUGAACCAGUUUAGUAGCUCUACUCUGAACUCAUUCCCAAGUAUCAAUAUCCUUCUGAAGAUACGGUCUCCGGUACUGUGUACAUACUCCAAGUAGGGUCUCACCAGUGUUCUGUACAAUGGCAUGCGCACUUCCCUCUUUCUACUGCUAAUACCUCUCUCUAUACAACCAAUUAUUCUGCUAGCAUUCCCUGCUGCUCUAUUACAUUGUAUACCUACCUUAAAGUCAUCUGAAAUAAUUACUCCUAAAUCCUUAGAUGUUGAGGUUAGUAGGGUAUCAAAUAUUCUAUACUCUGUCCUUGGGUUUUUACACCUUUGGCAUAUGCACCUUAAGCAUAUAGAUACUAUGGAGAAGUUUACCAAGUAUUAACCAAUCUUAUUGCUGUUUUUUAUUUUUAUUUUUUUUCGGGACAGCCGAUGUUGGGAGGUAUGAAUUACCACAUAAACAACAAACAAAAUUGGUGUGCUGCACAAAGGUGGCAGAAUGUUUUGUAAGUGCAAUAUUAUCCACUCCUUGUAUAUCUUUUAAUUUUUUUUAAUUUUGAUAUUGUUAUUUUGUACAUUUUUACACUGUUAUGUUCUCUCUACGUUUAAGUGAUUAAAGCUGGAAAUAUUUCCAUUCCUAACUGGGAUUAUUGUAAUAUCAGCAUUCACCAGGGGACUCAAUACCAUUGUAUGUAUACCAUUUAAUUGGUGAUUUUAACACACUUUUGUGCAGAACGCCACACCAAUUUUGCUUGUUGUUUUUGUAUAUCACAGUUUUGGAAUUAACCGGGUUGUAGGUGUCAACUAGAGUACACACUAUAUUUUGUGUGUUUUCAUGAUAUCACAUAGCAGGAUUUCUGUUUAACUUUGACAACCAUUUAAAAAUGCAUGUGUGGAUGUUGCAAAGUUCAAUUGCGUGAGACCAGAAGCACAAUUUCAAAUUUUGUUUUUGAGGCCCAGUGUAAAUCUUUUGUGAUUAGGUUUUAUUUCAUUGUUAUACACAAUAACAGAAAUAAAAUUCAUCUUCCUCCUGUAUUUGUUUGUCAACAUUUGUAUUGUGUCUUGGAUGUAUUGUAUAUAUUGAAUUUUUUCUUUGUACUUGUACCAAUUGUACCCGUGGACAGAGCUGCAAAAGCAUUGGCGCUGUAUAAAUAAAGUAUAUAUUAAGUGAUUUUAGUAAAUAUAGUAAUUUUAAAGGAACACUAUAGAGUCAGGAAUACAAACAUGUAUUCCUGCCCCUAUGUUUGUGUUCCCCCAUCGCACCCCUGAAAAAUUGGUAGAACUUGCUUUUAUUAGCUGUGCUGGUACUAUAGGAAAGCAUUGGAUUGGCAGAGAUAGUAAAUUCUGAUGAUCUCCACCAAGGGGGAGGUGGAGCCAAAUGCUGUGCUGGCCAAUCUGCAUCUCAUCAUAGAGAUUCAUUGAGGAAGCCGCACUAGUGGCCGUCUCAGUGACUGCCACUGGGGGUUUCCCUAGGAAGUAAUGAAAACACUUCAGCAAGCUGAAGUGCUUUUGGGGUGUGGAGUGGUCCUUUAACCCCUUAAGGACCAAACCUCUGGAAUAAAAGGGAAUCAUGACAUGUCACACGUCAUUUGUCCUUAAGGGGUUAAGGAACUGCCUUGGUUUAUUUUUUAUUUAUUUAUUUUUUUGAGACUUUGAUGUCAUCUAUAUGGAAAUAGUCACGCACAUAAUUUUUAUAUAUAUAUAGUGUGUGUGUAUUUGAAUACAAUUGGGAUUGUUCAUGAUCACGGUUUCCUUCUGCAUAGUCGAAUAUAUUAUUUCUAUAAAUCACAAAAAGAUGCUUUUAAAAUUUUAGUAUAAAAAAUCUGGUUGAUUAGUUGAAAAAACAUAGUUAAAGGUCAAGGUUUCAUUGGCUGCAUGCAGUCUUUAGCACACAAAUUUUUUUUUUUUAAGCAUUUGCCAUUAUGAAAGCAACAAUUUAACUAUGAUCUUAUUAUCCAAUAACACACUGUGCCUUUUGUUUUGCUCAGUAAAUAUCAGCAUAACACCACAUCUCACACUGCCUUCAUCAACACUCUUUUUCAUUAUAUCCGUGUUACUUUAUGAUCUUUUCACCUAACCUUUGUGCCGCAUUUGUUUCCUUUAAUUUUACAUUUUGUCCCAGUUGAAUGUUUUAACCCUUUGUGAGCGAUCAUGUACACUAGAUGCAAUGUUCUCCUGUUUCAUUCCCAAUCUGCAUCUUUAUUGUCCAGUUUACAGGUGGAUGGGAGAUAUUUUGGAACAGCUGUUUGGUAUAAUUUCCCUAUAUUUAGUUUUGCAGCUGAUUCAUUAUGGUUGCCUAAAAUACUUAACCUGUUUUCCAUAGUCCUUAUACAGAUAUUGUCAAGAUUGGACUCUUGAUAUCAAAUGCUACCCUUUGCACUCAGCAGGGUCCAUUUAGGGAAGACUGCUGGAGUACAAAGUAGUAGGCUAGUACUUAUUUGCAUGGAGCUAUGCAUCAAACAAAUUGUGUGGACUUCCACUUUAUUUGGAACUUUAACUCCUAUAAUGCUCUAUGAACUUUUAGUACUCCAUGACAAUGCUAGUUUUGUUAGUGCGAUGUAGACCAUGUAUGUGAUACCUGCUGACACCUGUCUGCAAAGGUUAGUGUCUACCAUGCUCCUGCAACAGUUUGUGUGUGAUGGUUGCAUUGUUUGCUUUUUAUUUGUGUUUGUGUUUGUUUGCCAAAGUUAUGACUUUUUUUUUCACUUUUAAAAUAAAUCACACCCAAAUGCAUUGAAAACAUUUCACAGAGAUAAACAAUGUAGUUAAUGUAAAAGAUUUAACUUGCAUCACCUGCGGUCUGCUGCCGCCAUGUCUUCAGCUUUCUAGGUGUUAUGCUUCAGUAACAUCCACCACAUGUCCACUAGUUUCUGCUUUCAUUUGAUUUGCUGCCUUGGGGACAUUUUCCCAAGCAGGGAAAUCUUUGUCCAUGACAGAAACGCUGACUUCAUUGUCAACAUGCCGGCGUCUAAACGAUGUGAUGUUAGCCACUCCAUAGCUAUACUCCCUAACUAGUACUAACCGUGUUGGCUAGAGAGCAACCAUGGUAACUACAGUACAUGCCUUGUGAUUGUUUUUUUAUUUUUUUUAUUUUAUGUAAAUCGUAUUUUAUUUGAGUAUUUCAAGGAUAAGGAAAUGUAAAAAAAAUGAAGAGCAUGCAGGCUCCGAAAUGGAAAUACAGCAUUACACAUUCUCCAGGAUGUACAUUAAGAGAAUGUAAUUGAAUAUCGGCAGUUGUAAAAGAAAAACAUACCUCAGCAUAUUUACAAAGUGAACCUUGCUACUCUUGUGGAAACACUUAAUAUUUCCCCUCUCGCCUUGUUUAGGCUGCCUGAUUAGGUCACCCCCUUCUACACAGCUUAAGUCAACCCUCUGUGACAUUUCCGUAGUGGGAUCAAUGCCUGCUGCCUCAUUAUCUGCCCAACCAGUAGGAGUUAAUGCAUGUGGUUACUGGUAUCAGAGAGGGUGCACAAACUGUUGGGUCAAAUUGCACAUUUCUUGAAAAUGUGUGUGGCAUGUAAGUGCAUAGUUGGAUCAGGAGCAAAGCUACCCAUCUGCCACUCCCUCCCCAGCGCUUUGCCCUCUGGCAACUGCGGCGCCCCCACCGCCUCCCGCCCUGUCCGCCACUUAGAGGAACCAUGGGCGCUACUGGUCUGCAUGUUUUUCCUCUUGUGCCUUGCAGUGCCGCCUGGAUGGCCUCCGACGCCUGAAUAUCUUCCACUUGUUCCAGCCACUGUUCCUUGAUGGGGGUCAAAUUUUGUGUCCAAUAAACCGGGAUCAGAAGUCGAACAAUGGCCUUUUUAUACGUUGGAAUUGUCAUCGAGGUGAGAAGCAAUAAGGCAAACUCGGCAGGGAGGUGUUAUUGCUCAUUGUGGUCCGUAUCAUGUCCCAGAAAGGUGCGGUCAUGGGGCAACUCCACCAGAUAUGUUUGAUCAUCCCCUCUCCCAGGCCGCACCUCCAGAAGAGGUAUAUCCUAUAGGAUGGUAGAUGUGCGAUACCAGCCGGACAGAAGCUUGUAACUGGUUUCCCCAGCCAUACCGCUGCAUGCACAGACAUUUCCGUUCCUCCCCAGUCCAAGGCUGACCAUUGCUGAUGAGGGUGUGCGGCGUGCCAGUCAACAAUCCGAUGCAGAGUCGCUGCUUGAUGGUAUUUUUUAAAAUCUGGAAGGGCCAGGCCUCCCCACUGCCUAGGUAGGCAUUUGCAAGUUGUAUCGAAGGUGUGAUCUUUCCCCUCUCCAGACAUGUCGGAUCACUGCAGUUUUCAGAGCGGAGAAGAACAAUUUGGGUAGAGACAAUGGCACUACUUGAAAUGGGUAAAGCAACCUUGGUAGAAUAUUCAUCUUAAGGACCGCUAUAUGGCACAGCCAUGAUAUGUGCAGGUAGGCCCUGCUUCUGAGGUUUCCCAACAUUUUCCAUAGGAGGGGUUCAAAGUUAGUUGUAUAAUUCAGCCGGGUUCUCUUUCACCCAAGUACCCAGGUAUUUCAUUUUUUGGUUGCACCAGCGGAAAUGGAAGUGAGGGCUUAGGGUAAUAAGCGGAAAAGAGACGUUAAGCACUUUGUGAGGUUCAGCUUGAGGCCCGAUAUUGCUCCAUAGUCCUCAAAUUCCCUCAUCAAGCAGGGCAACGUGAUGCGCGGAUUUGUUAUGAAGAAGAGGUCAUCCACGUAUGCAGCUACCUUAUGUUCCGUGUUCUCCCAUCGGUAUCUGAUGACCGCCACGAGAAAUGGCUCAAGCGAGAUGACGAAAAGCAAGGGCCCCAGGGUGCAUUCUUGUCUUGUGCCAUUAAGAAUCGGGAAGUUGCUAGUCAGGGCUCCAUUGACUCUCUCUUGCGUUGGGGCAGCUGUAUAAUGAAGCUAUCCAGCUUCUUAGUUUGUUGCCGAAUACCAUUGCAGCCAGCGUGGAGAACAUGAAGGCCCAGUUCACUCUAUCAAAUGCUUUCUCUGUUUCCGUGGAGAGCAACAACGCAGGUUUGUUUUCCUUGCGUGCGAGCUGUUGUAACGCAAAGAGACGUAGGGUGCUGUCCCUAGCUUCCCUGCCUGGAAUGGAUACGGUUUGGUCUGGGUGUAUUAGCCCUGGCAAGUGCGGCUGCAUCCUAGUAGUCCACAGUUUCGUGAGCAGUUUGACAUCCACAUUCGGGAACGAGAUUGGUCCGUAGCUUCCGCAUGAUUCUGGGUCUUUAUCGGGUUUCAAUAAGACUGUAAUUGUGGCGGCCAGGGAUUCACUGUGGAACUCUCCACCUUCUGGUAGUGCAUUGAAUGCCUUAGUAAGCCUCGGGGUUAAGAGAUGUGAGAACUGCUUGUAGUAUACGAUUGAGAGGCCAUCUGGGCCGGGGGCCUUUCCAGACUUGGCGACCUUAAUUGCUCCCAGGAUUUCUUCCUCCCCUAUUGGCGCAUCCAUUAGUUCUGCUGCCUCAUUGGAAAUCCGAUUAGGUUUGUAUCUACCUAGGUAAUUCUGCUCCUGUGUCAGAAGCCUGCUCUGGUCCCCCGAGUGUAAAAUACCUCUCCCCCCUCCCCCCCAUUUAUUGGCAUGUGUAUAGAAGAAACCAUUGGACCACUGGAUGCCUCUGAAAUGUUUGCUUGUCAGAAGAUCAGUAAGCGAGCUGCGUGCCUCCAGGAGGUCCACAUAUACAGAGUCUGAGAGAUCGUUUAUGUUGGGACUCCAGUUGAGCAAUGCGAUUCCACAGGUCUUCGAGUUGUUGCACCGCCUCCUUCUUUCUAGUGGCGAUACCUAUCAGGCAGCCCCUGAUAACACUUUUGUGUGCCUCCCACAGCGAGAGACGGUACAUGCCGUCUGUGUCAUUCUCUUCGAAGUACAGGCUUAGUUCACUUGCCACUUGUUCUUUGAGAUUUAGAUCCAGCAGGAUUUGUUUAGCCGCCAGGUCCAUUCUGUCUGCUUUGAUAAGUGAGAUUCCACUGUAAUUAAGACUGAGCUGGUCCGACCAGGUGGAGGCAGCUAUCGUCGCCGAGAGCAACCAAGUGAGAUGUUCCUGUUGCAUGAAUCUGGCCAGUAAUUUAUCCGCGCAUACCGGUCAUGUAUCGCCGGAUAGUGCCUGUAGUCCCUAUCCGCUGGACUGCACGCUCUCCAACAGUCCACUAGUCACAGGUCUCACAGCGCAUUGCCAAUUGCCUUAAAUGCGUCCUUGGGUAAUGCAGCUGUGUCCGGUGGAAAAAUCCUUCCGUGGACCCAGUGUUGAAGUCCCCCGUCCACCCGUCCCCCCGCUGUGAUCCGCUUAUCCGCGACCUUCCCCUUGAUAAACCGGUACCUGCCCUCUGGGUCUCCACAGUGGUCCAACUCCAGAAACUUUUGCGUGGCGGCUAGGAGCAUUGCCACUUCUGCUUUCUUAGUAGUUUUAUUGAUGCUGAAAUAAUUAGUGGGAUAAAAUCUAUUUUGUAGCCUCAGAGCCAUACUCCCAAGGAAGUGAGCCUCUUGCAAGAAGGCUAUGGACUCACCCUGUGUUUUUAUUUCGCGCAGCACAUACGUACUGCAUUUUGGGGCGUUAAGUCCCCUGCGGUUAAGGGUGAGGGCAGAAAAUGGGGCCGGCCGGUAUGUAGUGCUACUGCCCCGUAAGGCGUGCAAGAGUAAGGUCCACAGAGGAACAGGAUCAAUUGUAUGUGUGCAAGGAGGUUAUAAGAUGGACGUGGGGAGGGGGGGAUGGUGGUGUAUGGCGUGUGGGUCACCCAGUCGCACCCCACCCUUCUGUCCGUAGGUGGUGGUUGGCUGGGAAGCUCUAGGAAGGGAAAAGGAAGAAUAGAUAGAUAAGUGGGAGAAGAGAUCUACUACCCUCUCUGCCCCAGGUCCAAAAGGAAUAGGCCUAUCCCCAGUCAGUAAGCGAGCAGACUCCUCCCCCCCCCUUUUAUGGUUGACUGUUCACUAUUAGCAUAUCCCCUCUCGUAGUAGCAGCCCCCCCUCCCCCCAUUUAAAAAAAAAAAAUUGAUUACCAUUUAUGUAGAUUAUGGGUUCCCUCUACGCCUGCUACCCUUCCUCAUUGCUUUACACGGUCUGCCCCCCCUCUAUCCAUACAUGUGCCCCCCUUCCCUGCAGCUCUCCUAACCCGUGUUACUCGGUCCAUAUGUCCCUGCCGGAGCUGUUGCUUGGUGCUGCCUCUCCCAUUGCUCCAUCCCCCACGGUCUGCGUUCAGGGCCGUCGUUCUUCCCUCCACCCCAGGCCUUUCCCACCGGGCUCUAUUGAAGCUCUCAUCCAUCAAUAUGUCAGGGCGUCGGAAAUCUAGCGGAUACAAUCAUCUUGUACACACAUAACCAGUAUCAUUGCAUCACUUUGGCGGGGGGGGGGGCAACAAGACCCGUGGGUGGUGAUCGGGGCCUGUGAGCAUAAUUGACCUGUCCAUCUCCCUAGGAAUAUGGGGUCUCAGCUUGUUAGGGCAAAAUGGGCAUACUCAUAACCUUACAUUGGAACCCCUCUCUGCGGUGCUUUACAGUUCCUGCAGCAACUGUUAAUGCCCAAAAUUCGGGUAUGGAGUGACACCAGUGGCUCAGGGUUUGGUAACCGUGCUCUGAGGCGUGUAGGAUCCUGUGAGGAAAUGGUCCAUCAUCCCGGAUGUAACACAAAUGUGGGGGUGGAAUCAAGUCCCACGCUAUGCCAACCGUCCACUCCCUCCCCAUCCAGACCCUUCCCCCUCAUAGCAUUGAACAAGGGAAUCCCCGGGAUAGGUACGGCAUGGUUGUAAAUUGGAUCUUGAUGGGUCAGACCAUAUCCUUAAGGUGCGACCCAAUCCGUGCCUGUGCCCUGUCCGUGUUGGUAGGCACCAAUGUGCAGAAGCAAAAUCCCUCCCCGUCUCCCCCAAAAUGUGUGGGGCACCUGUCCCCCACUCCAGUAAAGUGCUCCUCCCCAACCCCUCCAGGGCCUUUAAACUCAGGCUAUACAUAGAUACGGGGCCCCCAGUGUACCUUAAAUUACCAGAAGCCACGUGAAUGAAGAAUGCUCCUUACUCUUCCGGGAUCUGGGUGCCGUCUGGGAGGAGGGCCCUCCGAAGAUUCCUCCCUUCUGCAGCGCUGUGGUCUCAGCGGACGGGGCCUCUGGUCCAAGGGCCCCAGAACCCAGCUGGUGACAGUCUGAGGCGGGAGCUGCAGUUGCUGCAGGAAUGCAGGCACGUCUUCUGGCAAACGAACAGAAAGCCAUUCGUUCUGGUGGCGUACUGGCAGAACGGGAAGCCCCAUCUGUAAGGUAUAUUCUGCAUUCUUGUAAAGCGGUGGUCACUGGUCUGAGUGCUCUUCUAGCUUCCAGGGUAAAUGGUGACAGGUCAUGGAAUAAGGCUACCUGUGCGCCCUGAAAGUCCCAUGUCUGUCUGCUGCGGGCCUUGCGCCUGAUGGUAUCUUUGAGCUUGUCUGAGCUCAGGCAACGUAUCAGAUCCCGUGGAGCAGCAUUUUCCACUCGAGGAAGCAGUGCACGUACUGACGAACUCCAUGGUGCUCAGUGCUUCGUCCUGGGGGAUGGAGCGUGUGACGGAACGCUGGCACUCCGACUGAGUACCUCCGCCAAUCGAUGCUCCUAGUGCUCGCUGAGGACUCCAAGCACUCCAACUGACACCAUCAGCACUGCAGACCCCACUUCCAGCGAUGCAACUGCGCCGGGGUCUCUGCUGUCUCCACCCACCCUGGACCCUGAACCUCUCUUUCCCCAGAGAGCAGGAACAGGAACAAGCUCUUAGCAGAACUUAGUGAUCAUACCCUGGGGAGUAUAGUGAUUAUAGCAAUCCCCAGAGUGUAUUUCUCCAAUCCCCCAAACAUGAGCCAAGGCUUAAUGCUGGAACAAGACUGAUUUACUGGCACACAGAACUCACAAUUUAUGCAACACAAAACUUCUCCUCUGGGCCAGGCUAGAUAAUUGAGUUUCUACAAUACACAAAGCUCAAUUAUAUGCUGGCCAGAAAUAAUACAGUUUUUACAGCAUUCAUAACUUCUAAAAUAUACAUCACAUUCACAUAAAAAUUAUAUAUUCACAAUCAAUCCAUUCAGGGAAACAAUGUAUCAAAAAAGGCAUGAAUCAGACCAGGGGUUCAGAAGUUAGUAAAGUAUCUUUUGGGGCCUGGCUGGCAGCAUGACUAUCUGGCCCAAACUGGUUUUACAGAGCCCUCUAGCCUGGAGACAAUGGGGAAAGUAAUCCAAUUAUCCAGGGAUAGAGGCAGACUCCAUUGAGCACAUGUUCCCAGUAAAACACAAAGGAUACAAAAAUACAUAACUCCUAUCAUACUGAAUUGAACGGGCCAAAUCUCCCAGGGUCCAUAGUCACAGGGCAAGAGGCGGGCAAGCAGUCCUCUCCAGGCACAAGUGGCGAAGGGCAUUUCGUCACAGAGCGAACCAAGCAGGUAAGGAGCCUCUCCGCAUCUUCAUCCCCUUCAAGCUCAGUCACUCCCUGCACCUACGGCUGCAGUUGUCGAGAUCUUCCUUUUGGUGACGCAUUUCUAAUGGCAUGGUGCCUUGCCGGGACACCGUCUGGUCCGUGGCUGCGGCUCGUGCCUCUACGCCUUGGGAUGUUCGCUCCAGGUCCCGAAUAUGGGUGCCAUGCGCUGCCACCUGCGGAUCCCAGCCAGCUCCGUCUUGAUGGUGUCAUUGAUCGUGGAGGGAAGUUGCUGAAGGUCCGUUUUAGUCGCCAUCGACGCAGCUAGGGACCUCAAUUCCAUACAGAUGCUAUCAAGGGUAGCAUGGUCGGAUCCCGCUGUGAAGCCAGCGAGGAUGACGCCAUAUUGGAAUUGGCACGGUAGGCCCCAGCCGGGGUUUGGAGGAACCCAUCCAUAGGUCCCAUUUGGGAGCUGGGAUUUGCGCUCCUGGGGGAUCAGUACGCUUGGUUCGCCCCAUUUGGGCUCUUGGUAGUAAGUUAAUAUUGAAUUUUGUGUGGAAUUAAGGCUUGGAGGAGCAGAGCUUAUGAGUAAUGCCGCCAUGCCGGUUGGAGUCCAAGCCACGCCCCCGCCGCUUUGUGAUUAUGUUUGGAGAACAGGAGGACUGCCUGUAGGAAGUAAUUUCUCCCCUAUUACUCUGUUCUUUGGCACAGGAGGCUAUACUGAAGAAUUGAGAAGACAGGUGGAAGAAAGAUCUAUAUUAAAUAGGUUUUUCUCACAACCUACACAUUUGCUAGCAAAAUGAAUAGAUAUGAUUUUAUAUCUUUUUUAAAAAGAGCAUAAGUUAAAGAUACCAUGACCGGUACACUUUCUAACUUGGCAUUAAAGUGUAUAUCGUUUUACGUUAUUAGGAUACUGACCGCUACCACAGAUGAAUGAUACCUACAUAAAAUUAAUAUAAAAUAUACCCUAUGGAUCAAAUGAUCCAUUUAUGUAUACUCUCCAGAACAAAUACAAUAAGCUGUAGUUCUUCUGGUUGACUAUAGUGACCCUUUAAAUUAUGCUCAGAAGUAUUAAUUGUGUGUCUCUGUGUACUUUGGUGUAAUUACUGUAUGGUUUUUUUUUCGUUUUUUUUCUGUAACCUUAGUUUCCAGCUUUGGCUUAUCUUAAAAUUUCGAUUAUGUAUAAAUGUAUUUCUACCUUGCCUACUUCCCCGUUAUCCGUUUUGUACUUUUGUUUAUGUGUCUGUCUGUUUUCUUAUGUCUGUUUUCUUAGUUAAAUUGUUAAUGCACCAGAUCAUUGAAGCAGGAAGAAUAGAUAUUGUUGUAAAGGGAUUUAAGUGCAUGGGGCUUAAUAUUUAAUACAUUUAAAAGCAUAGAUUUGGUGUGCAAGCCAACUUGGAUUUGCAAUAUUUAAUAGAUUUUGCUAUUACCAAAUAUUGUUGAGGGACAACAGCCUUAUAUGAACAUUCGUAAGGUAUGUCCCAAGACAAAAUUCAGCAAAGUUUAUGAACUUCUGUAUUGGCCGAAUUUUAUCUAACCAUGUGGGAAAACCUUUUAUUUUAUUCUUUUAAAAAUAUUUCUUUCCAUAAAGAAACACUUCUGUUUUCUGUGAAAUAAAAGAAUAAAUAGUGAAUGUAAAUGUAUAUAUUAAAUGUGUAUUUGUGGAGGAGAGGUAAAUAUACAGGUCUUAUUUUUUCUUUAUUUUCCAUUUUGGAAUAGGUGGGCCUUGCAGUCAAAUCACCCUCUGCCCAAAGAAAUAAUUUUGCACAAAAAUUGCAAUCCCCUACACCCCAUUCUUUCUUCAUGAUGAUUUAUUGUUACACCUUAGGAACAUUAGUAUCUUUUUAACAAAUUCCAAGCAAAACAAAUCCAUUACAGAGCUUUAAAUUGUACUUCUUUUUACGCAAAGUGAAAUUAGGUGACAUGAUUUGUUUCCUUCAUAAAAUCAAUUUGCCUUAGUGUUAAUACUGAUUAUAUUUUCAAAAGAGAUUCCUAAUUAUAUUAUCUCUUUAUAACAAAUUCUAAACUUUAGGAAAAGGAUAUAUAUUAUAAUACAAUAGUGCCUUCCACAGCUAAAUAAAAUAAUCCAGGUGUAAUAAAUAUAGUGAUUUAUACAAAAUGAAUGAAUAAAUACACUUCCCUUUAAGGAUAAUAAACCCAAAGAUCCUCAGCAUAAUCUUCAAAAAUAACUAAUAUACACAAAUGGGGAAUAUCCUGUUAGGGAAAAAAAUGGCACAACAAAUCAUUUACACUCAUUACUAAAUUAAGUCAAAGCAGUCCAACUUUAAUUCAAGGGUUGGUUUGGUUAAAGCUUUAUGCCAACCUAUUUAAUUAUGCUUCACUUUACGGUUAACUUUUUCUGAUAAUCUACUAGGGAUCGACCGAUAUUGAUUUUUUAGAGCCGAUACCGAUACCGAUAUUCUGUGAACUUUCAGGCCGAUAGCCGAUAUAAUUUGCCGAUAUUCUGUACAUUUACCAUUUUGGAAAAUAAAAACAAUUUCUAAAGGUAAAUGCACAAAAUAUACAUGCCACAUGUAGUGAAUGCAGUGUGUUUAGACAGGGGAGCUGUGUGUGUUUGUGUAGUGUGUGUAGUGGAUGCAGCGUGUGUUUGUGAAGUGUGUGUGUGUGUAGUGGAUGCAUUGUGUGUUUGUGUAGUGGAUGCAGUGUGUAUUUGUCGAGUGUGUGUAUUAGUGUAGUGUGUAUAUAAUGAAAGCAGAGUGUUUGUUUAGUGUGUGGGUAGUGUGCAUAAAGUGAAUGCUGUACUAAAUGCAAAGUGUGUGUGUGUAUUUGUGUAGUGUGUGUGUGUGUAUAGUGAAUGUAGUGUGUUUAUAUAAUGCAGAGUGUGUUUGUAUAGUGUGUGUGUGUGUGUGUGUGUGUAUAUAAUGCAGAGUGUGUGUGUAGUGUGCAUUAUAUAAACACACUACACAAACACACUGCAUUAUAUACACAAACUAUGCAAACACACUGCAUUAUAUACACACACUACACACACACACACUACAUUAUAUACACACUAAACAUAUACACUACAUUAUAUACAGUGUGUUUGUGUAGUGUGUAUAUAAUGUAGUGUGUGUGUAUAUAAUACAGUGUGUCUGUAGUGUGUGUAUAUAAUGCAGUGCGUUUGUAUAGUGUGUGUAUAUAAUGCAGUGUGUGUAUUUGUGUGCAUUGUAUACACACACACUAUACAAACACUAUACAAACACACUGCAUUAUAUACACACACAGCAUUAUAUACAGUGUGUUUGUGUAGUGUGUGUGUGUAUAUAAUGCAGUGUGUGUUUGUAUAGUGUGUGUGUAUAUAAUGCAGUGUGUGUAUUUGUGUGCAUUGUAUACACACACACUAUACACACACACACUCCAUUAUAUACACAGUGUGUUUGUGUAGUGUAUGUGUAUAUAAUGGAGUGUGUGUGAGGGGGCAUUUUUUUAUUAAAUUAUUAUUAUUAUUUUUUUAGAUUUAAUUAUUUUUUGUUUGUCCCCCCUCCCUGCUUGUUGCCUGGCCAGGGAGGGGGGAUAUGACAGUCCCUGGUGGUCCAGUGGCAUUGGCUGAGCUCUGGGGGGAGCGGGCAUCAAGCGCUUACCUCCCAGCAGCUCCUCCAGCUCCCCAGUGCAACUCUCGCGGCCAGCGUGUCGCGCGGAGCGUUGCCAUGGUGACCCAUGGCAACGCUCUGACGGCCAGGGGUCUCGCGAGAGUUACGCUGGAGGAGCUGCUGGGAGGUGAGUAAGCGCUUGAUGCCCGCUCCCCCCAGGACCGCCGGGCUUGUAAUGAGCCUGGCGGUCCUAGGAGGUAUUAUCGGCAAUAUCUGUAUCUGAAUUGGCCGAUACCGAUAUUGCCGAAAAUACCGACUAUCGGCCGAUUAUAUCGGUAAAACCGAUAAUCGGUCGAUCCCUAUAAUCUACCUGUAUUUGCUCUUAAAAUGGCAUUUGUGCCAUUUUGAGUCAUAUAGUUAAUGUAUGUAAUAACUUCUUGUUGAUCAAAGACAUAAUCUCGCUCCCACUUUGAAGCCAAGACAUUUUUCUCCUAAUUUGUGACUAAAUUGCGAAUCACUUCAAAGUGUGCGUUUUUUUGUUUUUGUUUUUUUUUUAAAUCAGCAGCUGUAAUACAGAUAUGACUGAAAAACCUGUUUGGCCAGUGUAUUUUUUUCAAUCUAUAUUAGUAUGUAAUAAAGGUAUUUAUUCAAACACUCAUGAAAAAAACUAAUAUAUAUUCUCUUCUAAUAACACUUGCAAAUUAUGUUUUAGAAGGAAGACUUUCUCAAAAGUAAAUUAUUUGUACACAGCCAUAUAGAAAGACAUUUUGCUGGAUGAUUUAAAAAGUGAUCACAUAUUUCUCCUGUUAACCCCUUAAAGGACCACUAUACAGUGGCUGUCUCAUUGACAGCUGCUAGAGGCGCUUCAGCACUUUUCACUGUGAAAAUCACAGUGGGUAGACGCUGGCGUCCAUAGGAAAGCAUUGAGAAAUGCUUUCCUAUGGACUGAUUGAAUGCGCGCGUGGCUCUUGCUGCACAUGCGCAUUCAGCGCUGACGUCGGGAGCCCAGCGCUGGAGAAAGGUAAGUGAUUAAUCCCUUCCUCCCCCUUCAGCCUGGCGGGAGUGGGACCCUGAAGGUGGGGGGAGGGGACAUACAGACCCUAUAGAGCCAGGAAAACUAUUUUUUCCUGGCACCAUAGUGGUCCUUUAAAGGACAAAAAGGCUUUAAUCUGAUGUGACAUAUACAUAUAUAAAUUCUUAUUUAUUGUAAAGAAAAUGGCUUUUUUUUUCACAGUUCAGGCAAUAAUAACGUGUGUAUAAUAAGUGCAGCUUAAGAAAAGUCAUUUUAAAAAAUCCAUUAGUUCUGAUUUUCAGAGUACAUAAUAUGUCUAGGAUUUCAGCUUAUUUUGAAAGUUACCGUUCACAAAAUACAAGGAGUAAAAUAAAACUUUAAUGUGGAAAUAUUUUAGAAUUUAGAACCCAACAGUAUAUAUUUAUAUAAAGCACAUAUCACAGGCUAUUUACCCAAGGGUAUUCUGACACUUUUUACAUAGCCAUUUCGCCGCCAAUCUCUGCUAAAUAGUGUAGUAAAAUUGUGUUUUUUCAGAUUUCUAACACAUAAAACAAGGUUUUUUUAAUGUGUAUUUCAUAAAACUGUUGUAUACUACUGCUGUAGAAAACCCCAUAUUGUGUUCAGCCAUAUCUACGGAGUAAAACAAUACCCCCAGUCUAUGCCUUUGCCACUAUCCUUUGAAGCUACAGUGCCAUAAGAGACCUGACCAUUUCAGUUUUCACAGUGAUAAUUUUGAUAGAUUAAUUUGAUGGGUACAAGUCUCAUUUUGGGGCAUUGUAGCAGUUUGACUGUUGAAUUUAUCACUCAAGGGCCUACCAUUUGUGAAAUUAGACACUACAGUGUAUCUCAUAUGGUGUGUAUUGUGCCUUAACGUGAUGGUAUUCUUUCACCAGUUUAUGUCAAACUUUGUGGUAAUUUGUUUUGUUUUUGUUUGUUUUUUUGCAUUUUUUACAUACACAUUACAUUUUUGGGGUCAUUUGUCAAGUCUGGUAUGUGCCACUGUGAUCAAACCCCCAUAAUUAUGCUCGGCAAACUCUUCUGAAUAAAACAAUACCCCCAAAUGUAUGUCUUUGCCACUAUCCUGUGAAGCUACAGUGCCUUAAGAGUCCUGACCAUUACCAUUUUUACAAUUAGAAUUUUGAUAAAUGGAUUUGAUGUGUCUAUUUCACAUUUUAGGGCAUUGUAGCAGUUUGACCGUUAAGACUACUCCAUAAAUGCAUACCAUUUGUGAAAGUAGACACCACGGACUAUGUCAUAUGGUAUAUUUUGAGCUUUAUUAUAUAGUUCUGUUAGUACCAAUUUCUCUCAAAUUUUAUAACAUUUUAUUUUUGUAUUUUUAUACAUACACAUGUUGUAUUUUAGUGGUUAAUUUUGGAAACUUGAUAUAUGCUACUGUAAUUUAAAUCACUAAAUUGUUCUCGGCUGUAUUUCCUGAGUACAAAAUUACCCCUUUGUAUAGCUUAGCCAGGUGUUUGUGAAAAUACAGGGAUAAAAUCAUACCUGGCCCAGUACAGGUUUUUGUUUUUUGUUUUUUUUUUAAAUGGCAAAUUGACAAUGGGUCUGGUUUCAUUUUGGGGCAUUUUAGUUGCUCAUAUAUUUAAAUUACGCCACCAAUGCAUACCAUUUACAAAAGUGGACACCAUGGGGUGAAGGGACAUGUUACCAUUUUGUUUCAAAGUUUGUGGUAUUAAUUUUUAUUUUACAUACACAGUAUUUUUUAUGCUUAUUUUUUUUUUAAUCUUGUGUGUCCCACUGUCAUAAAAUUAUCUUAGCUGUACUCUGCAACAUCUUCUCAGUACAAAUAUACCCCAUAUGUGUAUCUUUGGAAAAUAGCAAUCUUAAUCCCAAUCUAAAUCCCUAAUCCUAAACCAAGCCCUAAUUCUAAACCAAAUCCUAUUCCCAUAUCUAAUCAUAAACCCUUACCACAAUCCUAACCCAUAAAGUAAUCCCAUGUGUAACCCUAAUUAUAACAUUUAUCCUAAUCUCAAUCCUACCUCUUGCAAUAGUGUUAAAAUGAUUCCCCAUGCUGGUGUCAGCAGAGGAAUUCCCUUGCUAUAUUCAGCAAGGGAUGCCCGUGCUGACCGUAAUCCUAAUCUGAAACAUAAUCCCAAUACUACAAUUAAUUAUAAACCUAAUCUUAAUUAUAAACCCUAAUAAUAACCCUAAUAAUAAACCUGAUAAUAAAUCUAAUACUUAUUCUAAACCAAAUAAUUAAUUAUCCUUAAUUGUAAUCCUUAAUUUAAUCUUAAACUAAAACACAGUGGUACGUUGCUGCCAUCUAUUGGCUAUUUUCAGUAUUGCAGUCUCCUAUCUCUUACAUUGAAGGCAUUAUGCCCAAUGCAAUGCGAUCUGUGCAACUGAAAAAGCCCAGCACUGAUCAGAAUGGCAUUGGGGCAUAGAGGGUGACCCUCCAGGGUCUGUUCAGACCCUGGGGGGGGGAGCUCCCAAGCACCAGAUCACUUGUGCUUGGGAGGCUUGAGAGGCUGUUUUUUUGAUCGUACUGCAUUGAUAUUUUAAUAUUGUGGUCCCUGAGGAAGUCCCAUACUUUAUAGAGGGGACGAAACGCGUAGGACCUCUAUUUGUAUCUAUUUUAUAUUUUUAUACAAUUAAAGCCACUUUUUUCAUAUCUUCACCCGGAGUCCUGCAUUUUGAGUGCCACCCCCAUAUCAUCAGGGGUGGCACCAUAUACGCCUGAACUGUCCAAUAUCCUGUGAGUGCAUUUCAUAUUGCGCAGUGUUAAUAUUGUAAAACUGUGUAUUACACUAUACUUCUUUUUAUUCAUCUCCAUUUAGAUAAUCAGCCGGUUCCCUAGUUGUGUUUUGUAUAUUAAGAUAUGGUUGUUUUGUUGCGGUCCCUUUAAUUUAAAAGUGCAGUAAUGUCUGAGUUUGCACUCCUGAUCUAAAAGACCUAUUUAGAAGACUACAAUCAAGCAGCCAGGUUAAGAUUAAGGGGCCAGCAAUUUCUUAAACAAAAAAUAUAUUUUUAUAGGCAAUCUCGCACUAAGGCUAGUUCAGACAUGCACACUUUAUGGGAUAUAUCCGCUGUUCAUAUUUCUGCAUUUAAAGAAAGCAAGUAAUGAAAAUUGUAGGAAAAUAGAGUGGAAAAAAAUAUAUACUCCAACGAAACUUUAUUCUGAUUGUUUAUUUGGUGUUGGUUGUGUUUUGUUUUGUUUGUUUGUUUUUUGGGGUGUUGUUUUUUUUUUUUUGUUUUGUUUUUUUUUUAGUCUAAAUUCAUAAAAUGAGAGUUUAACAACGAGAAAUUUUGAAAUUGGAGUCAUGACUGAAAGAACUCCAAGUCCGUAUUUCUCAGCUUGAAUACUGAAUAACUUGAAUACCUGAAAUAUAAAAUUUCCUUUUCAAUUCUGUAAAAUUCACAGUUUAAAAACUAAACAUUUCAAGUGACCAUCAAAAAGAAUAGAAAAGUACACUGAUGGAAGCUGCCUUGUAUUUGUACUUACUAACUUAUUUUAAGACAAAAAAAAGACAGAUUUCUUUUAAUAUAUGUUUGUAUACUUGAUCUUUUUAUUUAUUGUGCAUAUUUCUUUAAUAAUGCAUUUAAAUCGGCACUGUCAUGCUGAACUUACCUUUCUUUAAUCGAUUCCUCUUCCUCCCUCGGUCAGGAUCUGUUCUUCAUUUCUUCCUGUCUGCUCUAGUUUUCUUUGAAACAUAACUACUUUGUCUUAUGGAGGUUUCAAAUUAUGAUUGCUCACUGCUCACUAUGGCUGCUCACUGUUUACUAGACAUGCCCCUACUCGCGGUAUAGCAAGUAGGGGCAGAAUUUACUAACAUUAAGUAAUCUUUACUUUGUAUUAGUAAAUUUGGCUGAAAGACCAAUUUAGGUCUUUCAGCUUUUUGGUAGAUCGCUCCCUGAUACCGUGGAAAUUAGGGAGUUAUCUACUAAGUGGCUGCAAGAUGCAGCCGCAGCGCAAGUAGGAUUGGAGUUUCAUUUAAAUUAAAUUCCGAAACAAAUUCCCGAAUUGCGUCCUAACACGAAUGGAGAAACUGUUCUCAUUCUGUUAGGACGAAAUUCGGUAUUUUCGCCGGCGUUCUGUCGAAGUGACAGGACGUUCGGGAAAACAAACAGGAAGCAUCGCAAGAUCACAGAUCAAAGGUGAGAACUGUGGGAAAAUUGCUUUGAUCACAAGAAAUGAAGCACACUUUGCUCCUCAGCUGGUCAAAGCUGGUCAAGUGUAGGAAACCUCCAUAAGACAAAGUAGUCCCUACUUUUGUCUUAUGUUUUAAAGAAAAUUAGAGCUGACAGAAAGAAAUGAAGAACAGAUCCUGACAGAGGGAGAGAAGAGAAAUUGAUUAAAGAAAGGUAAAUCCAGCAUGACAGUGCCGCUUUAAGAAAAAAAAAGUUUCAGCUCUGGAGUGCCCCUUGUGGCAUACUUUUUAGUUGGUUUACAGCACAUUAGUCACACACACACACACACACACACACACACACACACACACACACAAAAAAAACUAUUGAACUUUUCCAAGCUGGAAUCUGUACAUAUCAUGUGGUGUAUUUUCUGUUUUGUGGUUUUUUUGGAGGUGGGGGAGUGACUUGCAAUUAGGAGUAUUGUAGUUUUAAAUCCUAGAAAAUGUAAUAAUACUGCUACUUGUUGACCUGAAAUUAUAAAAUCAUAUGCAUGGAUACGGAUUACAAGACCACCUUCUGGUAGGUAAACAUUUAGUUUAGAAACAGUGUAUAGGCUAAAUUGAUGGUUUGAGUAGAUCACUCACACAGCAUUUUAAAAUGUAUUAAAACUUGCGAGUUGAUAUACUUUGCACAGGUAAAAUAUAUUCACAUAAAGAAACACCAAAGUCAUGUUGUUGCGGCGGAUGCCCUUUAGGUCUAAUGUAUUAUUAAAAGGGACUAACUCCAUUGUUUCUAAUUUACUUAGUUAACAGUGUUCACUUAAUUUGCUAGUUAACAAAUCCUGAAAAUGGCUUAAUCAUCUAACAUAUAGUUUCAAUUAUUCUAGAACACUUUUUUAUCAUUCCCUGUUGCAAAGCUCUGUAAAAUACACAACCUCUUCCUAAAUAAAUUGAAAAUAACUUUACAGUAAUCAUUUUUAUAUUUUCACAAGGGCCAGAUAUAAACAGAUGUAGCUUUGUUCACAAAUGUGGGAGGGAAAAGUAAAGGUUCCAAGAAAUCUCAGGGCUGCAUUUGCCUGCCUACAGUUUUAAUGUGAAUAAAUCAAUUGCUCCUUAUCAACGCAUUGUUUAAAUUUAUCAAAAUCCAGUUUAAAUAGCUUUAAAAUGUGUAAAUUCUUGGCACCAUGCUUUUUAAUACAUUAAUGGACACCUGUCGGCCCAAAUCAACUAAUGCAUUUUAUGUACAUUUAUGAUGGCAGGUUUGCUAGUAAAUGUAUAGUUUUGGGGAAAAAAAUCUAUUUAAAAGUAUGUCUUUCUCUCACCUACCAAUCAUUUUUUUCAGGCAUAGACUCCAUGAUAAAGAGCCCUCCCACAGACUGCUUUUUCUGCUUUCCAAAUCAUAGCAACCGGUUAUGGUUACUCCCUAGAUGACGCUGUUUUAGCAGUACAGGAACAGAGUGAAUAAAUGUCACUCCUUUCAGGCACCCGCAUGCUGGCAAUGAAGCCAGUAUGCCUGUCAUGCAGGAUGUUUGCCCUACUUGAUAAAGCAUCCCAAAGCAGGACAAAUCGGUAAAGACUGUGGGAGGAGUGAGAGUUGUACCCAUCUCUGUAAAAAUAAUGUGGCGUUGAAUCGGAGGGUAAGGUAAUUGCUUGACAGAUUGCCUUGAGGUCUUCUGAAUUGCAGGUUGUGUUAAUAUUUUUUUAGGAACAGUUUUUAAUUGUUUUAAAAAUAGAAGUUUUGUGAUAUUCACAAUCUUCAUCUACAUCUAUAUGAAUGUUUUAGGAAAUAAUGAUGUUUUGUUACAAGAGCACUAAACAAAGAAGCGUUAAAGUGUUCACCCGUGCAAUGAGAUCACUACCUAUGAAGUACAUAGUGGCACAAAUUCUCUUUGAAGCUAAGUACUGGAGAGUAUAAACCAGAAAACACAGGAGUUACAAGGUAGACGAGAUAGUUGAGAUUCAUAGUGAAGUUAGUUAGCCAACAGUCAGGGAGCAAAUGAACACUAGAGAAUGCACUAGCUUUAAGUCUCUAAGUGAGUCCAUGCACUUUGUAAAAUGGAAACAGACGACAUUCUUAACACAUAAUGCAUUUCAGAAAGCUGAAGUGCUCUAGUAAUCUGUAGUGUUCUGCACAUGCGCAUUCUAGCAUCUCUCUUUAAGUAGUUUUUUAUUUAACCCCUUAAGGACACAUGACGGAAAUAUUCCAUCAUGAUUCCCUUUUAGUCCAGAAGUUGUGUCCUUAAGGGGUUAAGCGCUGCCUUUUCAGAGGAAGGCAGUGUUUACAUUGUUGCCUAAUAAUGUAUUUAGAGCAGCUAACUACAAGGUAGCCACAGUUGACACAAUUAGCAGUGAGCCCGCACACUGGUGAUCCUGGCUUGGACUAAACGUGAAUAGACUGACCACAGACUGGCUGAGACUCUUGUUGCAUGUCUAUAUGCAGCUUAUCAAUUUCGCUUGCUGAUUGUGCAUUGUUAUUUAAUGUUUAGUUCUAUAUUGCUUAUACUGCCACUAGAGGUGCUUCCUGUGUCAGUGCUUCAGUGUGCAGCACCUACCUUCAGAAUUUCCACGCUCUGCAUGGAAAUGCUGAAUGCUCCCCAUAGACAUGCAUUUAUUCAAUGCAACACUAUGAAGAGUUGCUGAUUGGCGCAGUACUACGUUAUGCUGCACAUGCACACUAGCCUCCCAUUGUUUUCUUUUGGGAAAUCAUUGGAUUGGCUGAGAGUCUGUGUUCCAUGUCUGUGUUCCUGAUACUAUAUAGUGUUCCUUUAAGCUUUUAAUAGUUUCAAAUGUAACAAGGCAAGAUAAAACACAUGUAAUGGAGUCCUGUUUUUAAUAUAAGUAAAUGUCCUUAACAAAAAUGAGAGGACAAGCAUAUGUUUCAUUUAUAGGUUACUCUGUAGAAUAGUGAACUUGCUGUUGUGUAGGAUAAGAUCACAGGUACUCUCAAAGCUAUGUAGGUACUGGUACACUGCAAAAUAAUGUAUAAACGAAUAUCUGAUACAGGUGCUCACUAUGUAUUUAAAUAAUGGCUAAAGGCUGCAGUUUAUCACACAAGUAUUCCCCAACCUUGUGAAAACACAAAAUGGACAAAAACAGACAAUAGAUAACCUGCGUCUUAAAACCUUUAAAUCUUUGGGUGAGAUCACACACAAAAUGCAAAUACAUACAUUUAUUAACAAGGUCUUGUUUGUUGUAGAUAUCUCUAAAAGAAAAAAGGAACAAACAAUAUUAGUGCAAUACGUUUAAAAACAAACAAACAAAAAAAACUUACCGAAUAACCUUUUGUAACAAUGGCACACUUACACUUUCAAGAGCUACUGAGAGCUCUGCUGAUAUUGACGUGGACGGUACAAUAUGUUCAACAUUAGUGAUGGUAUUUCUUCAAUAAAGUACAAUAUAUGGAGACAUAUACGGAAACUUCCAAUAACGUAAUAUGUAUGAUGAAACUCAAAAUAAACUAGUGAUGGGUAUUCUUCUUACAUUUAGUAGUGUAUGAACCUGCUCUGGUAUGGUGGAGCAUUGGUGGUAUAAUCCCCACCUGUGAUAUGCAGGACCAACAUGUAGGAAAAACCAGAAAGUACAAAGUAAAUUCCAAAUAAAUAAAAUUUACAGGGAAAAACUUUUAUUCCAAAAAUAACAAACAGAAAAAAUAUAAUAUAAAAACUAUCCAAAUCUGGCUAAAAACCACACUUAACACCUUUCACCGUGGGGUUUCUUCAUAAGUGUGACAUUCAUUUGUGAAGAGUCUGUUUAUACAAGUAAAGUCUUAGUAUUCACAGGUGUUUGUAAAAGGUUCUCAUUGGCUUCCUGGAAUACUUCCAGUUUUCGGACAUAAACCGGAAGUGACACCGUUAAAUACGUCUAUAAUUGGUACAUCCAGCAAACGUAUGUAAAUCAGUGUAAUCCAGUAAAGGUGUCCGCCUAUCUUGCUUGAAAAUCGGUCGGUACAGCCAUAAUUCGAAAAUGGCGCUGUACCUAGAGGUUCGUAUGCGUGGCAACGGCAAGUCACCAUGCAUGUCUAAAGAGGAGUACUGUAGGUGGAGCAGCAAGUGGGUUUCCACAAGGGCUUCAUACGAUUACGCUUUCCAUGAGAAAGUCUAGCGUGUUGAAAAACCUUAUGUGCGCUUGCCAGGUUUUCCCUAUAGACUUAUGUCGGAGGAGGAGAAGUUCGACCCAGAGCUAGGACACCUCUGCACUGGAAUGUGUUUUUUUUUUUUUUAACUCUUUAUUUGUUGGGGUGAGAGGCACUGUAGUUUUAGGAAUAUAGCUUUGUAUUCCUAACACUAUAAUGUUCCUUUACAAACACCAAUUUACUCGAUUUGUGCCCAAAUCCAUUUCAGUUUAAAAAACAAACAAAAAAAAAAACUCCCCUUAAUCUAUUCCUGAUCAAAUUGAUCCAUCUGGGAUUUACCUGCAGAGUCUUACCGUAUAUACUCGUGUAUAAGUCGAUCUCAUGUAUAAGUCGAGUGCAGUUUUGUGACCAACAAUUGUGAAAUAUGCUAUGCCUCGUGGAUAAGUCGAGGGUAAAACUUGGGGCUAUGAAAUUCUGUGAUUUUUAUAAUUAUAUACACAUACACACUCAUACAAACACACACUCUGCAUUAUAUAUAUACACACUCUGUGGCUAGGGCUGUAUAAACAGAAAGUGAUUUAACUCCUAAAUGACAGUGAAUUGAGCAGUGAAAUUGCAGUGGAAUGAUCUAUACACUAAAACUACUUUAGCUAAAGUAAUUUAGGUGACUAUAGUGUUCCUUAAAAAAACAAAAAGGUUUUUUUUUUUUUUUUUGUGUGUGUGCGUGUUCAAUGGAUAAUCUGUGCCAGUGUGGGUGAUCUGUGUUUCUUAUCUCUAUCAUAUUCUAGACAGAGACAUUAAAUUUAGAAAUCAGCACCUCUAUAUACUGCUACUCGAUAACUUUCAGUCAGUCAUUUGUUGCAAUCUCUGUCCUUUGCACCUUGCAGUCAGCAUUGAGAAACCAUACAGAGAAGAUAAAUUAGUCCAUGCUCAUUUAUAAUAUAAUAUAAUAGCAAAGUGUUUAACCAGGAAAGGUUCAUAUAGAUAUUCUCUGGUUUCCAAGUAUGUCCUGUAGAUUUUUUUUUGCCCAACAUCCAGGGGAUGUUACGAUUACCCAAUUUUAUGGUGGUCCUUUUUUCUACCUCGGAAAGAUGAAGGGCUGAGUCAUCCCUGCUAAGAAUUGAAUCUACAACCCCCAAGGGGUGCAUUUACUCUAAGGUAUGUUUCUUUUAAAGCCCAUUUUUAUGAAGAGGGAUUCACUGAUUGGCUGAGUGUGUCAGCUGACCGCACUCAGCCAAUUGGAGUUGCUGCUGCCCGUUUCUGCAAGAGCCUUUCGGUUUAGAGAUUUUUAGAAAACGGAAGGGCAAAGAAGGCAGAUUUGGCGCUCGAACAAAGUACGGUUUAAUCCCAUUAUGGUGCCAAGAGGUCCCUGGUGCUGACUUAACUUAAUUUCAAUGAAGUUGUUAUGGUGCCUGCAGUGUUUCUUUUAAGCCACAAAAAAAACUGACUCCUUGGGCUGUAGCUUUUAAUUAUUUGUUAAUACAGAGUUGUGAAUGAGAGCUAUCAGUGAUCAGCUGCAUCCUGAAAUGUAAAUUGCUGAAAGACUUGAUUAAUGCUCUCUGCCAGAAGCUCUGAAAACCUUGUCUUCUUUGCUGACCUACUUAUACAGCUUCCUACAGUGGUGGAUGCUGUUAGAGAGUGAAUGCUGGCAGAAACCCAGGAAUAAAUUAUACUGCUAUAGGACUUAGCACAUUUUAUUUUUAAUUCUUAAGCAAUGUGGCGUAGUGUAAAAAAUACCUGCAAUGGCUUGUGGUGCCGAGCUGGAAUGAAAUCUAUUUGUAAUUAGGGGUGGUGUCCAUAUAUGUCACUCUAGAAAUAAAUGCUUCCGAACAUGCUAUUUUGGGUUGAGAAUAUUAAAAGGAUUCCAGGACCCGGUUUGCCACUAGACAGAGUAAGCACCUGCCUACAGGAGCACCCCUGCACUUUUGUGUCUUUAUGGAGCUUAUCUGGGCUGGUAAGGAGGGACGAGUACAAGGCUAGUGUCCCAUGGGGGACUUUCCUGUGCAAAAUGUCCUAUUUGGCACUAUGGAGAAGGUGUGUAUGUGUGUGUGUUGCAGUAAAACCUAUAACAUAAAGAUUGUAUUUAACUGGAAUCAAGGGGCCACGUGCAUCCUAAUCACAGGCUUCUCAUUGAUUCGACAAUUUUGCCGGAUCAGAGCGCAUGCACGAGGACUGUCGAAUGGAGAGGAGUGAAGGGACUUAAAAAAAAAAAAAAAAGGCAACGUAGGGAGCACAAUGUGUGUGGGAGGGGAUAGCAAUCUUCAGCAAGGGGGAACAUUUUUAAGUCCAUUAGCAGCGUACAGUGCGCACAGACACAUUUUAGAGUUCUGGGCUGCCAGUGUCAAGUAUGAUACAGCUUUCACCCAGCACACAAUUACAAUUAUUUCCGUAUGUGCUGUGUUUCAAGCGGAAAUCACUGAAGUGGUCAUGGUGGUGGGACUAACCCUUUGAAAGCAGAAAUACAGGAACUGUUAUAGAGGGUAUAAAACUUGGUGCUGUCCUACCUCCUCCAGUGUUAGUGUCUGAUUCUGGGCAGGAAGUUAUAGGGAUCAUUUCCAUCUGCUUGCAGAAGGCGCAGUGAUAGCACUGAAUGUAACAGGGUGAGGGUGACUGAUAGAAGAUAAAGGUGGGUGAGUACUUUGCAAAUACAGCUUCAAACUCAAAAAAACUCUCCUUAGCCCUGAAUUUAAAGGGAUACUCUCUUACCCAAAUGUAAAAUCAUUUUGUUAAAUCACUUUUUAGGAGAUAUACCCCAAUGGCAACUUAGAAUAAUUUUUAAUUAUACAGCUCAGGGUAAAGUCUUUACAAGGCAGCUGCUCUGGACAAUUGCUGCCUCUUGAAUUUAGCUCCACUGAGCUAACCAAAUCAAGAAUUAACAGGACAUGUCUGCUUCAAAACCAAGGGGAUUUAACCAGUUUAUAUAAUAAAAGCACCAACUUCUAUUGAAAUCUGCACUUUUUACAAAAUGAAAAAGACAUGCUCUUGACACAUAAAGCUUUUCAGCAAGGUGCUUUAUGAGUUUGGAGUGUUUCUUUAAGCACUCAAAGCCAAACCUGCAGUGUCCCAUUAAUAAAUUCAAUAAACUCACUUCAUCUGCCUUUUUAUGAAGGGAGGGAGGAGAAGGGCGCCUCAGAAUUCUGGUCCUAUAGGCACCUGACAUGUAAAUCCGGCCCUGUUUUUAUUCCAUGGCAUUCUGAUUUUAGAUCACUCUGUUAUAAUCUCCACAAUAUAAUAUGCUUAUCAUGCAGUGCCAAAAAAUACUGAUUGCUUUUAAAGAAGUAGUCCCAUUUAAACAAUAAUGUAAUUGCAGCACAGCUUAAAUCUUGGCAACGCUUUCUGAAAUAAAUAUUUAAAUUGUGUUGAAGGAAUUAUGCAGCAUUGAAUUAAGUAGUGUUAAGUUGCUUUAUAUGAAAUGAUUUAAUAAAGUAGUUAACAAAUGCGUGGUUUGUUUUUUUGCUUCAAUAUGUUUUGGUCUUUUAGGGGUUACUUUUCCUCUCUUUUUGGUUUUGUUGAAAUCAUGUGUCAUUGGACAGACUACUUCCAAUCUAUACACUCCAAUAUUAAUGCAGCAGUUUAAAAAGCAAUUUGUGUACUUUAGGUAUCACUGAACAGCCAUAUAUGCUCACCAUUUCUGUCCCUAUUCAGAGUUUUAGUAUGCCUUCUGUUUAUACAAUGUUAAUCUUUACUUUUUAUGGCACUACGAAAUUCAACAUGGUCGGGGUUUUGUUUUUUUAUUAUAACAUUAGACAGGGGUGAUGCUUAGGAGCCCUAAAUGCCGAAAAAGGGGACUAAAUAAACAUCCUGAUAAUAGAUAUGUGAGCAUCUGCUAAUUAGACUGCAGAUCUAAUGAAAUCUUAGCAGGAUGAUAGCAUGGUAAUCCGCUGUAAGAAUUGAAAGUAAGUAGGUUGCUGUUCUCAGUAGAGCAUCAUCGAUCAAAGGUUUUCCCUUUACAACUUCCCCUUCCCCCAACAUCGCUUCUCUGUGACACUGAGAAAAAAAGAAAUUUGCUGUUAUCAGCAAUAAAGCUCAGGUCUUGUGUGCCUGUGAUCAGUUAGUGUUGAAGCAUUGUUACUGAUGUGCUAUACUGGGCAUUUUGAUCAAUGUAUGUAAUAAACCUGUAUCCCAGCAUGGGUUCCUCAGAGACUGCAAUGGGCAAUUCAUGACAAGGUUUCACAGGAAAUGAGGAUACAGUAUAGGAAGUUAUAUCUUUAUAAUUAUUGAUAUAGCAGAAUAAUAUAUUUAUGCAACAAAAUAAUUACUGCUAAGGGAAACUCACAGGUUAUCCAUAAAUCUUCUGAGUAGUUUAAAAAAUUUUUUUUUUUUUAAAAUACAUAUAUGCAGUAUAAUCAUAUGGCUCGCUGGCCAGUGCUUGAUAGCCAGUCGUCACAUUAAAAAAGUGGAUAAAGCAUCCCUUAAACCUCUUAUGCUGCCAUGCCGUGGGUGGGGUAUGGCUACUAAACAGUGAGCUGCUUGACAAUGGCUGCCCAGUCACCAGUUUAUAGUUGCAGCAAGCAGCUCACUGUUUAGUAGUCAUGUCCUAUACACAGCAUGGCAGGUGGCGGCAUAAGAGCGGUUCAAGUGAGGCUCUAUUUAUUCACUUUUUUUUUUUAUGUCACGGCUGUCUAGCAAGCACUGGCCAGCGAGCCAUAUGAUUAUACUGCAUAUAUGUAUUUAAAUAUACGUAUGCAUAUUUUUUUUACAAAUUGAGGGACCUGCCUGACUGCCUGUGCAGAAAGUCCAGAGAACUUAAUUUGCAAGCCCUAUAUUUAAUCUUGUAACUUUCCAAAACACCUCAAAACCUGUUCAUGGUGGGUAUUGUUUUCCUUGUCAGACUUCGCAAAGUUUAGGUACAGUUAGGUAUAGAUAAAUUAUAUGGGCCUAUUUUUCAUUUCGGUGCCCAAUAGUAAACCAACAGGUGGCACUGCAAAUUCUCCACAACCAAAUCCACCUAGUUGGUAGAGAGCAUCAGCAGCACAGUAGAGCACCUAAGACAUUUAACAAAUAAUACAUACACUGUACCUAUAAUGGGCAAAGGGUGACUUGGAUAUUAGACAUAUCUAGGAUAUCACAAGAUGUGUUCAAACUUUACAGACUCCCUACAGCAAAUCCAGUCGCACUUAAUCCCAGCUCAAGGGAGAGCAACUCUGGGGGGAAAUGAAGGCCAGCAGUUACUAAAAUUGCUGCCAUAGAGAAGGGCAGAGUUUAUAUCAUUUCAGCAAUCGUAACUGCUAUGGCAGAGUGAUCCUCAGACUGGAGUAUUUAAAGGAAAGCUCUGUCCAAAAAUGCAUUUCCACCCACUUUUUCAUAUAACUUACUUCAUUCUUAGUGCUAGACAUUGUCAAAUCAAAUGCUUCUUAUUGAGAUGGCUAUUUAUGUUUUAAGGAUUAUAUAUAUAUAUAUAUAUAUAUAUAUAUAUAUAUAUAUAUAUAUAUAUAUAUAUAUAUAUAUAUAUAUAUAUAUAUAUAUAUAUAUAGUUAAUACAAUGCUAAACAAAAAUCUGCACACCAGUCAAGCCAUAAGACUUGCUUUUCCCACAGAAAUCCCAAAUCAGCAGUGAUGUUACAACCGCAAAGGAUUCUGGGUGGGCAUAUGCAAAUUAGUUUAACAAAGAAUCACAUUUUUGCCUCAUUCCAUUUUAAACAUGGAUUCCUUUUAAUUUGUGUUUGCAGUAUACAACUGCUUGGAACACAAUUUAGGAUAAGAUGCAAAACCAGUGAACCACUCAUGGACAGCUGUUUCGUUGUUAAUGCAACUCUUCAGCAUGAGGUUGGUUACUGGUUUGCUAAUUGAGGCUUGGUAGUGCUUGGGAAGCAAAAUCCAAUGCUUAGUAGGCUUGCAAACCAUAAUAUACCUAUGCUAAGAUAUAUAUUAAUACGAAACAUAUAUGAUAUAUAUAUAUAUAUAUUAUCCAUAUGGAAUAAAAUAUAUAUAUAUGCCCACCCAGAAUCCUUUGCGGUUGUAACAUCACUGCUGAUUUGGGAUUUCUGUGGGAAAAGCAAGUCUUAUGGCUUGACUGGUGUGCAGAUUUUUGUUUAGCAUUGUAUUAACUAUCCACAUACUUCAGGUGGAAGGGGUUUUCAAUCACAAUUUUUUCCCCACCAUAACCUAUUUGGAUUUUGCUUCCCAAGCACUACCAAGCCUCAAUAAGCAAACCAGUAACCAACCUCAUGCUGAAGAGUUGCAUUAACAACGAAACAGCUGUCCAUGAGUGGUUCACUGGUUUUGCAUCUUUUCCUAAAUUGUGUUCCAAGCAGUUGUAUACUGCAAACACAGAUUAAAAGGAAUCCAUGUUUAAAAUGGAAUGAGGCAAAAAUGUGAUUCUUUGUUAAACUAAUUUGCAUAUGCCCACCCAGAAUCCUUUGCGGUUGUAACAUCACUGCUGAUUUGGGAUUUCUGUGGGAAAAGCAAGUCUUAUGGCUUGACUGGUGUGCAGAUUUUUGUUUAGCAUUGUAUUAACUAUCCACAUACUUCAGGUGGAAGGGGUUUUCAAUCACAAUUUUUCCCCACCAUAACCUAAUUGGAUUUUGCUAUAUAUAUAUAUAUAUAAAGACAUUCAUACUACUGUUUUUAAGGCGUUUUUUCAUCUAUUAAAAUUGUGACAUUGUAAUCAAUAAGAUGUAGUGGUUAUGGUGCUUAGUGACUACUUUGGUUCACUCCCCUUAUUUUUUAAACCAUUCUAUUAAAGAGGUAAUUCUCACCUUUCUGCAUAUGUACCCAUGUGUAUAACAGUAGAUCCAAAGAUCCAGUGAAUUCGUCUAAGCAAAAUUGUUCAGAUAGGUUUUUACUUACUGCUUAAUCUUUAUGAUGUUUCUGUUUUCAGUAUCUGAUCAGAACUCCUACUCAAUGUGUUUUUUUUUUAUUUAUUUUUUUGUAAAAUAACAAACGUGAUGUGCACCUUUUAUUUAUUUUUUAUUUUUUUAUUUCUUCUCAAAACACCAUUGUUCCACCUGUUACUGCAUUAUCUGUGAAUGCUAUAAUUGAUGAUGUGAUGGACAAUGUAGUUACCCAGUUAGCUUUGAAAUGUGUUCAUAGUGGAGAAUGGUUAUUUAAAUGGCAUUUUAUAGAUUGUUCUGUUUCUACAGGUUUAUAUAGGAGCCAGGUGAAAACGUAA